GCAGAGUUCUGGUGACUAUGCGCUGGUUAUACUCAAACAUAGUUGCCUACUUCAGAAUGGUGAGAUAUAAACGGGCUGGACAAUUUUAAUGGUGAGGAGUCGUCUUUUCUGAAAGGGUUAACUGACAGUUAAAUAGUUAAUGGAAGAGAAUUAUUUCUUAAGAGUAGGAGACAUAUAUUUUAUGUAACCUUAUGCAACCAGUAAUGCCCUAGGCAGCAAUACACGGGUAUCUAAUCAAGCAUAGUAUUAUAUGCCAAGGCAAGGAUAAUGGUUAAUUUGAAGAAGCAACAACAACCUGCAGUAAAAAUAAAAAUGAUCCCUGACAUUAUCGUCCACGUUGCUUUCAUUUGUAAUGGCUUAUGUUUGCCAAAUCCACCACAUACUUCACUUUUCCCUCCUCUGUGCUGUAGUUAAUUGCAUGAACAGUUUUGCCAUGUAAUGUGUACUACAGGAAAAAACCAACAACAACAAAUAUACUUUUAGCUAAGCAGUGUCUUAUGGAUUCCUCUAUGAUUAGAGGUGUAAUCCCGGCUCCCACACCUUUAGUGCAAUUUGUAGUCUUGUUUGUAGUUAUGGUGGGUAGGCGUCAUUAUUAUUUAAUAAUUAAUUCGUGUACUUCCCUCCCAGACUUGAGUAUUUCCUGUUUUUUAAACAUUUUUUAAAAAUAAUUUUUUUUAUUAAUAAUGUUGUGCAUCGUGUUAUAACCUUGGUUUUUCUGAUCAGUAGUAAAGCUGUAUGGACUGCAUGUGAAAGUUAAAGGGAUAAUAUGAAAGCACCAAGCCACUACAUACUUUUAAGUGGUUGGCUUAGCCUAUCACUGCCAUCUAAAUAUGGAUGACAUUUUUACUGCUAAUGUGGAAGUGGAACGUCCACACCAGCAAUAGGUGACUUGGGGGCUGUGCAACUAAUACCUCAAAACCCCCAGUUUUAGUUAAAGAAAAAGUUAAAGGCAAAAUAAAAAAAAGAAACCAUUUGCAUGUGUGUGCGCAUAUGAGAAAUAAUUGCAGUGCAAUAUAUUUAAUGUAGGGCAUUUAUAUUAAGAAAUUACCUGCCCUGUAUUCUGUUUUACAAAGUGCAAUUUCGUUUUCACUAUCUACUUCUCAGUUAUAAAAAAAAUGCAAAGCUUUCAAGAUUGGUUCAUUCUCCUCUGUCCUGAAUUUCACAACCUUACAAAAUGACAACUGUUAAACUUUGGCCUUUAUAAGAGUAAGGAUAUUGGAGUUUAAUAGAUAAGUGCAAAGGAGAACAGCCGAUGGUGAUAUGUAAUGGUCUUGCACACAAGGAUUUCUCAGUAAAACAAGUAUUCAUCGGUCCUUUUAUCUCAGCACAACCUGUGAAUAGUUAUAAUCCCAGCAGAUGAUAUGGAACAGGUGAGAAGAGGUUGUAGUAUAAAGUCAGAGAGGGGUAAAUGUGGCACUGGAUAUAGGGGUCUAUUUAUUCACUAAUUCAGUUGAUUUUCUUUAGCCCAUAGAUCCCUGCUAUUUUCAAAGGGAUCUCUUUGUUGCAGUGAGAAUUACUUGAGAAUAUAAACCAAAUUGGAUGUGAAUUUCCCUGCUACAAAAAAUAAAGAGUUAGAGCAUACAUAUAUGAUUGAUGGGUUUAUGGCCAGUUAAAGACUAUUUUAGCAAAAUCAGCCACUUGCAAAACAAAAAUUGUCAAGUUUGUGUGUCUCUUUCUCCUUCAACUCCUUUUGUAUGUCUCUUUUUUUUCCCCCUUCCCCAGCUCCUCUGUUUGGCUCUUCUUUCUCGGCACAUUUGUGAAUCUCUUUCUUCCCCCAGCCCCUCUAUGUGUCCUUGUUCUCCCAGCACCUUUAAAGGAACACUAUAGUCACCUAAAUUACUUUAGCUAAAUAAAGCAGUUUUAGUUUAUAGAUCAGGGGUAGGCAACCUUUUAGCAACACUGUGCCGAUAUAGGAUUCUGCUUGAGUUAUUUAUACUGUAAUUGCUUUGUAUCGUUGAAUAUUUGUACGUACAUGAGCUAUUAUGUGUAUGUUCAGGAGUAGUUUGUGGUAUCGUGUAUGCAACAUAUGAAUGUAGGCUGUGUAUAGGGGCUGCUUAUGGAAUUGUGUGUAUGUGUGGGGUCUGUUUGGGGUAUUGCAUGUCAGAGACUGCAUGUGGGGUUGUGUGCAUGUAUGUGGAUUGUGUGUAUGUUUGUGGGCUGUUCGUAUUAUUUGUAUGAGGGGAGGGUUAUUGUGCAUUUCUGUGUAUAUUUAGCAGUGUGUGUGGCUUCCCUGGGUUCCAGUGGGGACCAGGCUGGCCAGGUACAGGUCAAGGACAGGAGCUGCAACAGCAGCUGCAGGCUGCUCUACUACAGUGUGGAUUCCCAUUCACAAGUGCUGGGAGGAAGUGAUCAGAGAUCACUUCCUCUAUGUGUUGCAAUGCAUAAAUUGAGGAUUGUCCUUCACCACCUUUUUGUAUUAGCAGGUAUCUGAAGUUUCACUGGGACUCCUGAUAGGCUAGAGCUGUGCCGUGCAAAGACACCUUGAGUGCCGUGCAUGGCACGAGUGCCGUAGGUUGCCUAUCCCUGGUAUAGAUCAUUACCCUGCAAUUUUACUGCUCAAUUCACUGUCAUGUAGGAGUUAAAUCACGUUGUUUCUGUUUAUGCAGCCAUAGCCACACCUCCCAUGGCUAUGAUUGACAGAGCCUGCAUGAAAAAAAGCUAGUUUCACUUUCAAACAGAUGUAAUUUACCUUAAAUAAUUGUAUGUCAAUCUCUAAAUUGAACUUUAAUCACAUACAGAAGGCUCUUGCCGGGUCUAGCAAGCUAUUAACAUAGCAGGGGAUAAGAAAAUCUUAAUUAAACAUAACUUGCAAUAAAGAAAGCCCAAAUAGGGCUCUCUUUACAGGAAGUGUUUAUGGAAGGCUGUGCAAGUCACAUGCAGGGUGGUGUGACUAGGGUUCAUAAACAAAGGGAUUUAACUCCUAAAUGGCAGAGGAUUGAGCAGUGAGGUUGCAGGGGCAUGUUCUAUACACCAAAACUGCUUCAUUAAGCUAAAGUUGUUCAGGUGACUAUAGUGUCCCUUUAAGGGUCACUUUCGCCCACCCAGCCCCUCUGUGUCUCUAUUCUCCCUUAGCCCUUCUGUUCCCCUAGCCCCUCUGUGUGUCUUGGUCCCCCCCAUUCCCUUAUGUGUAUUUGUCCCCCCCUAACCCCUCUUUGCAUCUCUUUGUUACCCAAAACCCCUUUGUGUGCCUCUCCACCUUCUUUGUGCCUCCCCCCUCAGCAAAGUGUUUAUAUAUUGAUUGGCUACUAGGACCUGGACUUACAUUAAAUACAUUGGCAUUCUGUUUUCCAGAUUUAUUAACUCCUAGUUAGCAUAUUAAGGAACAUCAUCUGAAGUAAAAUUUCAUGUAGCGUUUUUGCAUGUUUGCCAAGGGUGAGAUAGAAUUGCAUCUUUGUGUGGAUUUUUUUCUGUGUGUGGCAUUGUGUAUGUAUGUGUGUGGCUGCAUGCAGACACGAACAUUACACACACUCCUAAAUUCAAACAGUAGCACUACAUAAACAGAUUCCUUGCAUUCAAACAUCAUUACACCUGCCUCCAUAGCCACAGCCCCUCACUUAAAAAAAGACUUCCUCUUAAAAGGUAUGCACACAGUUUAGCUUCUGACAGCACUGAGUGAUAUGAACUACAAAGCCACGUGCAUUAGGCGAUGACACCCAGAAAAGCAUACAGUAAGGCAGGGGUUCCCAAUUAAUUUUUCCCGUGGAACCCUUUGACAUAGUGUACCAACAUCAUGGAAGCCCCAAAAAAUUUUGCGCCACAGCACAAACCUUUUAAUUAACAGAGUAUAAUGUUUUCUUUUUUUUUGGCAAAUUUCUACAGAUUGUAGUACUUAGUAGCAGGUGUGCUUCUUUGUGUAGAGUUGGUGUUUGUAUAUACAGGGGUGUGUUUGUAUGUUAUGCUUGCAUAUACGUGCAGUGGUGUGUUGUUGGAUUUUAAAUGCGGAUGUUCAUUUGUGUGAAGUAUUGGUGUUUGAGUAAAGGGUGUGUUUGAGUGUUGGUAUAUAAUUUUAGAGUUGGAUUUCAGGGGUGUCUUUGUAUGUCAUGUUUGUGUUUGCAGGGGUGUGAUUGCAUGUUGUGUUGGUGUUUGCUGGGAUGUCUGCACAUACACACACAUUAACAAACAGAAAUACACAUACACACUGGCAGAUACACUGGCACAACAGGUGCACAUACACACACUGGCACAUACAUACGCAGACAUACAUAGAUACACACUGUGAUAAGGUGAAUGGGGUGGUCUGUGAGGGAGUUUAUAUUUCAUCUACAUUGUUCAGAGAGGCAUAUGAUCUUUAACCCCAGGGGGAAUGUAUGUGUGUAUGUGACUUGAAUGCAUAUUUAGUUAUGGGCCCCUGGGGUGGAGCAUGGGUUCAUAGUUUAUCUGACUGUCUGAAGCCAGGCUGUGAAGUAAAAGCAGUUGCUCUCAGUUGUGCUUGGACUGGGAUUUUGUGCAUACAUUUAAUAAGGAAGUCUUUUUGGCAUGAGGGGAUGAGCAUUCUGCAAAACAUCUAUUUUUUUGAUUUGUGCAAAAAAAAAAAAAAAUAGAUAUCAGCAUGCAAAAAAAAAUCUGCAUAUUUUUUGUCAAAACAUAUCAAAUGUAUUAAAAGUACACUAUAGACACCAUAACCAUUUAAUGUCAUUAAAUUAUUUAUAGUGCCUCACAGUCUACUGGUGCUGUCCCUUUAUAAAAUGCAUGCUUUGGGUGUGCCUCCUAAAUCUUAUUUUUUUUUCCUGCUUUUACGUACACUAGUUUUGCAGGGUCCCCUUAGUGCUGUUAAAUUAGCUCUGACACAUCGAGGCAUGGUCUCCACAAGACCUCUAAAUGUGUCCUGUGGUAUCUGGUACCAAGGUAUUAGCAGCAGAUCCUCUAAGCCCUGAAAGUUGUGAAGUGGGGCCACCAUGGUUCGGAUUUGUUGUUCCAGCACAUACCACAGAUACUCAGAUUGAGAUCUGGUGAAUUUGGAGGUCAUGGCUAUGUAGUAGAUAAUUUACUGCAAACCAAUUAGUUUGAAUGACUAUCUGUUCCUGUCCAAAUUAAAGAUAAUAAAGUUGCGUGCACGCAGAAGUAAAUUCACACUGAGACACAAGGUUCAGGGUAAUGAAAGAACUUCAGAGAAGUUUAAUGGCUUCUGACAGAAAAUGGGUGCGCAGACCCUUAUAAAGGCAUUAUUACAUCAUUGAAGAAAAUCAAGAUAUAGACAAAUAGACAUUGUUAAUUGGCUUAGGUGCUAAGAUGUUAGUAAAAUGCCCUCCCCAUUCUUAGGUCACUAUCUACGUCAUUUCUUAACUCCUACAGGUUUUAGCGCCAUUUUGCUAACAUGAGGAGCUCACUCGACGGGAGGGGCCUUUUGGCAGCUAUCCAUUUGGAGCGUAGCUGGCACUUGUUAGUUUCUCAAGGUUAAGUUUCAAGGAUUUUAGUAAAUACACAUUUUAUCAAAGCUAUUUCUUGCUGACAUGCAAAUUCUAUGUUCUAUAGACAAAGCUUCCUUGUAAAACUAUGGGGGCCUCUUAGAGGUAUAGCAAGAGGAUUUAAAGGGGCCUUACAGAUUUAUAGAGGCCUAAUAAUUCUACAACAGCUACACCUUGAAUUCUUUGUCAUGUUCCACAUGAAUGCAAGGCCCCAAUGUUUCCCAGCAGUACACUCCCUCUGCCAGCCUGAUUUCUUCCCAUAGUGCAUCCUGCUGCCAACUCUUCUGCAGAUAACAAUGCAAUCAUACCCAGCCAUCCACCUAAUCUAAAAGAAGAUGAUUAUCAGACCAAGCAGCCUUCUUCCAUUGCUCAUGGUCCAAUUCUGAAAUUUAUGUCUCCAUUAAAGGUGCUUUUGGCAGUGGAUAGGGGUCAUUAUGGCCACUCUGACCAGUCUGCAGCUGUGAAGCCCCAUACACAGCAAGCUGCAAUUAAUUUUCUGUUCUCACACCUUUCUUUCGUCGACAGAAUUACAUUUUUAGCAAUUUGAGCUAUGUGCAUCAAUUAGCUAUGUGCACCCACUUUCGGUAGGUACUAACCACUGAAUAUUGAGAACACGCCACAAGACUUGCAGUUUUGGAGAUGUUCUGAUCCAGUUGUCUAACCAUCACUAUUUGCCUCUUACAAAAGUUACUCAGAUGUUUUUGCAUGCCACUUUUUACUGUUUCUAACAUAUGAAAUUCAGGAACUGAAUUCAUUUGCUGCCUAAUAUUGCACAGUUUGACAGGUGCCAUUGUAAUGAUAUAAUGUUGUUCACUUCAUCUGUCAGUGGUUUUAAUGUUGUGGCUGAUUAGUGGAGUGCUGAAGGUUGCCUAUGCAUGUACUAGAGUAUAUUUACUUGUUCCUUAUUUUUCCUCUAUUUUGUAACUGAUUAACAUGACAACAAAGAAAGGAAGAGUAAGUACUAGAGGCAUAUCUUGUUACAAGUCUCUGCAUACCACUGGAAGGCUUGAAUGCUUACUGCUGGCUGUUAUAACCUGCAGAAAGGUCAGAGGCCCACUGAUGAUCUAAAUUGUUUUACAUAUCUUGUGACGUUAUUUCUGCUAUUUCAGUUACAUACCGUACAUACACACUGGUCACAUGUUUAGAGUACAAUUUCUGACAUGAAAACAAACUGAUACUAUAACAGUUCUCAAGAUCAUCUGGACAAAAUAGAACUUUUACUGCUUAGUAUGUUGCACCUUUAACCCCUUAAGGACUGAGCCAAAUGUACACGUUGUGAACAAAACAAAAUGUAAACAAAACCUGGCAUUUGCGCUACAUGUCUGUCCAACCGUAAUUUACCUCUUUCAUAUUAAAUGCACCCACCCUUAUUAUGUAUCAUUUUAUUCAGGGGAAACAGGGCUUUCAUUUAAUAUCAAACAUGUAGCUAUGAAACAUAAUUUAAUAUGAAAAAAAUGGGAGAAGAUAAGAUUUUUUGAUUUUAGUUCUACAUGACAUUUUAACUGUCAAUGUCAUAAUACUGUUUGCUUUUACUGCAAUAAAAUACACAUAUUUGUAUUCAGCAAAGUCUCACGUGUAAAACAGUACCCCCUAUGUACAGGUUUUAUGGCGUUUUGGGAAGUUACAGGGUCAAAUAUAGCACGUUACAUUAGAAAUUGAAAUUCGCCAGAUUGGUUACGUUGCCUUUGGGACUUUAUAGUAGCCAGGAAUGAAAUUGACACCCAUAAUGGCAUACCAUUUGCAAUAGUAGACAACCCAAGGUAUUGCAAAUGGGGUAUGUCCAGUCUUUUUUAGUAGCCAUUUGGUCACAAACACUGGCCAAAGUUAGCGUUAGUAUUUGUUUGUGUGAAAAAUGCAAAAAACACCAAUUUUGGCCAGUGUUUGUGACUAAGUGGCUACUAAAAAAGACUAUUGCAAAUGGUAUGCCAUCAUGGGGGUAAUUUUCAUUCUUGGGCUACUAUAGGGUCUCAAAGGCACCGUAACCAAUCUGGCAAAUUUUAAUGUGAAAAAAAUGAAACGCAAGCCUUAUAUUUGACGCUAAGUAAACAAAAACCGGAGGGCGUACAAUUACGCCCGGCGGUGUUUAGAGCUGCCCUCCCGUCUUUAGGGGUUAAUGUAAACAAUUCUGAUCUCAUGUACAAAAAAAACAAAAACACACCAGCUUAAUCAAUCCUAAAUAGUGAUCAAAUGCAUUACUUGCACAACAUUUCAAACCAUUCAUCAUUUCUGUGAGUGCAACCAGUAUAGUGUUAUUUUCCAUAUUACAUAACAAUAGUUCACUAUGUGUUGCUAAUUUCAUUUCAGGUGCACAACUGUAUCCUGUUUUUUUUUGUUUUUUUUUUAAAUAUAUUUUCUGUUUAAGGAGGUUACCAUCUGGGAAGGUGACCUUAGGAAGCUGGACAUAUUGUGCAAUUAUUUCAAAUGUGACAGCUUUCCUAGGUGUGCAAGAACACACAGGUGUUUAUUCAUUAAACAAUGAAUUAAAAGAACAAUUAUUUAUUUUUCCUAACGAAAAUGCAUUAAACAUUUUGUGCAUUUUUAAUGCAUUAUCCGUAUACUACAAUAAAUAGGGGACCAGCUAACAUCUUAUUAGUGUAAACACUAGUGUUUGGAAAAUCGGAAGCACUUUAAACUGGAUCAACAGCAAAAACAGAUCUGAUGGAUGCAUGUCUCUUUUCAGCUAAGCAACUAUGUAACAGUAUGGCAUCUGUUUUAAGUUGUGUGUUUUUUUUUUCCCUUUUUAAUUUCAAAAUAUUGCUUUACGUCAGUACUUGACAAAUUUGCUUGAAAUCAAGGAGCCAGCUAAAAAAGUUAGCAGACAGAUUUUUCAACGUCAAAAAUAUGAUUCUUAUAGGCACACUAUAGUCACCAGACCCAGUACAGCGUAUAUCAUGGCAAUCGACUUCAGAGGCAUACAAUUGGCACACCAUGGAAAUCAGCUUUAGAUGCCUAAAAUUGGCAUGUCAUGGCAUUCCAUUUUAGAGGCAUACACAUACAGAGACAGACAAAUACACACACACACACACACACACACGUAGUUUCCCACACACAGAUAACACACACUCAUGUACACCGAUACAUGCUGACACACAAUACACACAGAUACACAUACACGCAGAGAGAGGAGGUGAGGGUGAGUGUGGGAGGAGUAUGUUUGCUGGUAACAGUUUGGGGGGGCAGCAUAAGGGCAGGGUGAGAGAGGGUUACAGUGGGUGGGCAGGAGGAGAAAUGGUUACAGUGUGGGGGCAAGAAGAAAAAGGGUUACAAUGGGGUGCAGGGAGAGAAAUGGUUACAGUGAGGGGCAGGGAGAAAGGGGGUUACAGUGUGGGGGGGACAGGGAGAGAAUGGGUUACAGUGUGGGAGGAGGGAGAGAAGGGGAUACAGUGUGUGAGGAGGGGAGAGAGAAGGGACAGUGUGGGGGAGGAGGGAGAGAAGGGGAUACAGUGUGGGGGCGGGAGAGAAGGGGUUACAGUGGGGGGCAGGAGAGAAGGGGUUUGUGUGGGGGCAGGGAGAGAAGGGGUUACAGUGUGGGGGGCAGGGGGGAGAAGGUUACAGUGGGGGCAGGGGAGAAGGGGUUUCAAGAGUGUUGGGCAGGGGAGAAGGGGCAGUGUGGGGCAGGAGAGAAGAGGUUACAAGUGUGGGGGCAGGGAGAGAAGAGGUUACAGUGUGUGGGGGGGCAGGGAGUGAAGGGGUUACAUUGGGGGGGUUGGGGGCAGGGUCUGGGGGGCUGUGUCCUACCUUUAUUUAAUUCCCUGGUGGUCCAGUGUCUCCCUGGUGGUUCAGUGGGUUAACUCUCAAGUUUGAAGAUAAAUAGAUAGGUUCACACACACUCAAAAAAAGUAUAUACAAAAUAUAUACAUAAAUAGGUAUACCACCUAUUGUAGACGUAAAUAUGUUGGUUACAUCUGAAAAACAAAUGGAACAUACAUAGUGCUUUCCAUAUAAAUUAAAAUAAACAAAUUAUAAUAUAUGUGGAUUGAACUCACAAAGGUGGAGCCUCAUAGGCUCUAUGCACAUCACUCUUGGGUGCCUAUUCAGGCUCUCGAUAGAUUCCUGUUAGAAGAACUCGAGGUCCACAGUAGUAGAUGUAAAUACAAAUUUAUUGAAAUAAAAUAUUGAAAUAAAAUAUAUAAAUAACUAGGGACAAGGCAGGUAUAAUCAUGAAAUAUAAUACAGUAUUGCACCGCAAAUGUGGCCAAAACUUUAAAGCAGUGGAACACUACAAUACAUAAACAAUAAGAAAAUACCGCCAGAAAAAAGUCCCAAUAGAGAAGUCCAGUAAAGUGCAAACGCGUUUCAGCCCCUGAUAGGGCCUUCCUCAUUGCUAAGUUCCUGGAAAAAACUUCAGGGCUUAAAUAGCCCCCUUGAUAUGUUCAAAUAGGUCCAGCUGUAGUCUCCAAAUACCGCCGAUCGUGUCACUUCCGGUUUCGGCAAAACGCACGUGACUUCCGGUUAGAUGCGGUCACAUGAUAUUUUUGCGUUCCACCAUGCGUUCCACACUCGAGCAUGGUAUAAACAGUCCCAAGGAUGUCCAUAUUGGGAAAGGGCAUAUGCCCAAACAAACUUAAUCCACAUGGUGUAGAAACAAAGAAAAUAGCAAGUAGUGAAUUAGUAGAUCGGUGCAUACAUAUUCUUAAAACACAAGGCAUAAUAAAUAAAACAAAAAAUUGAAAAAUUGUGUAUUGAAGAGGGGAAAUGUCCAAAAGAAAAAAAAACAUAAAAAUAUAUUAAUAACAAGUACUAUAAAUAUUAAAAAAUAUUAAAAAAAAUUAUAUAUAUUUAAAUUUUUAAUAAAAAAUGAACUAAUUCGAAAUCUAUAUUAAGACCUUUAGGGCACAUAGUGUCCAAGGUAAAAAUCCAUUUACCCUCUAAUUUACUUAAUUCUCGGACAUUAUCCUCCCCUCUCCAAUUCAUACGUUUUUUCCCAAUCACCAUGAAACUUAAAAGAGAAGCGUCACCAUUAUGGUAUUCUAAAAAAUGUGCUGAUACACUAUGUUUGGUGUAUCCCCUCCGUAUGUUCCCCAUGUGCUCCAUAAUGCGGGUUUUCAGACUCCUAGUGGUCAUUCCCACAUACUGGAGCCCACAGGGACACCAGAGGAGAUACACCACAUUAGUAGAAUGGCAUGUAACAAUAUCACGUAUCUUAAAACAGGUUCCUGUGACAUUGGAUUUGAACGUAAUUUGUGUAUCUUUCUUAAAAGUAGUGUUUUUACAUGGCAAGCACAUUUUACACGGAUAAAAACCUGGUUUUUGAUUAAAAACGUUCUUAUCUCCCUGUUUACAAUUGACGAAACUUUUAACUAAAUGGUCUUUAAUAUUUUUAGCACCUUUAAAAAUAAUUUUCGGCUUAUCACUUAUAAUAUCCUUAAGAUCCUCAUCUGUUUUCAAGACAUGCCAAUGUUUGUUGAUUAUAUGUUUAAUUUGUUUAGAAUUAACAUUAUAGUCCAAAAUUAGAGGUACACAUUCUUUCUCUCCUAUUACUGUAUCCUUCUUUGGUUUAUAUUUAAGUACCUCAGUUCUCUUCAUUUUUUUAACUUGAGAAACUUGUUCUUUUAAAACUAUAGGGUCAUAGUGUUUUUCUUUAAAAAAAGAGGUUAGAGUAUCAGCUUGAAUAUCAAAUUGAUGAGGAUCAGUACAAUUCCUCAACAUCCGUAUGUACUGUCCUUUUGGCAUAUUAUUGAUCCAAGGAGCAUGGUGACAACUGGUCGUGUCAAUAUAACUAUUGACAUCAACCGGUUUAAAAAACGUUUUCGUUUUAAUACAAGAAUCCUCUAUAUAAAUGACUAAAUCCAGAAAAUUAACAUGGGAAAUACUAUGUUCACUAGAAAGGGUAAUAUUCCUGGAAUUAUCAUUCAAAAAUUGCAAAAAUGAAGUAAGGUGCUGUUCUCCCCCCUUCCAAAUAAAAAAAAUAUCGUCUAUAUAUCUGCGAUAGAGGACCAAGUCCGCACUCCAGGAUACAUCCCCUGAGAGGAAAGAUUCCUCCCAGAAGGACAUAAAUAAAUUAGCGUAACCCAGUGCGAACUUGGUCCCCAUCGCAUUCCCAAUAAGUUGUAGAAAAUAAGAACCUUCAAACCAGAAAAAAUUAUUGUGCAAAAUGAGUUGAAUACCCUCUACAAUAAAAUCUCUUUGAGUUUCUGGAACUGAACUGUCUGAUAAAAAAUGUCUAACAGAAUCACACCCUAAAUCAUGCUUGAUAAUAGUAUACAAACUAUUGACAUCACAGGUUACCAAUAUGUAACCCUCUUCCCAUGUUAUAUUUUGUAAUUCUCUAAUGAGAUGGGAUGAGUCCUUAAGGUAAGUAGGUCGUGAGGUGACUACUGGUUGCAGCAGUCUAUCUAUAUAUUCAGACAGCCGACUCAAUAGUGAAUUCACCCCAGCCACUAUUGGUCUACCCGGUGGAUUUGUAUUAUUUUUAUGAAUUUUGGGGAGGGUGUAGAACACAGGGAUUUUUGAAACUUUCACAUUUAAAUAAUCAUACUCAUCCUUAUUCAGAAUCUUAAGUGUCCGUCCUUUUUCUAUUAAUUUCAAAUAUUUGUUUUUAAUAGACUCCAUAGGAUUCCCUGACAACUUGGAAUAGAUGUUCGAAUCCCCCAAUUGUCUAUAAAUCUCCUUUAUAUAAUCUUCCCUAUUUUGAAUCACCACAGCCCCCCCUUUAUCAGCGGGUUUUAUAAUAAUCUGUUCAUCUUUACUUAGUUCUAAAAGGGCUCUUCUUUCUGUUAGUUUAAGGUUAUUUUCACAUCUUAUAUUUUUAUUUUUAUUUUUAGGAAUUUUCUUAAUAUCUUCUACAACUAGUCUUUCAAAAACCUGCAUGGCCCCACUAGAGUGAUAUUUGGGAAAAAAUUUUGACUUAUUUUUUAACUUAGUAUGUACCAUAUCAUCAUUCUCAUCAUGAUUUUCUUUACAGUCCAAAAAGUUUUUUUGAGGAUGUUUUAAAAAAAAAUUUUUUAAACACAAUUUACGAUUAAACUUCUGUAAAUCAAUGAAAGAAUUAAAAGCAUCAUUGAAACACGUAGGGGCAAAUUUUAGUCCCUUACUUAACACUCUCAGUUGAUCUCCAGUAAGGGUUUUAUUUGAUAAAUUAACUACACCUAAGUGUUGAUCUUUCCUUUAAUGGGUCUUCCACUUCUAAUUCCCCUUCUUCUUGAACCCAAUUUCUCUUUCUCAUUAAUCGUUCGGUUCUUUGUGGGGGAUGCGACCCUAAAAAAGGAGCAGUGGAUGAAGGGAAAGAUGAAGAGUUCUCUUGAUACUUGUCUCCUGUGGAAUCCUCUGACAAGAUUCUAUAUCUAUUAGUCUGAGAAAACCUGGGUGGCAGUGGAGCGACAUUGGUUCUGGAACCAUUUCUAUUUUUAUUCUCCUGCCAAACCGGUGAAGAAACAGGAGCGGAACUAGUUCUAGAACCAUUUCUAUUUCUAUUUCUGCUCCUCUGCCAACCCGGUGAAGAAACCGGAGCAGACAACUUCUUAUUCUGAUAUUGGUAAGAAGGAUGAAUGGGUUCUCUAAAUUUUCUAGACAUAGGUGAUGCACCAUUACGAAUUUUCCCUUUCGGCAUACCUGAGAACCUACGAUCCAAAUUAUUAGAAAAUUGAUUAGACUUAUUACGGUAAGAGUAAUCCUGAUGAUAAUUCCGGGAAAAGGAUCUAACUUGAUUCAAAGCGUAAUCAUUUUGAUCCCUUUGGAGCUUCCUCUUUUUAAUAAUUAGUGUAUUUUCCUCCACUUUUUCCACAUUAUUUUUCACCAUUCUUAAUGCAUUAUCAAUUUCUGUACAAUUAACUACUGGUUUAAGUUGUUCUUUAAUAUUAUUAAUCUGGAUAUCCAACUGCAUUAAAUUACGCUUUUUUUGCUGUACAGAGUGCAGAGCUGCAGACUGUGUGAUAGAAGUCUUGCCAUGGUAACACUCGGGGUGCUCGUGAGACUUAUCACACGGUCUGCAGCUCUGCACUCGGCAGAGCUGCAGCCGGAGCUGCUGGGCAGAUUAAUUGGAGGGCCCGGCGGCAUGCAGGGCAAGCUGGGCCCCCUCCUGAUCAGUCUGCCUACCUGAUUCCCGAGUCUCCGGCACCCCUGGAUUUGUGGGUCAGCUCGACCCACUGGGAAUCGCCCUGCGACCAACACUUUGGGAACCGCUGCUAUAUACUGUUCCUGGGAUGGUGUUCUUGGGGUCAUAGGCAGCAUUCCUCCACCUCCAAACACGGCGAGUUGAGUUGAUGACAAAGAGCUUGAUUUUGGUCUCCUCUGACCACAACACUUUCACCCAGUUCUCUAAAUCAUUUAGAUGUUCAUUGGCAACUUCUGACAGGCCUGUACAUGUGCUUUCUUGAACAGCGGAACCUUGCGGGCGCUGCAGGAUUUCAGUCCUUCACGGCGCAGUGUGUUACCAAUUUGUUUUCUUGGUGACUAUGGUCCCAGCCGCCUUGAGAUCAUAAACAAAAGCCUCCCGUGUAGUUCUGGGCUGAUUCCACACUAUUCUCAUGAUCAUUGAAACUCCACGAGGUGAGAUCUUGCAUGGAGCACCAGACCGAGGGUGACUGACAGUUAUUUUGUGUUUAUUCCAUUUGCGAAUAAUCACACCAAAUGUUGUUUGGUUGUUUUUUUUUUACAUGCCUUUUUCUGGAUUUUUUUUGUUAUUCUGUCGCUCACUGUAAAAGACACCUACUAUUAAAAUUAUAGACUGAUCAUUUCUUUGUCAGUGGGAAAAUGUUCAAAAUCAGCAGGGGAUCAAAUACUUUUUUCCUCACUUUAUGUGGUCAAUAAAAGCUAUAACUUCUUACAUGACUAAUUUAAAAUCUAUAACUUAGUAACUAUUAUUAUUAUUAUUAGGUAUUCUAAAAUCAGAUUUUAAACUGACUCCAAGAGAAGCUGUCCAUUAGAACAUGCAUUCUAACUUUUUAUGCUUUUGUGAUUUUGAUUUCCAUCUCUGUCACCUAAGCUCCCUUCCUACUUAGUUUAUAUGGAGAAACAGCUCCAUGGUCGAGACUGCACAACCUUUCAUAGAAUGUGUGCAUCAGCAUACCAUCCAAUUGCUUGGAUAGCUCAAUAGGGAAGUUAGAUCUCAAUGGGUGGAUGGGGGAACCCUGUCACCACAGAUGAGGGAAAAUAUAACAACAUUUCAAACUAAAGUUUUCAAAUAUUUUCAGGGAAACUUGAAAUUUUUAUGUUUAUGGUGCCUGUAUAUUCACUUUCCCCUUGUAGCCAGAACUCUCUCUAAGUACUUUUUUUUUCAAUGGUUCAAUCUAAAAUAAAUACAGUGGUACCUCGGUUUACGAAUUUAAGGUGUUCUCCGGGACGUUUUGUAUUGCUAAAAAUGUGUAAACCAAAACGUGGUUUCCCAAUGGAAUGGAUUGAAAACCAAUUAAUCCGUUCCGGAGGUCAACCCACAAUGCAGAACAAACAGUAAAAGGCAUGCAAACGAUGAAGCUCAACUCCUUACCUUUCCACCACUUGGGAAAUGCACCCAAAAAGUCCCAAAACUGCUGCAAAAGUUUUUCCAGAAUGGUUCCAAGACUCUACGCAAAAACCACUUCAACACCUCCACACGCGACGCCUCGUGCUACCCACAAACUCCAGCAUGCACGGGGGCGGCACUAUAAACCUCCCUGGUGCAAUGUAUCCUGGGAAAACUUGCUUCGUAAUGCAAAAAAAAAUUGUAAACCGAAGCACUAUUUUCAAUGGAUUUUCAUUUGUAAACUGAAAAUUGUAAACAGAGGUACCACUGUAUAUAUAUUUUUUAUAGUAUAAUGCACGAAUGAUAAUGUCACUGUCUGCUUCAUGUAAAGAGAUUAAAUACUGUUACGUAGUGAAAUAUGCAGCACGCUUACCAAUUGCCAGAGCUGCAGACUCAUCUUCAGUGUAGUAGAGAUGUCUGUAGUGACAUGAUCUCCCGAUUAUGAGCAGAAGGUCUGCCUACUCCUUAAUAGGGUAACUCUGCCAAGCAGGCUUCUCUGUGCCAAAUUAAUUCUGUAGCUCUUUCCAGGAAAAUAACAUGUUCACUUAAUCUAUUACAGAAAAGAGCAAUUGUUCAAGGAACUUGUUACAUAACUGUUGGUUACGGUUUGCCAAUCAGCUUAUUAAAACACUCUAGGCAUCAAAAGUAUAUUUAAAGAUCUGCGACUGCAGCGGUUCCCAAAGUGUGGGUCGCGGUGACCCACAUAUCCAGGGCCGCUGAGGACUCCCUCCAAUUAGUCUGCUCUGCAGCUCCGCCGGGUGCAGAGCUGCAGACCGUGUGAUAAGUCUCACAAGCACCCACAGCAUUACCAUGGCAACACUCUGGGAGCUUGGAAGACUUCUAUCACACGGUCUGCAGCUCUGCACCCGGCGGAGCUGCAGACUGGAGAAUUUACCCACUGGACCGCCAGGGAAUUAAAUAAAGGUAGGACACAGCCCCCUUACUCUGCCCCUACCCCCCAAUCUAACCACUUCACUCCCUGCCCCCCACACACUGUAUCCUCUUCUCUCCCUGCCUCCCCCGCACACUGUAACCCCUUCUUUUCCUGCCCCCCACACUGUAACCCCUUCUUUUCCUGCUCCCCCACACUGUAUCCCCUUCACUCCCUGCUCCCCCACACUGUAACCCCUUCUCUGCCUGCCCCUCACACUCCCUACUUACACACUGUAACCCAUUAUCUUCCUGCCCCCUCCCCACGCUGUAACCCCUUCACUCCCUCCCCCCUCACUGUAACCUUUCUCCCCUGCCCCACUCUGUAGCAUUUUCUCCUCCUGCCCCCACACUGUAACCCUUUCUCCCCCUGCCCGCCCACUGUAAUCCUUUCUCAUCCUGCCCUCAUACUGCCCCCCCCACACUGUUACCAGCACACACACCAUCCCUACCACACUCACCCUCACCUCUCCCACACAUCGUCACCCUCACCUCCUGCGUGUAUGUGUGUCUGUGUGUGUGACGGUAGUAAUCUGUAUCACCGCCAAACAUUCCCUUCUUCCCAUAAAAGAAAAUCACCAAGUAAUCCCCAGAAAUAACUAUCGCUGGUAUCGCCAAAUAAUCCACACACGAGCCAAAGCUUAAUGCUGGAACAAGACUGAUUUUAAUGACCACACACUGGCUUUUAUGCAAGUCCCCAUGCAAGGGGACAUCCCACAGGGUGGGAGACAGUACAACCAAUCAUUUACAGGAAAACCGUAAAACACACCCAAACCCAACAUACAAUCCCGCCCCUCUGCCUGUGAUAUAAUUACUGAACACAAUGGGUUAAUGUAAUUUAUCACAGGCAGGAAAAAUAAACUUUUUACACAUAUACUGUAACUUUAAAAAUAUGCAAAUAUGCACACAUAUACAUGUGUUCUCUUUGACUCCGACCUCUCAUUCAAGCCUCAUGUUCAAUCUAUCACCAAAUCCUGUCAUUUCCAUCUCAAAAACAUUGCAGGCAUCCGCCCCUACUUAACACCAGAUGCGACUAAGGUGUUGGUCUCUAUUAUUACUAGCGGUAGACUUUUUAAAAAUCCUGGUUAGUGACAAUUCCUUUUUUAAGGGGCACUCUAGUUGCCCUAACCACUUCUUUAUGAUAUGCUUAUGGUGCCUGGAGUCCCCUGGCAGCAGCACAUGUUAAAUACCUAACUGUUUCUGAAUAGUUUAAUAUUGAAUAAGAGUUCCCAGGUACCUGAAAUAAGAAUCACUCGCUGUUUAUCAGUCUAACGUAGAAACACCCAUGGGCAACAGUGAUGGUCUGAGAGCAUCAGUCUUAACCAUGUCUUCUGUGGGUGGCUGUGAAACCCUUUUCAGAGUUAAACUGAUUGAAAACUGUUUAACACUGAACUGUGAGUUAAAGCCAAGGGAUCCAGGCACCGUAAUCACGAGAGAUUACCUCUUUUAUUUGCUUCACUUGCCUAAUUUAUCUCAAAAAGCACGGGACAAACAAGUUCCGUUGUAUCAGAUCUGAGAAAAGACUUUUCGAAUUUACAAUGCUAGACUAAUCACCAAAUACAAAUUUAAACAUUAUCUCUUUCAAUACAUCAGGGUCGGAACCUGCAAAUGUACCACAUCAAUUCGUCAGCGUCCGCCCUUCGAUCUGUAUCUCCCGACCAGGCCGCAGCUGAUCCCACACCAAAAGUAAAGCAGUACUCCAAUUCUAUCUCGUUGUACUCUGAUCCCUCUAUCAGUGAAAAUGAGCGGUCUGCACGUCCUCUUUUACUGUUCCUUCCCUGGUUGGGUUCAAAAGAAAGAGCAUUUGAGAAGUAUAUUCAGUUGUAUUUUAAGCUUGGCUUUGAUGUGUUGGUGGCAGAAAGCUCUUUAUCUCACUUUCUGUGGCCCAGAAGAGGGUUGAACUAUGCUGGACAUGUGCUAGACCUUCUAUUGAAUGAAAAGGACCUCUCCUCCCGUAGUCUUUUUGUUCAUGCUUUCUCCAUAGGGGGGUACACAUUUGCACAGAUGUUGGUGGCAAUAUCCAGAGGUCCUGAAGAACAAAGAAAGGCACUACAGCGAAUUCAUGGUCAAGUUUAUGACAGCCUUGUAAUAGGCAGUAUGGAGAACAUGGCAAAAGGUAAAUAAAUUUGUUUCUUACUUUGCAAAUGUCUUUACUGGACAUGCUUUUAUGGAAUAAGAAAAAAAUAAACCACAGACUAGAAUUAGUAUCCAGCUUCGUGGAGACUUGUUUUGGUCUGAAAGUGGUCUGCUGCACCAUUUGCAUGUCAAGUGCUAUUAUUUUAGUAACUUUAAGUUUUUUUCUUAUUAUAUUUUUCAUAAUUUUUAAAACAUAAUCUAAGUAAUGCAUUCAAAAUGGAUAAGUAGCUGACACGUCAGCCAAUUUCAUUCACAUAAUAAUUUCAGUGGGCUGGAAUAAAUGAUUCUGGUCUUAACGGUUGUUCCUUUCAUUAGAAUAUAUGAUUAUGUUCUCAGCCUGAUAGCUGCUGAUGUACCUACAACCAGCUUACCUAUGCCUUCAUUUAUGCUUGUGGCGUCAGAACACAAAAAGAAACUGCCCAAAGAGGUGAGAACUUGUAUGGUCACUGGACAGGCAGGUUAACGAAUGUUACAUACUCUAGUUAACAGUGGGCUUAUAGGUAGCAGUGGGGAUAGAUCUGCACAGAAAGCAUAAAGCACAGAAAGCAUAAGUUGUUAUGGUUGCUUAAUUUAAAACAUAAAUAGGCUUAGCACAGAAAUACAAAUAGGCUCAGCAGAAGGAAUUAUGCCGAAUAUAUUAACACACACCCACCACACCAUCUCUCUCGAUCUCCUCUCUUCUCCCACCUCCCCUCCCCCAACCCCCCCCAGAUUUUUUAACACUACAGCUUCAAUUAUGCUUUGUCAUUCUAAAGGCAUGCAAUGCACCAUGGGAGCUGUAGUAAUACAACAUCUGGGGAUAUACCUUUUGGUCUCCCCUGCUCUAAUAGGGCUCACAAGUAAUUGUAGUUUUCCCUUUUUAACUUGAAUACCAACUUUCAUUUUCUGACAGGUGUAGCAACAAUGUUGAGUUCUGGCUUUCUAGAGACUCUGAUUUUCCGAGGAGCACUCCUUUACUUCAGCCUCUUUAAAUCUCAAACUGCGGAUUACUAUGAGAAUGCCAUACAAAUCUUCCGUAAUACACCCAUCACCUGCCCUGCUUUAAUAUUCUACUGCUUGAAUGACCCCAUGAGUGACCAUGCUGCAGUGGAGCAACUCGUUGCAGACUGGGAGAAACAAGGCAUCAAAGUGGAGAGCAAGAAAUGGGAACAAUCAGUGCAUGCUGGUCAUCUCCGGAGACACCCACAGGAGUACACUGCAACGUUAAACAAAUUCAUUUGUAGUCUUCAUUCCAACUUCCUCAGGAGCAAACUAUAAUGUACAUGGUGCUUAAUUUUGCACACAAAUCUAUCCUAUUCAUCAUUUCCCUGUUCCAUUUUUUUUGAGAUGUCAAUACGGAGUUAAUUUAUACUGAAAUAGUUAUAAUAUUAAAGUUGCUAGAGUGUAACUAAACUGAACGGCUAGGUUUAUUCUACCUCAUAGGAGCAGGGCCGGAUUAACAUAGGGGCUGAUGGAGCUGCAGCCCCAGGACAUGAAAUAGGCCCAUUUAAAAAAUAAAAAUUAAAACAUUUUUACCUUUAAUUUACACACUACUAUUAGGUUUGCCACCUGACUGGUAUUUUACUGGCACAGCCGGUAUUUGAGGCUGCCUGGCCGUGCCGGUAUUGCAGUAAUACCGGCAAUACAAAUGCAAGUAAUUUUCUCAGUAUAAAAACAGACAUUACUCUGCAAUACCAGCAAUGGCCAGUAGGGGUCACUGAGAGGCAGGGAUAGGAAGUCACAGCAUAUCCCUGCCUCUCUCUACUACUCAUUGAUACGUGGGGGAGCAGCUACACAGCACAGAUAGUCCAGACAGCAGCUCUACAGCUCAGGUAAGUUAGGGAUGGGGUGAAAGGCUCCAGGGAGAAAUGGGGACACCGAGACACUAGGGGACACAUGGGGACAUGGACACUGGGAGACCUGGGGACACUGGAAAACAUGGGGACACAGACACUAGGGGACACUGUGAGCAGUGGUGUACAUACAGGGGUCGCAGCUGCGACCGGGCCUGGCCCACCAGGGGGACUGGCCGCCCCUGCGACUUGGUAUGUACCCAGUGUGGCCAGCCUCUUCUCCUGGGGGGCCCAGGAGCCGGCCACCACAGGGCCCCCUGCGGGUGUGCGAGGGAGCACUCUCCCUCUUCAGCUCCCUCGCGUACCGCACUGAUACCGGCAUCAGUACGCGUCGCACGAGGGAGCCGAACAGGAAGCACUCAGCCAGGGAGCUCCCUCGUGCGCCCGCAGGACCGGCCGUGGGAUGACAGCACUGGACCCCAGGGAAUCCCCCAGCUCUCCCAAAGGUAAGGAGGCUGAGGGGAUUAAAUUUAAAAAAAAAAAGUGUGUGUUUGUGUUAGUGUGUGUGUCUGCUAGUGGGUGUCAGUGAGUGUGUUACUGUGUGUGUCUGUUACUGAGUGUGAGUGUGUGUUUGUCAGUGAGAGUGUAUGUUUUGUAAGUGAGUGUGUAUGUAUGUCUGUCGCUGAGUGUGUCUCUGUCAGUAAAUGUGUGUGUCUGUUAGCUAGUGUGUAUGCGUCUGUUCGUGACCGUGUGUGUGUGUCUUCAGCACUUACCUUUCUUCAGUGCCGGACUCCCUUGGCGCUGGGAAUCCCUCCACCUCUCAGCUCCGAAUGUGGUGCAAUAGCCGCGCGUGCAUUCAAACCGCCAUGCUUUCCUAUGGACGUUCAGUGUCUUCUCACUGUGAUAUUCACAGUGAGAAUCGAGAAAGCUCCUCCAGCGUCUGUCAAUGAGACAGCCACUAGAGGCUGAAUUAACCCUCAGUGAAACAUAGCAGUUUCUCUGAAACUGCUAUGUUUUCAGCUGCAGGGUUAAAACUAGAGGGACCUGGCACCCAGACCACUUCAUUGAGCUGAUGUGAUCUGGGUGUCUGUAGUGGUCCUUUAAUUGUGUGCAUCUGCAUGCACUGUCGUAUAUACUGCGGUCGCAGCCCUGCGACCAGGUGCCCGCCGCCAUGUGUUGCGGCCCCGGCCUGCGCAGAGUAAGCGCGGGGGGGGGGGACACGGAACAAUUUUUGCACCGGUGCCCCAUGGGUCAUGUGUACGCCACUGACUGUGAGACAUGGGGACACUGAGACACAUGGGGAUGCUGGGAGACAUAGGGAUAUUGGGACACGGAGACACUAGGGACACAGUGUCCCCCAGCCAAUGUCCCUAGUGGCUUAGUGUCACCAUGGCUCUCAGCUUCCUCUAGUCUCCCAGUGUCUGUGUCCCUAGUGACUCCGAGUCCUCAUUUCUCCCAGCCAGUGUCCCCAUGUCUCCCAUUGUCCACAGGUCUACCUGUGUAUGUGUCCCCAUGUCUCCUAGUGUCCCCAAGUGUCUGUCUCCCAGUGUCCCCUAGUCUCCCACUCUCUGUGUUCCCAUGUCUCUGUGUUCCUAGUGUCUUAGUUUCACCAAAUGUCAGUGUCCCCAUGUCUCCCAGUGUCUGUGUCCCCAUGUCUCUGUGUCCCUUGUGUCUCCAUGUCUCCCAGUGUCCCCAUGUCUGUAUUCACAUGUGCCCCCAUGUCUCCCAGUGUCCCCAGGUCUCACGGUGUCCCCUAGUAUCCUAGUGACAUGGGGACACACAGACAUGGGGACACUGGGAGACUAGGGGACUGGGCGACAUGGGGACACUGACACUGUGAUACAUAGGGAUACUGAGACACUGGGUGACUUGGGAGACAGGGAGACACUGGGAGCAAUUCCUCUAUACAGCAGAAUCGAACUGUGAGUAGUUUGUUGGUGAUUUUACAGAAUUUUCUCUUAUGUCACUCCUUGUGAUUUACAUCAUGUGAUGUCACGCAUAACUAAUUAAUUAUAUGGUAUUUUUUUCCCAAGAAAGGUGGCAACCCUUACUACUCUUCACAAACUCUUGCUUAAAGGAACACUAUAGGGUCAGGAACACAAUCAUGUAUUUCUGACCCUAUAAUGUAAAAACCACCAUCUAGCCCUCUUGGCCCCUUCUUGCCUUCCUAAAUAUAGUAAAAUCUUGUCUGCAGCUGCUGGCUCUGCCUCUGAACUUACUCUGUCUGCUGACAUCAUCAGAAGUGGUGGUCUGAGCAAAUUGCAAUGCUUCCCCGUAGGAUUGGCUGAGACGGUCAACUAGGCAGAUCAGGGGCAGAGCCAGCAGAAGUCAAACAUAGCCCUGGUCAAUCAGCACCUCCUCAUAAAGAUAAAUUGAAUCAAUUCAUCUCUAUGAGGAAAGUUCAGUGUCUGCAUGCAGAGGGUGGAGACACUGAAUGGCAGUGCUGCACACUAGGCAGUACUGCCCCAGAGGGCACCUCUUGCAGCCAUCUAAGGAGUGGCCAGUGGAGUUAUUUUCUCUGACAAGACCGUGUUUACUGCAAAAAGCCUAAAGGGAAUGAUUCUACUUACCAGAACAAAUACAAUAAGCUGUAGUUGUUCUGGUGACUAUAGUGUCCCUUUAAGUUUGGAAGCUUAAGAGGGAUGUAUGGCAACAAAACUUGUGUGGACUGGCUGACAAAAUUAGUUUAGGUAAUGCAGACUUUGGUUUCUCUAACACUGUGGCAUGUCCCCUUUCUUCUACACUCACUACAUACACUUUUAUUCUGUCCCAGACUAUAUACCAGGAACUUAUGUCUGCUAGUAAGAUGAUAAGGAGACAAGUGGACAUGUGAGUGCUAGGGGACAGUCCUUAGAAAGCGUGGAGUAGGCUCAUCAUUUGAUGCAUUUAUGACAAGCUCUGGGUGAUGCCUGCAUAUUAUGCCCUUAGUUGGACAGCAUUCAUGCUAGGCUGGCCUUCCAAUUCUUUGGACAGACAUGCCCUCUUUUUGGGCAUGUUCACCCCUUUUGGCAGGUCUGGUCACGUGACUUGCGUCAGUGGCACACCCUUUUACCCUUCCCUUUGACUUCCUGCUUCACUGGACACUGCUGUUAGGGGUUCUUGAAUUACUUGAAAGAUGAAAGCAUAGAGUAUGUGUUUUCAUAUAGCUGCGUCCUUUGAGUUUCCCUCCAUCAGAUACAUGACGCUUGGGAGGUAUGGUUGUUUUAGUAUUUUUGGUUGAUAAGAUUGUUAUUAGGCCCAUCAGAAUUGUCAGCUCUAGGCCCACUGGGCUCUUAAUCUGGCCCUGCAUAGGAAAUGUAUGAUACUUUAGAUUAAAGGACCACUCUAGGCACCCAGACCACUUCAGCUUAAUGAAGUGGUCUGGGUGCCAGGUCCUUCUAGGCUUAACCCAUUUUUUCAUAAUUAUAGCAGUUUCAGAAGAAACUGCUAAAUUAUGCGGGGUUGCCUUCCCUAAUCCUCUACUGGCCCAGAGGCGCUUGCGUGCUUCUCACUGUGAUUUUCACAGUGAGAGCACGCAGCGUCCAUAGGAAAGCAUUGUAAAUGCUUUCCUAUGCGACGGCUGAAUGCGCGCGCAGCUCUUGCCGCGUGCGCAUUCAGCCGGCGGGGCGGAUCGGAGGCGGAGAGGAGGAGGAGAGCUCUCCGCCCAGCGCUGGAAAAAGGUAAGUUUAAACCCCUUUCCCCCUUCCAGAGCCGGGCGGGAGGGGGUCCCAGAGGGUGGGGGCACCCUCAGGGCACUAUAGUGCCAGGAAAACGAGUAUGUUUUCCUGGCACUAUAGUGGUCCUUUAAUGUGUGCGAGUGCAAAAAAACAACUAAUGAUGUUUGAGCUGUAGCAAUUAUGGUACUAGGAGAACCCUGGUGCCUAUGCAUUGUAAUGAAUCAAACUGUUUUAGCAUGGUUUGACUUAUUACCAGUGGUUGGAGGCUGGGAGCGCUGACUAAUGGAACACAGGUAAGUAGCCAGACAAUAAAAAAAAUAGUUAGACUUGUAGCAAUGUGUGGUCACCAGGGCACUCUUUGCACUGUAAACCCCACUGUGAGCUGUAGCGGCUAUAGUGCUUGGAGUCCAACUUUAAAUGUACAUAUACCUGAAGGUGACUUUAUUAUUGACAUAUUUUUCUGUAUCAUAGAUGUAGUUAUAAAUAAAGAUAGGAUUUGAAAUAGAUCGAAACAAAAUAUAAGGAUUAGCGUGAGAUGUGCCAUUAGCUCCUGCUACUAUCUUCUAGGUUGUGGGAUAUAAGAUUAAUAACCUGUAACAUGAAAGACGAUGUGCAAUGUCUUUGUUUUAGAAAGUCUUUUUACAAAUGGAAUCAGAAUGUGCUUAGUUUGCUGGUUCAGUGGACACCACCAUAACGAGAUUCCAAAGCUGCUGUUGAAAAGUCCAGAGCAAGCUAACUCCUAUAGCACUCUGAGGUUUUAAAAUGAAAUAAUCCGAAUAACCCAUGUGUAUAUAAAUUGUAUUCAUCCUGAGAUACAGGGUCAUAUCAUGUUUACCCAAUGAAAAAAAUCCUUUAGUUGAUAGUGGACAAUGAAACCCCAUACAUUAUGGACCAAAUCCGGAUGAGAAUAUAAAAACUACCUCACAUAACUGGUCAAUAGGACAAACCUCCAAAGAUAGAGAAAUCAAAUAUUUUGUGCUGCUUCAUAGCUAAAUGUUUUAUGUAUUGCUAUAAACUCCACUCAUUUAAGCUAUAUUGUUUGCUUGUAACCAUUAAACUGUUAUAUAAUUAUAUUUGCAUUUAAAUGGUGUUAAGUAUUAAGAUGACUUAUUACAGAACUGUGAAGUUGACUAAAGUUAUAUAUCUAUAUUCUUUCAAUAAAACUUUGUCAGAUUACAUAUAUUACCUAAAAAGUGGUGUUAACUGAAAAAUAAUAUAAAAUACAGCACUUGCGAGCACUUGGGACAGAAUGGAGUGACAUUUUUAAAGUCUAUUUAUAUAUUCCCACAACAAGUGAGAGAAGGAACAAACACUGUUAAGGAUUCUCCUGCUUUACCCUGUCCAUCAAUUAUCAGCAUAGUGAUGUAAAAGAUAAAGAAAUUACAAAGAAAAUUAACAUAAUAAAUUAGCCUAUUCAUUUACAUAAAGAUAUAUUGUCUAACUUGAAUAAAAUUUCUAUACUCAACAUCACACAAAUUUCUUAACACUGUUUACAGGAAUUUAGCUAGAUGAAUUUUGCAAAUGACUCGCUUGAUAAUCCCUAUAUAAUAUAUAAUGCCUACCCGGGCGAGAGUUGGCAUUUGCAUCCUCCUCUCAAAUAGAAACUUUUCCGUUUGCCAUACUUUAGAUAAUAUCUUGUUUAUAUAUAUAUACACUGCUCAAAAAAAUAAAGGGAACACUUAACCCCUUAAGGACGGAGCCAAAUGUACACAUUGUGAACAAAACAAAAUGUAAACAAAACCUGGCAUUUGCGCUACAUGUCUGUCCAACCGUAAUACACCUCUUUCAUAGUAAAUGCACCUACCCUUAUUAUAUAUCAUUUUAUUCAGGGGAAACAGGGCUUUCAUUUAAUAUCAAAUAUUUAGCUAUGAAACAUAAUUUAAUAUGAAAAAAAUGGGAGAAAAUACGAAUUUUUAGAUUUUUUUAGUUCUAAAUUGCAUUUUAAAGGUCAGUGUCAUAAUACUGUUUGAUUUUACUGCAAUAAAAUACACAUAUUUGUAUUUAGUAAAGUCUCACGUGUAAGACAGUACCCCCUAUGUACAGGUUUUAUGGCGUUUUAGGAAGUUACAGGGUCAAAUAUAGCACGUUACAUUUGAAAUUGAAAUUCGCCAGAUUGGUUACGUUGCCUUUGAGACUGUAUAGUAGCCCGGGAAUGAAAUUUACACCCAUAAUGGCAUACCAUUUGCAAUAGUAGACAACCCAAGGUAUUGCAAAUGGGGUAUGUCCAGUCUUUUUUAGUAGCCAUUUGGUCACAAACACUGGCCAAAGUUAGCGUUAGUAUUUGUUUGUGUGUGAAAAAUGCAAAAACGCCAAUUUUGGCCAGUGUUUGUGACUAAGUGGCUACUAAAAAAGACUGGACAUACCCCGUUUGAAAUACCUUGGGUUGUCUACUAUUGCAAAUGGUAUGCCAUCAUAGGGGUAAUUUUCAUUCUUGGGCUACCAUAGGGUCUCAAAGGCAAUGUAACCAAUCUGGCGAAUUUUAAUGUGAAAAAAAUGAAAUGCAAGCCUUAUAUUUGACGCUGUAACUUUUGAAAACACCAUAAAACCUGUACAUGAGGGGUACUGUUGUACUCGGGAGACUUCGCUGAACACAAAUAUUUGUGUUUCAAAACAGUAAAAAGUAUCACAGCAAUAAUAUUGUCCGUGUAAUGCUGUUUGUGCGUGAAAAAUGCAAAAAACUUCACUUUUACUGGCGAUAUCAUCGUUGUAAUACAUUUUACUGUUUUGAAACACUAAUAUUUGUGUUCAGCGAAGUCUCCCGAGUAGAACAGUACCCCCCAUGUACAGGUUUUAUGGUGUCUGGAAAGUUAUAGGGUUAAAUAUAGUGCUAGUAAAUUAAAUUCCCUUUACUUUCGGCAUGGGUUGUCAGGCAGGUCCCGCUAAUUGUAAUUAAUUAAGAUACCUAAUUAUGUAAAAAUAUUACAUAAAUAUAUAUGUAGAAUUAAUAUAUGUAUAUAUAUAUAUAUGUGUAUAUAUAUGUAUAUAUCUAUAUAAUUUUUUUUAAAUAUUUUUAUUUAUAUAUAGGUAUAUAUAGUGAUAUAUACGUAUAUAUUUAUGUAUAUAGAUAUAUAUAUUAUUUCGUUCUACGUGUAUUUUGAUAUAUAUAUAUAUAUUAAUUUCACAAAACAGUUAGAACGAAAUAACACACAUCUAUAUAUUUUUUAAUUAUUUAUUUUUAAUUAUUUUUUUAAUUUUAUUUUUUAACGUAUUUACAUUUUUAUUUUUUUUAUAUUAUAUAUAAAUAUAUAUAUAACAAUAAUUAUAUAUAUAUUUAAUCAGUAUCAGUCUACGUGUAAUUUGAUAUUAAUAUAUAUAUAUAAUUAUAUAUAUAUUAAUAGUAAAAUACACCUAGACGGUGUAUGUGUGUGUAUGUAUAUGUGUAUAUAUAUACUUAGAUCAUAUAUAUAUAUAAUAUAUAUAUAUGAUCUAAGUAUAUAUAAUAAUUUUUUUUUUACACCAUUAACUUAUUUUACUUUUAUUUUCAGCCAGCAGGGGGACCACCUGUCAUUACAGGCAGCCCCCCUGCCGGCAAUACAGAAGCCAGCUAUACCCGGCCAUGUGAUUGUGGGGUCCUCGCUAGGACCCUACUCUCACAUGGCCGGGGGGCUUCAACGAGGACGGAUGUGCCGCGGGGGGCUCCCUGGGAGUCCCCCCAACCGCGAUCGCCGGCGUGGGACCGCCGGCGACCGGGUAAGUUAACAAAAACCGGAGGGCGUACAAUUACGCCCGGCGGCGUUUAGAGCCGCCUAUUAGAGGGCGUAAUUGUACGUCCUCCGGUUUUAAGGGGUUAAACAACACAAUGUAACUCCAAGUCAAUCACACAUCUGUGAAAUCAAACUGUCCACAAUGAAUUUCACAUGCUGAUGUGCAAAUGGGAUAGACAACAGGUGAAAAUUAUAGUCAAUUAGCAAGACAAUCCCAAUAAAGGAGUGGUUCUGCAGGUGGUGACCACAGACCACUUCUCAGUUCCUAUGCUUCCUAGCUGAUGUUUUGGUCACUUUUGAAUGCUGGCGAUGCUUUCACUUUAGUGGCAGCAGCUCAUCCAGGAUGGCACAACAAUGCGAGCUGUGGCAAGAAGGUUUGCUGUGUCUGUCAGCGUAGUGUCCAGAGCAUGGAGGCACUACCAGGAGACAGGCCAGUACAUCAGGAGAUGUGGAGGAGGCCGUAGGAGGGCAACAGCCCAGCAGCAGGACGGCUACCUCCGCCUUUGUGCAAGGAGGAACAGGAGGAACACUGCCAGAGCCCUGCAAAAUUACCUCCAGCAGGCUACAAAUGUGCAUGUGUCUGCUCAAACGGUCAGAAACAGACUCCAUGAGGGUGGUAUGAGGGCCCGACGUCCACAGGUGGAGGUUGUGCAUACAGCCCAACACCCUGCAGGACAUAUGGCAUUUGCCAGAGAACACCAAGAUUGGAAAAUUCGCCACUGGCGCCCUGUGCUCUUCACAGAUGAAAGCAGGUUCACACUAAGCACAUGUGACAGAGUCUGGAGACGCCGUGGAGAACGUUCUGCUGCCUGCAACAUCCUCCAGCAUGACUGGUUUGGCAGUGGGUCAGUAAUGGUGUGGGUUGGCAUUUCUUUGGGGGGCCGCACAGCCCUUCAUGUUCUGCCAGAGGUAGCCUCACUGCCAUUGGGUACCGAGAUGAGAUCCUCAGACCCCUUGUGAGACCAUAUGUUGGUGCGGUUGGCCAUGGGUUCCUCCUAAUGCAAGACAAUGCUAGACCUCAUGUGGCUGGAGUGUGUCAGCAGUUCCUGCAAGACGAAGGCAUUGAUGCUAUGGACUGGCUCGUCCGUUCCCCAGACCUGAAUCCAAUUGAGCACAUCUGGGACUUCCUGUCUCGCUCCAUCCACCAACAUCACGUUGCACCACAGACUUGUAAAAAAAAAAAAUAGUUGCGGCGCACUCAGACUACAAAAAAUACAACACAAAGAAGGCUUCUAAAAUGCCUAUCUAAGAAUAAAUAUGGGGAUUUAGUUCCACCAUAUGGCCAUAUAUAAUGUUAAGCCCACCACUGCUUUCAAAUGUUUACAUUUUAGCCUAGUGAUAACUUCACUAACGCCACCUAAGAUGGCUGUUAGAGAUCCUUCCUGGGUCAUGGCUGCCUAAAAUGCAUCCAAACAUUCAGUAUCUCCUCCCUCUGUAUGCAGACACUGAACUUUCCUCAUAGAGAUUCAUUGAUUCAAUUCAUCUCUAUGAGGAGAUGCUAAUUGGCCAGGGCUGUGUUUGAAUCAUGCUGGCUCUGCCCCUGAUCUGUCUCUUUGUCAGUCUCAGCCAAUCCUAUGGAGAAGCACUUUGAUUGGAUCAGGCCACCACGUCUGAUGAUGUCAGCAGACAGCUUGUUAUUCUGAGGCAAACAGAAUGCAGAGCUACAGCUUCAGGCUUGAAUACAAGUAAGAUUUUGCUAUAUUUCGGGAAGCAUGAGGGCACCAGGGGGGCUUGAUGGUGGUUUUAACACUAUACGGUCGAGAAUACAUGUUUGUGUUCCUUUAAUGCAGUUGUUCUGAAGUCUAUAUCCUGUCCCUGAAAGAUUUUCAAUAUAAACACUAACUUUUCAGACAAAAGGCAGGGUUUACAUUGCUGCCUGGUAACACCUCUAGUGACAGUCACUUAGACGGCCUCUAGAAGUGCUUCCUGGGUCAGUGCUUCACAAUGUGCAGCACCUACAUUAAUGUUCCCUACAAAGAUGCAUUGAUUUAAUGCACCUCUAUGAGAAGUUAAAUUGGCGCAGUGGCCUUAGUCUUCCAAUGCUUUCCGAUGGGGAAGCAUUGGAUGGCUGAAAUCAUCAAGAUUGAUAAUCUCAGCCAUGGAGGUGGGGCCAGCCACAGCGUCAUCAGCACGGCGUGGAGAAAAAGGGCAAGUAAAAACAACUUUCCUAUGUGAUUGGAGGGAAGAUACACUCACAGACAUACAGACACACACACACAGACUCACUCACAGAUACACAAACAAACACACUCACAGACAUGCGGAAACACUCGCUCACAAGUAAUUACUUUAUUUCAAUACACCCAGCCACCUUACUUCUGUAGAGCUGGAGUGGAUAAGCUUUCACUUGGGUCCAGCGGGGCUGCUGUCAUCUCCCUACUCAGCUACCUCUCACACACUGUUUAGUGAGCUGGGGGCCGGAGUAACGUCAUAACUCGGCAUCACGACAAGUCGCGCAAAGGAGCAGAGCAGGGACAUUACAGCUUCCUCGCCGCUGCAUUAAGUCGUCCGUCCGCCUGCCUCCCUCUGCUCUCCAUUACCCAGCCACCCCCUCCACCAGCCUCCUGCCUCCCUCAGUUCUCCACGGGCUGGCCAUCCCCCUCCAUCCUUCAGCAGUAAAUGAGCCGGCUGCCCUACUCCCUCUGUCAGCCACCUGCCUCCCUCUCACAGCUCUCCAUGAGCCGGUCUCCUUCCCUUACUUCUCAAUGAGCCGGCCGGCUCAACUGACCACUUCUAGUGGUACCACGUUUGUGAGUGCAAUAUUCUUUCCUAUUUUACUGGUGUUAGUUUUAUACUAUGUUGUGUUUUUUGUGAUUUUAAAGUGAUUAAAGAUAUGGAAGAAUUGAUCCUUCACAUUUGGUCUUCCAGAAUUCAUAUAUACAUAUCAGACGGAAAAGUGAAUAGGUAUAAAUAUUCCAUUAUGCCUGUAUCCCUAUUGUACUAUUAUCUUUACCACACUAUUUCUUUCUUUGUUUUUUUUUAAUUUUUAUAUAUAUCACGCUUUUCAGAGAUUAGUGGGGUGUUGGUGUUCAGGGAGAACACUAUUGCUGUUUAUAUAUUAUAUAUAUAUAUAUAUAUAUAUAUAUAUAUAUAUAUAUAUAUAGACUCUCUGUUCUCAUAUUCUAAGUUCUUCUACUAGUCUAUUGAUAAUGAAUGAGAAGAAUGAAUGAACGAUAACUAGAAUCACAAAACUAGUAAUGCUUGUAAUAUAACCAGUUAUAUCCAGUUAACGUAUAAUAGAAUUUGAUUAGUGUUGCACUAUAUGUUUAUUAGUUAUAUAUUUUGUGCACUUGUAAAUUAAUUAAUGAGUAAAAGUAAAAUACAGAUAGGAUUUGAAAUAUAUCGAAACAAAACGCAAUGAAAUAAGAAAGGAUAGAGUAAAUUAACCCAAUGUCUGAAACAAGUGAUGACAAAAGAUAUAAUUGGCUGUUGAGAGUAUGUAUCGAUUACAUAUAUAUAACGACAAAAUACCUAUCUGAUAUUAUAAAAAAAAAAAAACUAUAAAUAAGCCUUUCUUUUAAAAAAGCUUCUGUUAAGAAUGCAAAUCUGUAUUCCUAACACUAAAGUGGCCUCUGGUGCUGCUCUCCACCCGGCACAUAAAGUCACUUGCCCGAUUCCAGCGCCAAUGUCCCCCUGUGCUCGGUUGGCGCACAGCCUCUCUCGACAUUAUCCAACAGGAGGACCUAAUGCACAUGCUUGGCAAGCGCAUUAGGCCCUCACCAUAAGAAAGCAUUGCCUCAAUGCAGAGCAAUUACAAGAAAACUUACAGGAAUGAUAGGUUGGAUAGACAGCCACUGAAGGCAGUCUUAGUCCUGCAAAGUAAUAAUUGCAGUGUCUCAAAAACUUAAAUGAUUUACAAUGCAGGACUAAGUGGGACAGGGAUACUGCACUCAAACCACUUCAAUGAGUUGAAGUGGUCUGGGUGCUUAUCAUGUCCCUUUAAUCCCUAUAACGCCCUAUUUUAGGCGGCUCUAAACGCUGCCGGGUGUAAUAGUACGCCCUCUGGGUUUUUUUUUACUUACCCGGUCGCCAGCGAUCGCAGUUGGGGGGACAAAUUUUUUUUUUAUAUACUUAGAUCAUAUAUAUAUAUUAUAUAUAUAUGAUCUAAGUAUAUAUAUACACAAAUACAUACACACACAUACACUUUCUAAGUGUAUUUUACUAUUAAUAUAUAUAUAUAUAAUUAUAUAUAUAUUAAUAUCAAAUUACACGUAGACUGAUACUGAUUAAAUAUAUAUAAUUAUUGUUAUAUAUAUAUUUUAUAUAUAAUAUAAAAAAUAUGUAAAUACGUUAAAAAAUAAAAUACAAAAAUUAAAAAUAAAUAAUAAAAAAAUAUAUAGAUGUGUGUUAUUUCGUUCUAACUAUAUUGUGAUAUUAAUAUAUAUAUAUAUAUAUAUAUAUAUUUAAAACAAAAUACACGUAGAACGAAAUAAUAUAUAUAUCUAUAUACAUAAAUAUAUACGUAUAAAUCACUAUAUAUAAAUAAAAAUAUUUUUAAAAAAUUAUAUAUAUAUAUAUAUAUAUAUAUAUAUACACAUAUAUAUAUACACAUACGUAUAUAUAUAUAUAUAUACACAUAUAUUAAUUCUACAUCUUUUGAAAACACCAUAAAACCUGUACAUGAGGGGUACUGUUGUACUCGGAAGACUUCGCUGAACACAAGAUUUGUGUUUCAAAACAGUAAAAUGUAUUACAACAAUGAUAUCGCCAGUAAAAGUGAAGUUUUUUGGACGAUAUUAUUGCUCUGAUACUUUUUACUGUUUUGAAACACAAAUCUUGUGUUCAGCGAAGUCUUCCGAGUACAACAGUACCCCUCAUGUACAGGUUUUAUGGUGUUUUCAAAAGUUACAGCGUCAAAUAUAAGGCUUGUAUUUCAUUUUCACAUUUCACAUUAAAAUUCGCCAGAUUGGUUACGUUCCCUUUGAGACCCUAUGGUAGCCCAAGAAUGAAAAUUACCCCUAUGAUGGCAUACCAUUUGCAAUAGUAGACAACCCAAUGUAUUGCAAACGGGGUAUGUCCAGUCUUUUUUAGUAGCCACUUAGUCACAAACACUGGCCAAAAUUGGUGUUUUUUGCAUUUUUCACACACAAACAAAUACUAACGCUAACUUUGGCCAGUGUUUGUGACCAAAUGGCUACUAAAAAAGACUGGACAUACCCCAUUUGCAAUACCUUGGGUUGUCUACUAUUGCAAAUGGUAUGCCAUUAUGGGUGUAAAUUUUAUUCCUGGGCUACUAUACAGUCCCAAAGGCAACGUAACCAAUCUGGCGAAUUUUAAUUUCAAAUGUAACGUGCUAUAUUUGACCCUGUCCCAAAACGCCAUAAAACCUGUACAUAGGGGGUACUGUUUUACACGCGAGACUUUGCUGAAUACAAAUAUGUGUAUUUUAUUGCAGUAAAAGCAAACAGUAUAAUGACAUUGACAGUUAAAAUGUCAUGUAGAACUAAAAAAAUAAAAAAAAUUGUAUUUUCUCCCAUUUUUUUCAGAUUAAAUUAUGUUUCAUAGCUAAAUAUUUGAUAUUAAAUGAAAGCCCUGUUUCCCCUGAAUAAAAUGAUAUAUAAUAAGGGUGGGUGCAUUUAAUAUGAAAGAGGUGAAUUACGGUUGGACAGACAUGUAACGCAAAUGCCAGGUUUUGUUUACAUUUUGUUUUGUUCACAACGUGUACAUUUGGCUUAGUCCUUAAGGGGUUAAAGCAGUUGUAAAGAAUUCACAUAUGGUUAUUUUUUUCCCACUGUCUUUAUCUUCAUAACUCAUAAUGAGUUAAUGAUUUUUUUUAAAGAUAUGCUCAUUACUUUUCACAUUUGUUCGAAAUAAAUCAGUAGUUGAUACUAAAUAGUUCUAGUUAGUCUCAAACUACAAUGAAUAAGAUAACUGGUAAUUAAAUUAAUUUAUAUUCACCAAUAUAGAUGUUUUAAAUCCCACUUUACAUUUUCAAUGAACUGUAUUUCAAAUUUGAAACUCAAAAUGCUGGGAUUUUCCUGACUAGUUACGAGGUCACUGUGACCCAGCAGAUAGUGGGACAAAGGAGUGUUUCAGGUCACUCUGGGUUUGGUAAACAAAGAAUGUUUAACAUGCUGUAAUACAGAGCUGUAUUCUUUUCUACACAUAUCGUUAUGUAAGAGGUUAAGUUUGAACAGUGAAAUGUUGCCUGAUGCACUCAGGUUCAGUUUAGGUUACAACUAAAUAGAAAUAUUGGCCAAUUCUAGCCCCUCUUAUAUCUCUUCACAGAUCCAUAGGUGUGCCCCUUUUCGGUCUCUCCGCUCUGCCCAUGACCUUCUCCUGUCCACUACUCGCACCUGUACGGCCAACACGCGCUUGCAGGACUUCUUGCGGGCGGCUCCCUUCCUAUGGAAUAGCCUGCCUACCGCCAUCAGACUCUCCCUUAGUCUUUAAUCGUUUAAGAAGUGCUUUAAAACCCAUCUCUUUAGGAAAGCUUAUGGCCUCCCAGAGUUACAUCUACCUCACAUACCUGUCUCUUGCUUUCUCCUAAAGGGCAGCACUCUACUCUUUCCUCCAGCUCUGCUUCACUUCCACCUUAUUUAAUUGCUAUUCCCUGUCCUGUGUUUUAUACCCCACCUCCCAUGUACUGUAAGCUCUGAAUCUGUUGGCACUAUAUAAAUGGCAAUAAUAAUAAUAUACCAUUAAUUAAUCCUCUAGACAAGACUCCCUCAGCAAGUCUGAUUUCAACCUUGGAAUUAAUUAAAAUUUGUAAGUUACUUUAGUUAGCUGUAAGUAAUAAACAUGUUGUAUGACUCUCUAGUAGACUUAAAGUAAAUGUGUAGACACUGAUAAGCCAUUAAAAGCUCCUGCCUAAUAUCAUGUACGGCCCCCUUGUGGUGACAACACAGUCAGAGGCAACAAUCAAAGAGGGAGACACAAACUUAUAUCAGUCAACAUUUUUGCAGUGUGUGUUGACGAUAUGUAAAAUAUGCACAGAAUUAGUAUUAGGCAGCCUGGAACAAAAUUCCAGGCUUCCUAAGUCACGUGUGCCAGGGGUGCAACUAGUCCCCCACACACAAUUGCCAAUAACUCUGAAUGUGCAGUUUUGCCACCUGAAACACUACACAUACAGACUCCUACCAUCAUGACCCCUUAAAAAAGCAGAAGUGGUCAUGGUGGUUGGAGUGACCCUUAAACUGAACUGUGCUGAGGUCCUAAAAAGGUUUGGAACCACUGCAUUAGACUAAAGAAGUUGAAUUAAAAAUGCAAUUCAUAGAGAAGAACCCCAUAGAACUAGUGAGUACUGAAAAGCAGAAGCCCAUUGAGGAGAUGAAAAGAAUUAAAUAUAAAGUCAUACCCAAGGUCUAUUCAAAUAAAUCAGAGAAAAUAAAAGGGAUAGAGAAGGAUUACAGAGGUAAUAGAGGGCAUAACCCUAAAAUACUGCUAUAUGAAACACACUAGUGGGGAUAGUUGGCUUCUAAAUAAGAGAGCCAGCCUCAUAGGAAUUACCUCCUAAGUAAAGAAUCAAAAUAAGGUAAUAAACUUUAUUAAGAGAAAGAAAAAAAUGUAUAUAAAAAACACACAAAAUAAAUAGUAAUCAUAAUAGUGUAAAUGUGUGACAAAAAAGUGAUCAAACAAGGAUAAAAAACUGCUAAGAUAGUACCUUAAAUUUGCACACUCUAAAUGUAGACUCCACAGGUAACAAAUGUAGCAACUCAGUACUAAUAGUUAUAACCGAUUUGUUACAAAAGUAACAGGCUAAUCUAAGUAUCCAGGAUAUGUAUUACACAGAGUGACCUGUAUGUUUAGUAUGGGAUAGAUAGAACGGAAAGUGGAGAUAAAGUAAACAGUAGUGCUACGUAAUCGCUGAGAUCGUUAUGUGCAAAAAGGUUCAAUUGGACUAAGCAAGAUACAGAAAUAACUUUAUAAAUACAGUCUGUAAUAUUGGCUUUUUUAUAGUCCAUGUAGCUAAAGUAUCAUAUAGGGGGAAUAAAGUAAAAUAAUGGAAGGAGGUUUCUUUAUCGGUAAAUGGUCAAUAGCACAGUAUGUCUCCUGCUGUCACUGUAAUAUGAAAACCCAAUAAUCCCCUUGCUAUCCUAUAGGAACUAUUCCAGACAAGUAGGUAGCAAUAAAGGGGAAAAGGGGGAAGGCACUAAAGCUGUAGCAUUGUCAGUGAUACACUGUUAAACGGUCAGGCUCCCUAUUGGUGCCUAGGUGAAACAGUUCAUCAGAACGAAAUUAACCAUUGCCAAACACAAUCUUAGUUCGCAAGUGUAUCCCUAUGUAGAGCGUCUCCCAAGGUAAUAUGAUGCAAACAGGUAUGGUAAAUAGGGAGGAUGUGAUAUACAAAUAGGUAGAAUCAGUUAUUCCGGAAAAGUAUAUAGCUACACAUAGUUUGUAGAUCUGAAGUUCUAUAUUCUACUGGUGAGAAUGUAUCAUCUAUACAAAACUCCCCCUCCGUGGGGUUAUUAUUAUAAUACUAAUGAUAUUUGAUAGAUAUGAUAACUUCUAUGUAGAAAUGUAUAUACAUACUUUGUAAACUUGAAGUCCUAUAUUUUACUGGUCCCUACGACAGGGACACCUUCUAUGACCCCAGGGGGCAGCUUUCCCAUGGUUCCCAUAUUCUUUGGAAGGUCUUUUGAGUACCUCUCACCCUGGCCGUUAGAUCGUCCAUUAGAUGUACUUCUUUGAUUCUAUUGAUUACCCCAGUUACAGAAGGAAUACUCCGUUUGAGCCAAUCUGAUGCCACUGCUCUCCUUGCUGCUAGGGUGAUUUUGUGGAUGAGUUUUUGCUCACACCUAGUCCACCCAUCUAUGGAUCUGCUUAGUAAGUACAUAGGUCUGGGUCCGGGGCCCUGGAGAAAACUUGGGUCAUUAUGUCCCUAAUUUGUGUCCAGAAUCUGCUAAUUAUUGGGCAUUCCUACCACAUAUGUAUAUAUGUUCCUUUCAUCCCGCAGACCCUCCAGCACAAAUCAGUAGGAGUCUUCAUCAUGUGGUACAAUUUAACAGGAGUGGAAUACCAGCGGAGCAUUGUAUACACAGACGGAAGAGGUAUUAUUAGCUUCCCAUAUUUCCUGCCAUUUUAUCCCCUCUAUUUCCUCCCCUGGAUCUCUCUCCCAUUGGGCUGUAUAAGUGAGAUUCCCCCAGUCCCUGGUUUCCGAACAAAGGUGGGCAUAUAGGAGAGUUAAUACAGCAAGAUAGAUGCUUCGUUCGCCAAACUGCCCCAAUAGUUGAACAGCGGGGUGUGAGAGGCAACACAAAGCCUUAUGGUCAGCUGGUGCUGUCAGCUCCACCAAGGGCUUGUACCCCAAUAGUCUACAAAAUAAUGAGUGUGAUCUCCGCCUGGGGAGAUCUUGAAAUGCUGACAAAAAUAAAUGGACAAAUAAGAGACAACCGUACAAAAGUAAGAAUGACCAGUAUAGGGAUCUAAUAGAGGGGAAGAGGAACAGGGUCCGGAAACAUUAUAACAUAUCAGGUCCCUUAAGUAUCCUGAUAAGACUAGAUCAAAAAGUAAAAUAAAAAAUCUAUAUUAAGUCAUGGGGUAGAAAUAGCCAAAGGGGAGCCCCCCCCCAAAAAAAAACAGAACAGAAGGGGGAAGACUCUAUACUGAAUCCCCUCUAUAACAACUCGUGAAUGGUAGAGAUAAGGCUGCAGUCUUUAUAUGAACAUCCAAGAUGGAUAUAGAAAGUAUGGCUAAAGAAUAUUAAAGACAGAGUUGUAGGGCUUGAACCUUCUAAUAGAAUAAUUGAGGAGCAGUAAUCCCUGUUAAGGGUGAGAGUAGAGGAAAAAGGAUAGUAAGGCAAAAGGAGAGUAUACACACUUCCUAGUAUACGAGGUAUAUAAGCCUCAAAGUAAGUCCCUAAGCUCUGUGAAACACCUUCGUGGGUGUUCUAAUCUAAAUGCUCACUCUGAGGAGGUAUCGCCCACUGCCUACUACUACCGGAUCCCCACCGGCUGGAGGUAAAUAGAAGAAAAAUAAAGUUACUCUAAGUAUACAUCCCUAUGAUGCAUAAUCCAUUAGUGAAAAAGAAAAACAAAAUGAGUGAAAUCAAAGCAUGCCGGUUGCCCGACGCGCGCUUCGGUGUGUAAUGACACCUUCACUAAUGGGUUAUGCACCAUAGGGAUGUAUACUUAGAGUAACUUUAUUUUUCUUCUAUUUACCUCCAGCCAGUGGGGAUCCGGUAGUAAUAGGCAGUGGGCGAAUGGUCAGAGCAGGGCUCCUGCAAUCUUUACCUGCGCACAGACAUUGUUGUACAUGGCCUUUAUUAGAGCUAUGGAUUGUUCGAGGUAACCUAUAUGGGACAGAAGUGUAAAUAGAUAGGGCCAUUGGACUUGAUCGAAGGCCUUUUCUGCGUCAAUUGAAAAAAGCAGCGUUGGGGUGUUGGUGGCUGCCUGUUUCCAUAUGAGGUCAAUAUUUCUGCAGGUGUUCUCGAAUAGUUGCCUGCCAGGUCUAAAGCCCACUUGGUCUGCAUCUACGAGAUACGGGUUAAGUCUAUCCGCUUGUAUCUUUGAAAGGAUUUUUUUAUGUCAUGAUUUAUGAGGGAUAUGGGUCUAUAGCUUUCGGGGAAGAGAGAGUCUUUGUCAGGUUUUGGUAGUAAGACAAUAGUGGCUAAGGACAUGUCUUGGUUAGGUGUACCUCCCUCUCUAAAUCCGAUAAAUAGCGCAGUCAAGUGAGGCUUGAGUUCCUCCCGAUAGGUCUUAUAGUAAGUCCCGUCAAAAUCGACCGGUCCGUGGGCCCUAUUUCCCUUCAGUUCUGAUAUAGCCUGGUCGACCUCUUCCGGUAAAAUUUCUGCUGCCAUUCUAUUGAUUACUUCCUGAGAUAGUUUAGGUAGUCCUAGAUUGGUCAGAAAUGUAUGCGUCAUGUCUAUAUCGUGCGCUAUUUGUGUCUUUGUAUUCGGGGAAUGGUUAUAGAGUGACUUGUAGAAGUCAGUAAAUACAUCUGCAAUGUCUGGGGGCAUGGUUUUCAUGGAACCGUCCGGGUGUCGUAUGGAGGUGAUAUGUCCGUAUCUCUGUCUAAGCUUAAGGACUCUUGCCAGAAGCGUGUCCAUCUUAUUGGCUUUUUCGUAAAAAGUGCGUUUUGACCAUGUCAUAGCUUUGGCGGUGUCAUCUAGUAGCAAGGAGCGGAUGGUAUGCCUCUUUACUUCUAAGCAUCGUAGUGUCUCGUUGUCAGAGCUACUCUGGUGUUGGUGUUCCAACCUUCUAAGGUCAGUCAAUAGUCCGUUCAGUCUUUGGAGUUUUUUCUUCUUUUAAGCAGUCGCUAAUUUAAUAAAAGUGCCCCGUAUCACUGUCUUGUGUGCUGCCCAUUUCAUCUCCCGUCUCAGGUCAGGGGUGGUGUUGGUGGCAAGUAAUUCUAGGAUGUCUGCCAGUAUCUGCUCCACUAGCUCUUGGUCUCUCAAUAAGGAGGUAUUGAGUUUCCAGGUCCAAGGGGACGCUGCACAGAGGUUCCCUAUCGUAAGGGGCACGUCUGCAUGGUUAGACCAUGUGAUGGACCCUAUAUUUGAGCCCAGGACACGGGUCAAGCAUCUUUCGUUGUUGCGGCUCCCGGCCUGCCGCAUAGUGCAGCCGUGCCCGACUGGCACGACCUAGCCGAUAUUGCGAGCUUACCUGCUUGCCGGCGAGCCGGGAACUGCACCUCCGCUUCUUCUGGGCGUUGCGUCCAAAUCAAAGAUGGCGCUGACCACGUGUUCGCGCACACCACAAGCUCUGCGCCUCAAAUUUACACGGACGUGUGCGUGACGUCACGACGUCAACGCACGCGCACGUUCUGGGGUCAGAGGUCACCCUCUGACGAAUCAGAGCCCAGAGAGGGAUAAUUAAAUCCCUAAUUCACUCCAGUUCCUUGCCAUGUCGUGGUUUCCUGUUCCUGGUUCCUGAGAGUGCGUUUAUCUUUGUGAAUCUGACUUCCUGGUAUCCUGAUCUUGGCUUUUCACUGGUUAUUCCAAAUUCUGGUUCCCCUGACUUGGCUUGUUGAAACAGUAUCUGAGUAUUUCUGGCUUCCUUGACCUCGGCUUUCCCUUUGACCAUUUUCUAUCACUAGCGUAUUAGUCCGGCCAUUCUAAGGUCCGGUUUACGCUCUGUCCUUUUAUUUCCUUUCCUUUUUUAUGUAUAUGUUUACAUCAUUUCUGCAUGUUGGACCACACUAGCAGCCGUGACAUGCGUUGACCAAGAAUAAAUCUAUCCUAGAAUAGGUAUCGUGUGGGGCAGAAUAGAAAGUAUAGUCGACAGUGCUCGGAUGACGUGUGUCAGGGAUCCACGGGCGGCUAGGAGGGGAGGCUGCACGCCACUUGCAGCACUCACCCUCAGUCCGUCGCCGCCCGCGGUCUCCCCUCGUCUCACCUGUCGGCGAGCGGCGUCUCCUCUCUGCCGCUCGCCGCUCGCGUCCUCCACGCCCCCCAGCAGCAGCAUGUAUAACGCUGCAUGCUGGGAGGACACUAAAUUAUGCAAACGCCGGGGUCACGUGAGUGACCCGGCGUUAAAGAAACAAUACCUCAAUCACAGUGGGAGGUAUAGAUAUCCCCCACGUGUGAUUGUUAAUUCUGAUUGGAAGUUAUCCAAUCAGAAUUAAACCUAGGGUAUUUAUACUUACCUUUCCUGUCCCUCAGUGCCCUGUUGUGGUCUUGUGAUACCUGUAGCGUAGUUUUCUCGUCUUGCUCUCUGGUUUCCGAUUAUUUGGCUCGUUAUUCCGAUUAUCCUGUCUUCUCCACUCCUUUGACCUCGGCUUGUUUCUCGUUCUCCCGUUUUCUGGCUCCCUUUACUUGGCUUGUCUCCUGACCAUUCUUAGUGUGCUUAGCCCGGCCACUCUAAGGACCGGUAUAGCACCCUUCCUCUCUGUGUCCUGUUAGCGUGUUAGGUUCCGGAAUCGUGACAUUACAACAGGGCCACCAUGGAACCUGCUGACAUUCCACAGUUGUUAGUAAAUCAGGAGGCUAGAAUGGAUGGUUUAGACCACCGUAUGGAUCAGUUUGCUCAGGCUUUACAAACCAUACUGGCUCGUACUGCCCACUUGCAACCUGCCGUUCAAGAAGCUGUUGCUGCUGUGCCAGAACCCAUUCCUGAUCCAGUACCCGCUCCUGCUCACGUGGUUCACAUGAUGCCACCUCAGCGCUAUAGCGGUGAUCCAGCAUUGUGCCGUGGUUUCCUCAACCAAAUUGAUAUUCAUUUGGUGAUGAAUCCUCGUUCCUACCCCACUGACAGAACCAAAAUUGCUUUUUUGAUUAACCAUUUGUCUGGGAAAGCUCUAGCAUGGGCUAAUCCCAUGUGGGAGAAUACGUCCCCAAUGUCCUUUGCAGACUUCUUAACAGCUUUUAAACGUACGUUUGAUCAACCCGGCUGGGUUGCUUCUGCUGGCAAAGCUCUGCUUAGGGUUCGACAGGGUAAUAGAUCUGUAGCGGAUUAUACUAUUGAAUUCCGCACUCUGGCAGCUGAAGUGGUCUGGAAUAACUACGCUCUCGUAACAGCUUUUCAGGAAGGUUUGGCCGCUUACAUAUUAGAUGAAAUAGCAUCCAGGGAAAUGCCUGUUCUUCUGGAUGAUCUAAUAGAUUAUGUCAUUCUAAUUGACAACCGUAUUAGAGAGAGGCGUAGUUAAAGAAGGAUGAAUACACAGGGGUUACCUGCUUUACCCAGUACUGCAUUACUAGCGUUACCUCCCCCUAAUCAACCACCUCCCGAACCUAUGCAAUUAGGUGCUGUAGGCUUAUCUGAAGCUGAAAGAACGUACCGCAGAAGGGAGGGUUUGUGCCUUUAUUGUGGUAAGAGGGGGCAUCUCCGAAGAAACUGUCCUAGUUUGCAGGGAAACUCCAGCACCUAAGGCCUAGAGAGGGGCCGGCCAAGGGUGUUAUGAUAUUUUCCCCUCAUGUGUCCAUCUCCAGACCAUUUAUCACGGUUACUCUUUUGGUCAAGAAAACCACGAUAACAACUAAAGCCUUGAUCGAUUCAGGUGCUGCUGACAACUUUAUGGAUGAGAACUUUGCUAAAACCGCAGCCUUGAAUCUGAUCCAAAAGGCCACACAUUGGCCAUUGAGGCCAUAGAUGGUAGACCACUUGAGAAACCUCUGGUGACCCAUGAAACCCAAGAAAUGGUUAUGGUCAUGGGUGCCUUACACAAAGAAAGGAUAACCUUCCAAAUAAUUGACUCCCCUACAGCUUCCAUCAUUCUGGGCUUCCCCUGGUUAGUUAAGCAUAACCCGGUACUCGAUUGGGAUUCUCUAGAUAUACUCUCCUGGGGGGUAUCUUGUCAACAAGACUGUAUGGCCCGUUUACAUCCCGUUUGUUUACUUAAUGUGCCUACAGCUAAACCACUUCCUGUUUCUGUCCCUCCUGUGUAUGCAGACCUCGCAUUGGUCUUUGAAAAGAGGGAAGCUGAUAAACUACCCCCACACCGGGAUUAUGAUUGUGCCAUAAAUCUGUUGCCUGGAACGAUGCCUCCUAGGGGUAAGGUCUACCUGCUUUCUGAGAAAGAAAACCAGGUCAUGGAGGAGUACAUACAGGAAUCCUUACGUAAAGGUUUUAUCAGAAGGUCCUCCUCUCCGGCUGGUGCUGGUUUCUUUUUGUUGCCAAGAAAGAGGGCAAUUUGAGGCCAUGUAUAGACUAUAGGGGCCUGACUAAUAUAACAGUUAAAAACGCUUAUCCUAUCCCUCUCAUUACUGAGUUGUUUGACCGUGUUAAAGGUUCUAGAUAUUUUACUAAACUAGACCUCAGGGGGGCUUACAACUUGGUUCGUAUAAAAGAAAAUGAUGAAUGGAAGACAGCGUUCAAUACACGCAGUGGGCAUUACAAGUAUCAAGUCAUGCCUUUUGGACUGUGUAAUGCUCCUGCUGUCUUUCAGGACCUCAUAAAUGAUGUCCUUAGAGAUUUACUGCAUGUCUGUGCUGUGGUUUAUCUCGAUGAUAUACUUGUAUAUUCUCCUGAUUUGGUGUCACAUCAUGCCCAUGUGAGGAAGGUACUUAAGAGAUUGCCACAGAACGGUCUUUAUUGUAAAUUGGAGAAAUGUUUAUUUGACCAGAAAUCAGUACAAUUCCUAGGGUACAUAAUUUCUGAACAGGGGUUCAGCAUGGAUCGUUCUAAAUUAGAAGCCAUAUUGUCUUGGCCUCUCCCUCAAGGCCUUAAGGCAAUACAGCGAUUUAUAGGCUUUGCCAAUUAUUAUAGCAGGUUUAUUAAAAACUUUUCUUCGGUCAUUUCUCCUAUCACGAAACUUGCACCCCAGGGUUUGGACUCCUGAAGCUAUUAAAGCCUUCGAAACUCUCAAAAAGGCAUUUGCCACUGCCCCUGUGCUACACCAUCCUGAUCCUUCCCUUCCCUUUAUAAUGGAAGUAGACGCUUCAGAAUCAGGUAUAGGAGCUGUAUUAUCACAAAGAUUAUCCUAUAACGAACCCCUCCAUCCCUGUUGUUACUUUUCUAAAAAACUGUCUGAUUCGGAAAAGAAUUACGACGUCGGGAAUAGGGAACUAUUAGCUAUUGUGAUGGCUUUUAAAGAGUGGAGGUACUUAUUAGAAGGAGCUAGACACAAAAUCCUGGUUAUAACUGUUCAUAAGAAUCUCUCCUAUAUAGCUGAUGCUAAAAGGUUGUCCUCUCGUCAAGCCAGAUGGUCCUUAUUUCUUUCACGCUUUCAGUUCAUUAUCACAUAUAGGCCUGGGUACCGUAAUGUCAAGGCUGAUGCUAUCUCCCGACAAUACGAACCUUUGGAGUCUAUCGCCCCCGCUCCUGAACGUCUAAGAUAAUAGCUGCUACCCGUUUAGUUAUUUUGUCUCUUUUCCGUGAUGGUAUCAAGGCAUACCAAAUCCAAGCACCCUCUGAGACACCUGUUGGUAGACUAUACGUGAAGGAAAAAGAUAGAAAGAAAUUGUUAGCUUUAUUGUUAGCCAAAACGGCUGGCCACCCAGGGGUUACCAAGACAUACAAGGGUCUCCUUCAACAGUUUUGGUGGCCUUCACUUAAGCAAGACGUAGUGGAUUAUGUGCAGGAUUGUCGUGUUUGUGCACAGUGUAAGUCCCCUAAUGUCAAACCCCGGGACUCCUAAUGCCUUUAUCCGUACCCAAGAAACCAUGGACCCACUUAUCCAUGGACUUUAUUGUGGUUCUUCCUUCAUCCGAUGGAACGUGCCCUCCAGACUUCUACCAACCCAGCGUCGGUCACAAAUCCGUGGAAUAGUUUGUCCUGGCCCCUUCGUCCAUGGGAUCUAGGUGUUCCCUUGCGUGCGCUCCUUUCCAUGGCGGGGCACGGCGCCGCAUUAAAAUCCCCUCCCACGAUCAGCAUACCGUGUGGUAGAGUUUAUAUUUUUGCCUUCAAAGACUCCCAGAACCCGGUCACUGGAUGGUUCGGUGCAUACACAUUGAUUAAGUGUAUCGUGUGAGAAAGUAGUGUGCUGGAUAGGUUGACAUAUCGCCCAUCCGGAUCAGGGUCAGAAAAGGUUAUUUUCAGAGGACAGCUGUUCCGUAUUAGGAUCGCUACUCCGUUCUGUUUGCGGUGCGUUCUAGCCUCAUAGGUCAUACUAUAAGUAUGGUCCCUUAACUUGAAACCAGCCUGUUUCAGCAAGUGUGUUCAGUCAUUUUUAAUAUAAGAAGAACAGAGGCAGGUGGAAUAUAAUUUUUUUAUCCAUUUAUUUUUUUUUCUUUCCUUUUUUAAAAGUUUUUACGAACUUAGAUAAUGGAUAAGUCUUGCCACAAAAUAUAAUCUGCAUAUGAAAUAACUUUGAACACCUAUUUUUUUUUUUUUGAGGGGGGGAAAUAAUUAAGGAAGUGUGUAUGUUAGAGGUCAUAAUGGGUAUGUUUUCAAUGCACGGAAUAAAAUUUUCAACACUUAAAUAUACAGUUGCAAGAAAAAGUAUGUGAACCCUUUGGAAUGAGAUGGAUUUCUGCACAAAUUGGUUAUAAAAUGUGAUCUGAUCAUCAUCUAAGUCACAACAAUCACAGUCUGCUUAAACUAAUAACACACAAAGAAUGGUAUAUAGGGCACCCACCCACCUGCGGAGCUCAGUCUGCGCGGAGCCCUCCGUGGGUGAAGAUGGAUUUUUUUUUUGUGUAUUUUUUUUUUCUAAUUGUGACGGUCAUUAUGGAUUUUUAUUUUGCCUUUUUUGGGUCUGAAAAAAUAAGAUUUUAGAAAAAAAGAAGACCUCAAAUGGUAAGUUUUUUUUUUUUUUACAGGUACUUAGUUAAUGGUCCCCCCUCAUUAUUUUUAGGGUGAGGGGGGUAGGUAGGGGUUAAUUGUUUUUGGGAGGGGGGUGACUAGGGGAUUGGGGACUCCUAGUCACCUGGGGGGUAAGAUAAAUUAUUAUUUAGGGCCCCCACCCACCGCUCCGAGGUGAGGGCCAGGGGGGAGGACAUUAGGUCCUCCCCCUUAUUGGUAUUUAGGACCCCCACCCACCGCUCCGGAGUGGGGGCCAGGGGGGAGGACAUUAGGUGUCCGGGGUGGAGGACAAUAGACCCCCCCCCAUUAUUUUACUUUUAGGGCCCCCACCCGCCACUCGGGGGUGGGGGCUGAGGGGAGGACAAUGGGUCCCCCCCUUUUUACUUUACUGCCCCCACCUGCUGCUCAGGGGUGGGGGCCAGGGGGGCAAUAGGUCCCCCCUUUAGUUUAAAAGCCCCCACUCGCGCGGCACAGGUGGCGGCUUGGGAGGGGGGACACUUUUUUUUUUUUUAUUCUUUAUUUCUUUUUUAUUCCGGAAAUCCAAACAGGCACAAGACACAUUAGUUAGUACAAUCGAACAGUGUAUCAGCACUAUGUUUUGUUACAUUGGUUGCGUGCAUUCUUUAUCUUAACGUUACAUUAUUAUAUAGUUAUACAAUUGUAUAUGCAUGGUCAUUGCUUUCUGUGGGCCGCCAGCUAGUUUACUCCGUGCCUCAUUAAAUUUGUAGUUUGUCUGUAGCUGGCCCCUUAUCUCGUUUGUCUUUCCGUACCUAUAAGGUCUCUAAAGACUGCGGUAGCAUCAUCUUUAUGUGCCUUUGGUAUUCUGUGUUGUGUCCGACUGUGUGGACCCCAGGAGUUUUAAGGAAGUUCCAGCUUAGGGCUGGGUGUGAGGACUCCUAUAGAGAGGAGAGAGAGAGAGAGAAAGGAAACUAGCAAAGGAGUAGCGAGAGGAGGGUUAGUUUUAGGCACGAGUGAUAUCAUCGUGGGUCUUCUAGGUUGGUGGGGGGGGGGGAGAGUGGACGGAGGUGGUGGUCCCUAUGGGUUCUGCUUUUCAAGUGGUGUGGGUACAGUACCCCUUUGCCGCCAGGUUGUUGCCUCCUGUGCCGCAUCCCUAAGGUUUUUCCCUUCCACCCAUUCAUUCCAUUUUCCCCAUGUGUCUAGAAUUUUAUUGCGUCUAUCAGAGCUCUCGUGGGCCAUUUUUUCGUACUGGCCAUUGAGAGAUACCUGUUGUAUCACUUCGCCUAUGGGGGGGGCAGUGGUGGAUUUCCACUUCCUAGCUAUAAGCAAGUUCGCUGCUAUCAGUAUGUGGAAUGCCAGAGUCCCUUGUUGUCUUGAGAUGAGGUCGGGGAAUAUGAACAGUAGGAAGAAUUCCACUGAUUCCCGUAUUGGUUUGUGUAGUACUUCCCCCAUUAGCUUGGCGAUCUCCGCCCAGAAGGGUUUGAUUAACGGGCAAUCCCACCAGAUGUGUAGCAUUGUUCCCUUGUCAGUGUUGCAUCUCCAGCAUUUGUCAGAGGUGUUUGGGAACAUGUGUGCUAGCUUCGCUGGUGUUAGGUACCAUCUGGUGGCUAUUUUCCUUAUUAAUUCUACGUGGGAGUUGCAUUUUGUGUAUUUUUUGUGUAUCUUAAAGGCUCCCGACCAGGCGGCGUCAGGUAUUUUACGUCCUAUGUCUACCUCCCAGUCUGUGGUGUAUUUAGGCUUUGGUCGUUUAUCGUCUUUCAAAAUUGCCUCAUAGCAGGUUGUUAUGACCUUUUUCUUUGGUAGUAGCCCUGCGCACAUUUUUUCUAUAUUGGUCAUGUUUUGUAUUGUGGGUGGGUGGAGGGGUUUCGUUUGGUUGGUGGUUCUUAGUAGGGAUUGUAGCUGUAGGUAUGACAGGCCACUUAUUUGGGGUGUGCUCAGCGGCAGGUUGAGUUGGGGGAAAGGGAUCAAGUUCUCCCCGCUCCAUGCUUGGUGUAGAAAGACUGUUCCCUUGCCCUCCCAUCCCCUGCUGUCGAAGGUGGGAAUGUAGUAUUUGAAACAUUUGAUUGGGGUAGCCAACGAUAUUGGGCUCCAGGAGGAGAACGUGUCUUUUUUAUUGUCCCAUGUCUUUAGCAUUAGGGCCGUGGUGGGUAGCAUGUUGUGCAUUUGUGGUCUCAGGGGUUUAGGUAUCCAGAAUAGACAGGCGAUCCCUUCUGCUAGGGACCAGUAGGACUCAAUCUCCACCCAAGGUGGUUGGUAUUUUGUAUCUUGUGCCGCGAUGGUGUGGCUGAGUAUUGUGGCUAUGUAGUAAGCUAGGAUGUCUGGUCUGCCUAUUCCCCCUUCUCCUAGUUUUCUAGUGGCUGUGGCCUUUGGGAUGCGGGAUUUGCGUCUGUCAUUAAUAAACCUGUCUAUGUGUCUUUGCAAUUGGAUAAAGUAUGUCUUCGGGACUUCCACUGGUAUGGAUCGGAACAAGAACUGCAGCUUCGGGAGCAGCAUCAUUUUAAAGGCCGCUAUGCGGCCCAGCCAGGACAGAAAUUUACCUUUCCAAUUGUCCAGUUUUGUGCGGAUGUCGGAGGCUAUUUUAAGGUAAUUGGCUUUGAUUAGGUUUAGCGGGUUUUUUGUUAGUUUUAUUCCCAGAUAAACCACAUGGUCAUUUCUCCAGUCAAAAUUGUAGUGCGUUUUGAGGUUGUGUGUCGUCUUGUGGUCUAGGUUAAUUGUCAUGGCUUGUGUUUUGGCCUCGUUUAGCUUGUAGUAUGAGUGCCUGCUGUAUUCUUUCAAAACCUCUGUGAGUGCUUUGAUGGAGGUGUCUGGUUGUGUGAUGGUGAGGAGAACAUCGUCAGCGAAUAGACUGAGUUUGUGUUCAGUACUUCCUAUGUGAACUCCCUGUAUGUCAGGGUGGGCCCUAAUUCGGGUCGCGAGUGGUUCGAGGGCCAGGACGUACAGCAGGGGUGACAGAGGACACCCCUGCCGCGUCCCAUUGGUGAUGGUGAAGGAGUCUGAGAGAAAGCCUCCGUAUAGUACUUUCGCUGUGGGUACAUUAUACAGUGCCCUAACUGCGGAUAGGAAUUCGUCUGGGAAGUCAUAUUUUUUCAGCACUGCUUCGAGGAAGUUCCAGCUAAGGCGGUCAAAUGCCUUUUCGGCGUCAAGGGAUACUAGAAUCCCUUUUGUGUGUUGUCUUUGCAUGGAGUGCAUGAUGUCAAGUACUCUCCUAGUGUUAUCUGUGCCUUGUCUCCCCUUUACGAAGCCAGAUUGGUCUGAGUGGAUAAGUGUCGUAAGAGCGUCUGACAUUCUGUUGGCUAUUAUUUUGGCGAAUAUCUUGGCAUCUGAGUUAAGUAGGGAUAUGGGCCUGAAGUUUUUACAGUGCGUGGGGGGUUUGCCUGGUUUUGGCAGGGUGAUUAUUGUCGCCGCUAGCAUGUCUUGAGGUAAUUUGGAGCUGAGAACUGCAUCGUUAAAUAAUUUUAGCAAGUGGGGGGUCAGGCUUUUACGGAAUUUUUUGUAGUAAAUGUUAGACAGUCCGUCAGGGCCUGGUGUUUUGUUGGCUGGGAGAUUCUGUAUAACCUGCUCAAUUUCUUCUGCGGUUAUUGGUUUGGCCAGUGAUUCCCUUUGGUCUGCUGACAACGUGGUAGUGUUAAUGUGGUCUAGGUAUGUAGUGGAUUCCUCAGUAGUGGCGUGGUGUUGGUCCUGGUCGUUCCGGAUGUUAUAGAGCUGGGUGUAAAAGGAGGCGAAUUCGUUACUAAUGUCUCCUGGGGAGAGUAUCUUACCAGUUGUGUCAGAGUGUAGAUGUGGUAUCCGGGAGCGAGUCUGUUGUUCUUUCAGUGUGGAGGCUAAUAGUUUUCCGGCUCUAUUGCCCUGAGUGUAGUGGGUAAGUUUCAGUUUUUUCAGCAUGAAGCUGGUGCGGUGCAGGUGUACCUCUUGGAUUUUGGAUUGGAGCUGCAGUAUCUGUUUCUUAAGGUGUUUGGAGGGUUUUGUUUGGUUUUGUGUAUUUAAGUGUUGGAGUUCUUUGCUCCAUUCUGUGAGUUUGGCUUGGGAGGUUCUUUUUGCGUGGGCAGCCUGUUUUAUGAAGAGGCCUCUUACUACAGCUUUGUGGGCUUGCCACAGUGUUUCUGUGGACAUCAUGGGUGUUGCAUUAGCAUUAAAGUAUUGGUCAAUUUCCGUCUGCAUGUUUUCUGUGAAAUGGGGGGUCUGGAGAAGCGAUUCAUUGAGUCGCCAAGGAGGUUUGUUUUUGAAGGCAAAUUUGUCUGCUAUCGUGAGGAUGAUCGGGGCGUGGUCUGACCAUUCAAUAUUCCCAGUCUCGCAUUCCAAGACCUGUGUUAGUUGUGUGCCUUUUACAUAAUACCUAUCUAUUCUGCUGUAACAGUUAUGUACAGAUGAGUAGUAUGUGUAUGCUCUGUCUGGGGGGUGUUUGGUCCUCCAUACAUCCUAAAGAUUGUAGGAGUGGAAAAGUGUGGUUAGUUGUUUGGCUAAUUUCGAUAGUGCUUUGAGUCGUGUGGGUGUUUUGACGGAGGAUGAGUCCAGUACAGGGUCUUGGAUACAGUUGAAAUCUCCUCCUAGGAUAAGGAAACCCUGUUGUAGUUUGUCGAUUUUGGCUAGGAUUCUAGUUAAGAAGUCUCUUUGGUGGUCAUUUGGGGCGUAGAUGUUGCCUAUUGUGUAUGUAACGUCGUUGAUCAGAGCUAUGAUUAUUAAGAAGCGACCCUUAGAGUCAGCUAUUUUUUUGAUUAAGGAGAAAGAUACUUGGCCGCUGAUAAGGAUGGAUACCCCUUUGGAUUUAGUGUCUGAAGGUGAGUGGAAUUGGUAUGGGAAUUGUUUGAUGCCGAAGCGGCAUGGGUCAGAUUUGCGGAAGUGUGUUUCCUGCAAACAUAUGAUGUUGCCCUGCAGUUGUUUUAUUUCUUUGUAGAGGGUAUGACGUUUUGACGGGGUGUUCAACCCUUUAACAUUAUGUGAUAUUAUCCGCAUAGUGUGUGUACAGUGUGGUGUAGUAACAUACCCGUAUAUCCGUGGGAUUCCCACCCCCCCUCGUCCGUCGUACCUCCUGUGGAGAAAAAGGAAAGGAGAAAAGAAGAUGAAAGGCUAGAAAAGGAAAGGUGUCGUGUUGAGUGUCGCAUAGGCGAACACUCAGGACUAACUCGGGGCUAUCCCCCAUUGAGUUAAAGUUAAUCGCCCUCCGGCGAACAGAGUUGGAUUCGGCUGUACUGAGCUUGUCACCCAGUUCCCUUCGGGGUUGAGGUUAGGCUUGAUGGGUUCGGGUGUCCACGCUCCGUACAGGCGGAUCUAUGCACUUCUAGACAAUGUGGUAUGAGCCUCAACUUGACAUAUAAAAUUAACAUUAGUAACAGGUACAUAUUAUAACACAUUGGUUUCCUCUAACAUGAGGAUUUAACCUUAAACAAUCCCCAAAAGAUACUGCAAUGGUUGGCCGCUUUCUAUGACUAAGUCUCCUCUAACUUCCUCUCCCCGUCCCCACCUAGGUGAGUGUUUAUCCCCUCCUUCCCUUAAUGUGGGUCCUCCAGUAAAGGCUUCCCCCUUGUUGGGAUCCUCACGCCUCAGAUGUAUUUGCUCUAUUUCGUCGGAGUAGUCAGGGGAUAACGUUGUUUGGGGGGGAGUUUUAAGGGUUCGUUCCUGGCUGCAAGUGGGCGGUUAAAAGGUCCCCUGGCUGUGGAAGGUGAUCUUUUGUCCCCGGUCGUUGUGAGAUCGGAGCCAGUGUAGGGGUGGGGGUGCUAUGCUUGGGGCUUGUGUUUGGCCUACUGUUUGCCCUCCCCGCUCCCUGCUCCCACUAACUUCUGUGACCCUAUGCUACCCUUUCUCUCCAGUCACUGAGUCGGUCCCAUUUAACCUGAGUGGACGUCUGUCGGGUGUCUCGGGUGAUGCCCCUCACUGGUGGUAGUCCCGGGACGGGUCUGUGGUUGCUUGUAUUGAUAAGUGUCUUUUGGGAUCGUUCCCAAGGUGAUCUUGACAUGUGACAGCGUAGGGUGAGGGGUAGUCCCUUCAUGAUGCCCCUGGAUGCCCCUCAAUGUUUCUGUAGCCCUCUCCACAGCCUCGAGGGUGUUGAUUGUAGCUGCCUGUAGUGACUGCGGGGUCCAUGGCGCGGGUGGGUCAGGUCACACAAGGGGACCUCUGGGGGGGAAAUCAAAGUUCUUGGAGAUCUGUAAAGUAUGGUAGUUAACGGCAACAAUAGUUUGCAGUGGGGUGUUGUGGGCAACGGUUAACGUUUCGCCCGUUUCCACUCAGGAGGUAGGGUGUUAAGUGUUUGGGGUGAAUCUGCCGGCUGUAUAUUCCAUUUGUUUAAGAGUUGUAUGCCGUCUUCUGGGCUGAGCACUGCCGUGGCCUGUCCAUUACGUAUGAUUAACAGUUUGGUGGGGAAACCCCAUCUGUAUUGGAUUUGGUGUUUUCUCAGGGCGGUUUGUCACUGGGGUGAAGAGUCGCCGCGUGGCUAAUGUUGCUGGGGAUAUAUCAGCGAAUAUUUGAAUGUCCUUGUAAACUUCAGCUAGGGAUUUGUUUGUUCUGCUGGCUCUGAGUAUCUCUUCCUUGAUAUGGUGGUAAUGUGCGCGUAGUAGCACGUCUCUGGGAGCAGAUACCGGUGCUGCUUUUGCUUUAGCCACUCUGUGUAUGCGGUCCAAGAGAAGCAUUUGAGCUGGUAUGUCAGGACAUAGGUUCUGGAACAGGUUCGUGGCGAAUGCUUGUAGGUCCCCCACUGCCACAGAUUCUGGGAUGCCCCUGAGCCUCAGAUUGUUCCGGCGGGACCUGUCUUCAAGGUCUGCCAGUUUAUCAUGUGAGGAUAUGUGUGCUUCCAGUUGUUUAAUUUUAGUGAGCAUGGUGUUGUGUGCAGCUGCAUGGGUUUCCAAUUUAUUUUCUAGGUGCUCUGUCCUGUCUCCAAUGGCUUGAAUUUCUUUUUUCAGGUCAGAUAUGGAGGUUUGGAAAUGUGCCAACAGCUUGUUUGAUUGGGCAUCUAGCAUGUUUUGUAUUAGGGCUGGGGUGACUUUUCCCUCUCCCUCUUGUGUAGUGGGUAAGGGGGGGCUUGAGUCCUGACUUUCCCCUGAAUCAUUGUCGCCAUCUUGGAGGCCUACCUGGUCGGCCGACGGCCUGUACUGGUUCCUCGCGGCAAAAAAGGACGAACGGUCGCCUUUCCCCUUUCCCUUAUGGUGGGACAUGUUUCCUGCGGGGUUUGUGCCUGGAUGUUCGAGGUGGGUGGUCAAGUUGGGCCGGUUGUUCUCGCCGCCAUGCACGGAGCUCGGGACUCACGCGGCCAUCUUGGUCGGCGUUCGGCUCCGCCCCCACACUUUUUUUUUUUAACAGUGAGCACUUAGUAUUAGUAAAUUUGGCUGAAAGACCAAUUUAGGUCUUUCAGCAUUUUGGUAGAUAACUCCCUAAUACCGUGGGAAUUAGGGAGUUAACUACUAAGCGGCUGUAAGAGAAGUCCCGAAAUUCCAAAGUUGCCGAAGUCCCGAAUUUCGGAAUGCGGAACUGAACCGAAAAUUUCCCCAUGCACAUACCUAACAUCUAUGAGACAGAUAUUCUAUAAUGUUUAUCAUGGAAAAAGGGUACUAUCGUUAAUCAAUAUCUAAGAUUUUUACUUAGAAUGUUACAUUUAAUAUUAUUAAACUACUAUGAAUAUGUUCUAAUAAGAAACCCAGGUGGAGGGCGGGGAGAGAGAGUAAGAGAGAAACAACUUGGUUUGGUUUUUUUAUGUUGUUUUUGCUAAAAGGUUGUAUAUAAUAAGAGAGGAGGAAGGAGAGAGAGAGAGAAAGGAAGAGAGAGAAUUAUUCUCUCUCUUUUUUCUUUUUUUUACUGUUUUUUCUUUUUUUUUCUCUGAUAAGUAUGCCACUGAUAAAUUUAGAACAAAGUAUAAAGGCACUACGACGGGCCCAAGGCUAUCCCUGAGGGUAAAGGGAUUUUGUCUUUUGCUUGUGAUGCAGAAUUUAUGACUUGCAUCACAAGACCAGAAGAUUGAGUAUAAAUGAGUCUUGUAUGAAUGUUUUCCUAUAUGUUUUUUUCUGUUUGUUUGUUUUGAUGGAUUGUUCUCUGGUGUUCCGUGGUAUGUGUCCCAAUAAAUCAGGACGCCUGGAGGUGGAGACAAGAGUGUUCGAUGUCUCUUAAACUAGUUACAUUAAACUUGCAGGGACUGAAUUCUCCAUACAAAAGAGCAUAUUUAUACGACCUGCUAGUCAAAGAAAAUAUUGAUGUGGCUUUAAUACAAGAGACACACUGGAAACGAAACCAACCUCUACUAUCAUAGAUUCCCAUAUAUAUUUACAUCUUCAUUAAUGGAGAAAAAGAAAUCGGGUGUUGUAGUGAUUGUUUCUUGUAAAAUCAAAUCUGAUUUGUACAUCAUGACUCAGAUAACGAAGGCAGAUGUAUAAUCCUGAUUUGUCGCAUUAAUGAUAUUAUGUAUACUCUUGUUAGUUUAUAUGCACUAUCUGAACAUUCAGUCAAAUUUUUAAAUCAUUCUAUUCAAAAGGUUUAUUGGUAAUAGGAGGUGAUCUAAAUAGUAUCUGUGAUCCUGACAUAGAUAAAAGGUCAAGUUAAUCAAAGAUUGUAAAUAUGAAAAUAAUAUUAGAAUUAAGGCUAAACUUUUUUUAAAUUCUCUUUUUAAAAAUAAUUUUAUUAUACAGAGGAAAGAGAUUAAUCUUUCUACUCAUCCCCCCGUGGUUCAUAUUUACCAAUUGACUUUUUUCUGAUGUUUGGCUCCACCGUAGACACGACUAACAACUCCAGGAUAUGAAACAUCACAUGGUCAGCUCAUGCACCAACGUUCUUACAUCUCAAAGGCAACAAUCGAGAUGGUUCUCGCUCUAAAUGGAAAAUGAAUUAAUUUAUAUUAAAAUAAGAAAAGAGUAAACAAGAAUUGAUUAAACAGGCCAACAAUUUUUUAGAGUUUAAUGAUAAUGGAGAAGUUCAAGAUAGUACAUUAUGGUGCACCUUGAAAUGCUUUUUAAGAGGAUAUUUAAUAAAAAACAGAUCCUGGAUGAAGAGAAAGGAAGGUAGACAUAUCGCAGAAUUGUAUAUUUUUCUGGCAAAACUAGAAAGACAGAAUAAAGUUAUUCCCACAAAGAAGGUUGCAGAUGAGAUAGAAAUCAUCGAAAAAAACCUGAAAAAUGCAGAGAAAUCACGAUCGCGCCUAAAACGGUACUGGUACUAUAAAAACAAUAGGCCUGGAAAAUAACUAACCAGGAAACUAAAUAAUAUAUAAUCAGCAACCCAGAAUAAAACAAAUAAUAUUUUCUGGUAAUAUCUGUAUUUCACCAGCACAGUUAGGAAAGGCAUUUAGACAAUAUUAGAAAUCACUUUAUAAUCUACUGGAUUCGGUGGCUAAAAAUAUUGAUAUGAGAUCAUUUUUAAAUGACCUGCAUCUCCCUUCCCUAUCUUUAGAAAAAUUAGAUAGUUUGAAUCAUUGAUAUAAGAGAUAUCAUCAGCAAUAAAGGAAAUAAAAAGAGGCAAGGCUUCCGGGCCGGAUGGCUUCACAGCUCUAUUUUAUCAAAUUCUUGAUCCAGUAAUCAAUCCACUUCUAAGCAGAAUGUUUAACACAAUUAGGGAAAAUACUGGUUUCCCUCUAGAGAUGAUGGAGUCCAGUAUCUCUCCUACUCUAAAGCCAGGAAAAGAUCCGACACUAGUCGCCAACUAUAGGCCCAUUUCCCUUAUCAAUUUAGCUAUUGAGCUUUUUUUCUAAGAUCUUAGCUCAGAGACUUAAUCGAGUGAUCUAUUAAGUUAUUGAUCCAGACCAGGCUGGAUUUAUGCCCGGUAGAUUAGGAUAGGAGAACACCCGCAGAAUCAUUAACAUUUUAGAGGAAAUCCAUCUUAAACAAACCCCUUCUAUUUUAAUGGCUCUCGAUGCUGAAAAGGCUUUUGAUCGAGUAAGUUGGAGGUCCAUGCUGGAGACCUUGCGGGUGUAUGGUAUAGAUGGCAUAUUUUUGGAGCAAGCAAAGGCUCUUUACAGUGAGGGGAAGUAUUUGAUCCCCUGCUAAUUUUGAACAUUUACUGAAAAAUGAAGAAUUGUAAAAAGCGCUAAAAAGGCAUUCAAAGGAGCCGAGGAAAAAUGGGUAAAAAACUGCAAUAUCUCCUUUACAGAGUGCAAAAGUAAAAAAUCAUGCAAUAUGGUAUAUACCAACAAGUGACAAUGCUGCUACACACUCAAGUGCAGAGUCUCCAGACGAUCAACCCAGCACACUUAAGAUGCAAAUAAAAAACUAAUGUAUAAGUGGAGCACAAACAAAGUGAAACAAUGAGCCUCUAUAUAUACCAAAAAGUGCAAGUGCAACAAUACAGGUGGUAUACUUAGGUAGUUCUUUGUGCAUUCAAUAUGCAUCCAAUGUGUUGUGUUUAUUUCUUAUGAGAACAUUGGAUCACAAAGAACUACUUAAAAGACCACUAUAGGCACCCAAAUCACUUCAGCUUAAUGAAGUGGUCAGGGUGCCAGGUCCAGCUAGGGUUAACCCUUUUUUCUAUAAACAUAGCAGUUUCAGAGAAACUGCUAUGUUUACAAUAGGGUUAAUCCAGCCUCUAGUGGCUGUCUCCCUAACAGCCGCUAUAGGCGCUUGCGUGCUUCUCACUGUGAAAAUCACAGUGAGAAGACGCCAGCGUCCAUAGAAGAGCAUUGUGAAUGCUUUCCUAUGAGACCGGCUGAAAGUGCGUGCGGCUCUUGCCGCGCAUGCCAUUCAGUCGAGGAGGAGGAGAGGAGAGGAGGAGGAGAGCUCCCCGCCUGGCGCUGGAGAAAGAGGUAAGUUUAGCCCCUUCCUCACCCUAGAGCCCGGCGGGAGGGGGACCCUGAGGGUGGGGGCACCCUCAGGGCACUAUAGUGUCAGGAAAACGAGUAUGUUUUCCUGGCACUAUAGUGGUCCUUUACGUAUACCACCUGUAUUGUUGCACUUGCACAUUUUGGUGUAUAUAGAGGCUCAUUGGUUCACUUUGUUUGCGCUCCACUUAUACAUUAGUUUUUGAUUUUGAAUGUUUGCCUACUGACAAAGAAAUGAUCAGUCUAUAAUUGGUAGGUGUAUUUUAACAGCUUGAGACAGAAUAACAAGGAAUAAAAUCCAGAAAAACGCAUGUCAAAAAAGUUAUAAAUUGAUUUGCAUGUCAAUGAGUGAAAUAAGUAUUUGACCCCUUCGACUUCGUACUUGGUGGCAAAACCCUUGUUGGCAAUCACAGAGGUCAGACGUUUCUUGUAUUCGGCCACCAGGUUUGCACACAUCUCAGGAGGGAUUUUGUCCCACUCCUCUUUGCAGAUCCUCUCCAAGUCUUGAUCUAUUCUCCUCAUUGUGUAAUUAUAAAUUAAAUCUUUCUAAAACUCAAAUAUUGACAUUUUAUAUGACUAAUGAACUGAGGAAGGACAUAGGUGACAUUGGUCAAUUUGAUAUCAAACAUCUAUAGAUUAUUUAGGAAUCAAGAUCAGACCUAAAAUACUGGAAACUGUUACACUGAAUUAGGAAACCCUGUGGGGGGAACUUGAUAUAUUAUUGACUCAAUGGAAGAGACUAGAAAUCUCAUGGCUGGGACGGCUUGGUGUAUUGAAAUCAUAUGUACUCCAAAACCUUCUCUACUUGUUUAGAGCUAUACCAUACCAAGUUGCAAAUUCCAUUCUGAAAAAAAAUUGAUUUGGCGUUUUCUAACUUUGUCUGGGCAUCUAAAAAACCUAGGAUCCCAAGUACAGUCCUUAAGAGUCCUUAAGAGAAAUAUGUUACAGGACGGAUUGGGAUAUCCAUGUAUAUAUUGUUAUCAUGACUCAUUCCAACUCUUCCAUAUGCUAGCAUGGAGGAGAAGGAAGGAGACUAAUCUUGGCUGGUACAACAUUGAAAAACAUAGAAUAGGAAUCUGCGAGCCAUACUUAUUAUCUUGGUCCUCUCCCAAACUAUUAAAAAAAAAUGCAGAUUGAGGCUUAGCCUGACCACCUAGCUGUGCAGACCUGGCUGCCUAGCGGGUAGAAAUUGGGGUGAUAACGGUGGCUACAAAGCCCAAGGACAUACCAGGGUGCACUACCCACGUCGGGGGUGUGCCACUGAACCGAGUGAAACAACCCCGAAACCAGUCGGGGCCAGAGGCGCAGAACGCCAAGUGCGGCAUACUGGAGUUGGAGCCGCACCCCCUUGAAACCGGGACUCCUAAACUACUCUGAUUGCACCCUACCUCCCCCAACCCCUUGGACCGGUGGGAGAUAUCCCGGUCCCCACUGGAUAAACAGACCAGGACGGAUGACAAACUUACUGGCCAUGCCGACUGCAGGGGUACCGAACCGCCGAGACACAGCUAAGAUGGCGGCUAAGCAUAGGCCCAAAUCAAUGGGCAUAGGCAUCUAGCCACCCACACAUCCCCUGGAGGCUUUUUUCUCUGCAAGAGCUUCUGGGCAGUGCUAACCUUUAAAGCCACAGCUGCACACCGUGAUGAUGUACAGGAGUCCACCUUACUGACCACCGCUAGAGCUGAAUCACAACCCAGGGGUGCCAUCGAAGAGGCUCACAAGGACAAUAACCGGGACAUUCCCGCACUGGGCAUAGGCUGAAGCAUCCAAUACUAUGCCUCACAGAGGACAUGCCUUACUUUACUUAGCAUCCAGAGGGCACGUUUUCGUCUGUCGCUGUGUAGUGAAUAAUGUAGGCACGUUUAUUUAGCCAGGAGCGAACCUCCAAGAGGCUGAUCCAAUCUCAGCACUUAGCUUUAAGCACUGCAGCAGUCUCCCUACUUUAAUUUCUGUCAUUGUACUUUAAUUUAUACUCAUUUCCAGUGGACUUGCAUCCUGUCAUAUAAUGAUACCGCUUAAGCAUACACCCUGUUCCAAAUUAUUAUGCAAAUUCUAUUUAAGUGUCACAAAGAUUAAAUAUUUUGUUUUUCAGUUUAACUCAUGGAUGGCAUUGUGUCUCUGGGCUCUUUUGAUCACUGAAAACAAUCUCAAACACCUGUGAUAAUUAGAUUGCCAGGUAAAAAACUACUAAAGGAGGGUGUUCCACAUUAUUAAGCAGAGCACCAUUUUCAUGCAAUGUGGGGAAGAAAAAGGAUCACUCUGCUUCCAAAAAGAGUAAAAUAGUUCAAUGCCUUGGACGAGGUAUGAAAACAUUACAUAAUUCACGAAAACUUAAGCGUGAUCAUCGCACUAUUAAGAGAUUUGUGGCUGAUUCAGAGCACAGACGGGUUCGUACAGAUAAAGGCACAUUGAGGAAGAUUUCUGCCAGAUCCAUCCAUCGGAUCAAGAGAGCAGCUGCUAGAAUACCAUUACAUAGCAGCAAAGAUAUAUUUGAAUCUGUUGGUGCCUUCAAACUAACGUUUGAACCAUUAGGCAGGGAGGAUGAUGCCUCCACUGCCUUAAUGCUUAUCAAACAAGGGAACUGGUCUAUACCAGAUUAUGCCAUUGGAUUUCGCACCUUGGCUUCUGAGGUAGACUGGACUAACAAUGGAUUAAUCGCUGCUUUUAAAAAAGGAUUAUCCGAGAAUAUACUUGACGAAAUUGCUGCUAAAGAUCUACUGAAAAAAAGAAAUGAAUUUAUUACCUUUGUGAUGCAGAUUGAUAAUAGACUUAGGACCAGAGAAAUUACUAGAAGCAGAACCUGACAUGACCUUGUCACUAGCACCUCGAUUCUCCAAACCUAUUGUCCCUGACCUCCCGGUGCAACCUGAAUCCGAACCUAUGCAACUAGGGGUUACAAGAUUGUCAGAGGCAGAGAGGGUCUAUGCUUGUAUUGUGGAAAAAAAGGACAUAUGAGAGAUACUUGUCCAAUAUGCCCGGAAAACUUCCGCACCUAAGAACCUUAAGGGGACAGGUCUUAGGUGUGAUGGAUACAUCCUCUAGUAAGAACCAAAGUAGAUUUCUCCUUGACACUGUCGCCCUUUGCAACAAGAAAAACUUUUCAUACAAGGCACUGGUAGACUCAGAUUCGGCAGGUAACUUUAUUGACAUGUAUUUUGUUAAAAAACACUCAAUACCUUUCAAGGAGAAACCUUCACCUCUGGUGGUUGAGGCUAUAGACGAGAGACCUCUCUCUCAACUAUUGAUUACCCACGAGACCUUACCUAUCUGUAUCAGUAUAGGAGCAAUGCAUAAAGAAUUCCUUACAUUUUAGAUAAUCGCUUUCCCUUCGUGUCCCAUCAUAUUAGGGUUCCCUUGGCUCAUCAAGCACAACCCUCAUAUUAACUGGACCAAAAGGGAAAUACUGGAAUGGAGUACAGACUGUCAGCAGGACUGUAUGACACCUCUUACUAAAAGAGUGGGCAUCGUUACUUUACCUACUAUAACACCCACUACCCCCGAAAUACCCAAGCAGUAUUGGGAAGUUAGGGAAGUGUUCAGUAAAAGUCAAACUGAAGUUUUACCUCCACAUAGAUCAUAUGAUUGUUCCAUUGAUCUGUUGCCGAGGGCUAUGACUCUGAAAUGGGCGGUGUAACGGAUAACCUGGCACCCCGACUGGGUACCUCCGUUAAAGGAUGCUCCUAGCACUUCCUGAGGACUCCAAGCACUGCAGCAGACACCAAAACCACCGAAUCGUAGCAGCAUAUGAAUGCUCUCAAGCAUAUGAAUGUUGUAUACAGCCGAAUAGGAAAAACCAUGCGAAUAGGUUUACACUCCUAGCAGUCAAACUGAAACAGCAUACAAUAAAUCAUCCCCCAAUAAUGAGACGACACUUCACUUUGAGGGUUAAGCAGGAACUGACUGGAGUGGCACAUACAGCCUCUUUUAUUCCCAAUCCACAAAUUUAGUACUGCCCACAGGGUUUUACAGAACAACCAAUAACACACAUACAUUAUAGAAAGACACUCCCACAAAAAAAUCCUCCCCUUUUGCCUGUGAUACAAUUACCUUACACAAAGGGUAAUCUAAUUAUCACAGACAGAGAAAUACAGUUUCAUAAAACACAUCACAGGGACCCCAAAACAUGCAAUAACCCCAUAAGUAUAUCUGGGUGAACCACAUAUCCAAAAUUCACCCAGAUCCGUUCAGUACUUUGGGAGAUACAGUUUAAUGCAGAUUCUGUAGAACAUAUACAGGCUAAAUGAAAAACAAUCACUGUAUAAUGUGUCCCCUACUGUAUAGUCCAAAACCACUGCACAAUGUCUCUGUGCACCAAAUACUGGUGAGAUGGCAUCGUGUUGAAAAGUCCAAACAGUGUCUGUGAGUUAAAAUGGCCGCCAUCCAUUGUUCUCACCAUGUGCCUAUGAUACAGGAAAUGGUGGCCACCCAGUAACUCCACAGUAUGUCCCCAGAUGGUUCUUAAAGGGCCAGCAGCAGCACAGCACAAAUCCCUUAUGCCCGAAUCAUGUCUUUAAAGGGCAAUACAUCUCAGGGGCCAUAGUCACAUGGCAGGAGGCUGGCAAUCAGUCUUCUCCAAUGCCCAGUGGCGAGGUCGGUUUCGCCACAGGCGGUUAAUGAUUUACCCCCCAAGAGAGUAAAAUCAUGGAGGAGUACAUCAGAGAUGCCUUAAAUAAGGUUCACAAACGCAAAUCAUCAUCCCCUGCUGGUGCAGGUUUCUUUUUUGUGUCUAAAAAGGAUGGAGAACUACGCCCUUGCAUUGACCAUAGGGGUUAAACAAAAUCAUCAUAAAAAAUGCCCCCUUAUCUCCGAAUUGUUUGACAGACUCAAGGGUGCUGAGGUCUUUACCAAACUUGACCUCAGGAGUGCAUACAAUUUGGUUAGGAUUAAGAAUGAUCAUGAGUGAAAAACGGCAUUUAAUACCAGAAUUGGCCACUAUGAAUAUCUUGUUAUGCCCUUUGGGUUAUGCAAUGCCCCGGCCGCAUUACAGAACUUCAUAAACAAUGUGCUAAGGGAUUAUAUUUACUCUUUUGCACUUGUAUACCUUGAUGAUAUCCUCAUUUAUUCCCCCGACCUCCAGACCCAAUCGCCAUCAUGAUUAACAAGUAUUACAAACUUUACUCAAGAAUGGUCUUUAUUGUAAACUUGAAAAAUGCAUGUUUGAUCAACUUGAAGUACAGUUUUUUGGGUUAUAAUAUAUCCGCCUCUGGUUUCCAAAUGGAUCCUCGCAAACUAGAGGCUGUUCUAGACUGGCCAUUACCCAACGGGUUAAAGGCCAUUCAAAGGUUCAUUGGUUUCUCCAAUUAUUACAGGAGAUUCAUAAAGGGUUUCUCUUCAGUAAAAGCCCCAAUCACCAAUAUGACAUGCAAGGGGGCUAAUUGUAAAGAAUGGUCCAAAGAAGCCAAAGAGGCUUUAAGACGUCUCAAAAAAUAGUUUGCUUCUGCAGACAUAUUAAUACAUCCUGACACUAGCAAAGCUUUCAUACUUGAGGUUGAUGCCUCUGAAGCAGGGGUUGAGGCUGUCCUUUCCCAAAGAGAGAGUCAGGAUGCCCCUUUGCAUCCUUGUGGUUACUUCUCCAGAAACUUAUCUCCUGCUGAGCGUAAUUAUGACAUAGGUAACAGAGAAGUGUUAGCCAUUAUAUUGGCGCUCAAGAAAUGGCGACAUCUUUUGGAGGGUUCCAAAGACCCCCUAUUGAUCAUAACCGAUCACAAGAAUCUGGCCUAUAUUGGUGAUGCCAAGCAUCUGUCUUCUAGACAGGCUAGAUGGUCUCUGUUCUUGUCCCGCUUUAACUUUAUUAUUACUUACAGGCCUGGUCCUAAAAAUGUUAAAGCUGACGCCUUAUCUAGACAAUUUGAAGAAGAGUUAGAACUAGAACAAGAGAUGUCACCCAUUGUUCCUCCUGAGUGUAUCAUAGCCAGGGCCGGACUGGGGACACGAAGCAGCCCUGGAAAAAAAUCUAUGCCAGCCCCAUAAUUCAUUGUGCUGUGUAGGGUGUUUAUAUAUAUAUAUAUAUAUAUAUAUAUAUAUAUAUAUAUACACACACACACAAUUGAAAUAGUUGGCUGCACUCUUGGAUUUCCUUAAAAUGUAACUUUUAUUGAAAUAUUUAAGAGAAGAUCACUGUUUCAGUCCCUCUUGUGAACUUUCGUCAUGAUCCUGAUGCAAGUCCACAAGAGGGACUGAAACGUUGAUCUUCUCUUAAAUAUUUCAAUAAAAGUUACAUUUUAAGGAAAUCCAAGCGUGCAGCCAACUAUUUCAAUUGCCUAUAUAUAUAUUUAUUUAUUUUUUUAUUGAUACAUUUCUUCUUCUUCUUCAAAAUAUUAGUUCUUUUAGGGUAAUUAAAUUAUAUAGUAACGCAUACUCACACACAGACACAGACAAUCUUACUGAUGCACACAAAUAGGCUAAUUGGCAGACAAUCUCAAUGACACACACAGACAAGGUUACUGGCACACACACAAAUUUAGUACAGACAAACUCUGAUAUACACAAACAAGCUUACUACAGACAAGCUCACUGUCACACACACGCUCACUACAGACACGCUCACUGAUGCGCACACACUCUCCCUACAGACAAGCCCAUUGACACACACAUGCUCCCUACAGAAGAGCUCAUUAACACACAGAUUCACUACAGACAUGCUCACUACAGACAAGCUCACUGACACACAUAUGGUCACUACAGACAAGCUCACGGUCACACUCAUGCUUACUACAGACAAGCUCACUGUACACACAUGCUCACCACAGACAGGCUCCGACACACCCAUGCUCCUUACAGACAAGCUCACUCACACACACACACACACACACAUAUUAUCCCUACAGACAAGCUCACUGACACACAUACAAGCUCACUCACUAGCAGGCACACACACACAAACUCAAGAGCAAGUGCACACACACACAGAGGCUCCCUCACUAGCAGAUGCGCGCACACACACACACACACAGAGGCAGACAGUCACUGACAACGAGGAAAACAUCCACACACACACAGACAGGCAGACAACCACAAACACAGGCAGACAGCCACACACUCACACACACAGGCAGACAGCCACACAGGCAGACAGCCACACAGGCAGUCACACACACACACAGGCAGUCACACACACACACAGGCAGACAGACACACAGUCACACGUACACAGUCACACACAGGCAGUCACACACACACAGACACACACACACACAGACACAGUCACACACACACACACUGGCCUCCCCUCCCCCUAUCUAAUACACUGCUGUAACCCCCUCCACCUAAUAUACUGCUGUAACCCCCUCCCCUAAUAUACUGCUGACCCCCCCCCCUCCCCCAAUACAUUACUGACCCCUCCCCAAUACAUUACUGACCCUCCUCCCCAAUACAUUAUUGACCCUUUACAAUGCAUUGACCCCCUUCUCCUCCCCUCCCCCAAUCCAUUACUGACCCCUCUCCUCCCUCCCCAAUACAUUACUGACCCCUCCUCCCUCCCAAUACAUUACUGACCCCCCUCCCCUCCCAAUACAUUACUGACCCUCCCCCAAUACAAUAGGUCCCCCCAAGCCCCUUUAUUCUUACCUUUCCAACAGCUCAAUGUUGCAGGAGGGAAGAGAGGCCGCGAUCUAAUCUGUGUAGAGCCUCCGCCGCGCAGCCGCCGGAUGUGACGUCAUGUCGUCAUUUGCCGCUCACAUCCGGCGGCUGACAGGCUGACAAGGAUCUGUGCGCUUGCACAGGAAGCAGCAGCGGCCGGCGCGGAUGUGGGAAAAUAUAUUUUUUUUUUUCGUGUCUUGUGGCUGAGUGCAGCCACGUGUCAAAGCGGCCCCAUGGGCUGGCGGCCUACCGGGAAAUUUCCCGGUAUCCCGGUAGGCCAGUCCGGCCCUGAUCAUAGCAUCCACUGUCCUUUCCUUGUCAUCACCAUUGCUUUGUGCUAUCAUGGUGGCUCAGUCCCAGGCACCUAAUGAUAAACCUCUAGGUAAAUUGUUUAUUCCAUUAAAUAACAGGAAAGAGGUGUUGAAAAUAUUCCACGACAAUGUUACUGCUGGGCAUCCGUGUAUAAAUAAGACUGUAUCCGCUAUUUCCAGAUCAUUUUGGUGGGAGUCACUCAGAAGGGAUAUUAAGGUUUAUGUGGAAGCAUGUUCUGUUUGUGCAGUCUCUAAGGUCCAGAUACACUUCCGUGUGGAUUAUUACAUCCACUUCCCAUACCCAGUGUACAUGGUCUCAUCUGUCUAUGGAUUUCAUUGUGGACCUACCUAGUUCUGAUGGUUAUACCAAGUCAGCUAUGCUUCCAGUUUAAAUAAAAAUAAGUGGGUGAGUGGAAAGAGUGAUACCGGAAAAAAGUGCAGGCAGGCCUCUGUAGCUCCUGAGGAAGUCGGAUCGACGAAACGCGUUGAGCCUUAUCCAAGAACCAUGUGAUUUGGUAGUAGCAGUCUUUUAAUUACUUUUAUAACUAUUUGCAUUUUGCACUUUCAAACUGUGUGAUUUUGACUACGUGCUGUGAAGGAAUAAUGGGUGUUAGCUGCCAUUCUAGCGGCAUAUUGAGCACCUUAUACUUCCCCUUACUUGAAAAAUCUUUGUACUUUAGCACUUGCACUUUAAUGUAUUAUGCUAUAAGAAGCUGCUAUGUUUAAGGAUUCUUUUGCCCAUUUGGGCUUAUAAUUGCGAUUGUUGCACAUUUGUGUAUUGUGCCAUUGCUUAAUUAUCUCUGUUGAUUUUAACUUUUCAAUGAAUUGUAUUAUAUUUUCACUGAUUUUUAUUCUCUCUAUCUGUGAAAAUAUCGCAUAGAAGUCGGCAACUAGAAUGACUUUGGCACCCUGUUAUCUGGUGUUGAUUUUAUCUUUGCAGUUUAUUAUUUAUGUUUCCAGUUUAGCUACUCUGGUCUUUUAUUUGAAAUUUGUAACACUUCUUUAACGUAAGAAUGAUCAAUAUUCAAUAUGAAUGCAACAUUUAAGGCAAAAAUAGCCAAAAAUAGCUCUUUAAACCUAUUAGUAUUUGUAUAACUAUUCAGAUCCACAUCACCAUAAAAUAUGUACGGUAACAUCAUGUAACAAACUAGUCUCAUUACAAAUACCUUUAUAAAAACUCGUGUAGCAUUAAAUCACUGAACACUGGCUCAGGAAUGCUAGACAGUGAGCUCAUUAAAGUCUGUCGAGAAUAAAAACAUCACAGGGUCACCUAUUCGUCUAAUGCAGUUUUUGGAUUAUUUACAGAACCAGAAUGCUACGAGUCAGGAACUGAUCGCCACGCUACACAUUGCACGUCGGAAUGAUUUUGAAAUGGGACUUCCGGAUUGGGCAAGAUGGCGGCUCCCAGUGAACAGCGUGGUAGUUUCUAAAGCAGAGGGGUUCUUCAUCUGAUACUUAUCCGGGAUGGCUGGGCUUACUCUGUUUGUUCGCGGCCUCCCUGCUGCUGCUACCAAUGAAGGACUGGAGCAGCUUUUUAGUGAAACUGGCCCCGUCAGACAGUGCUUCGUGGUUAGAGAGAAAGGUACAAAAAAUAUGUGUAUUUGCAUGUUUAGAUAGGAUUGUUGUCCAUGUGUGCGCUUGGACGUGGAUCAGUGUGCUUUCUCAAUCACAAUUUCUUAGGAGUAACAUAAUUGCAAUUUUAUGGCAUCAUCAAACACUUUUUAUGCUCUUGGCUCAUUUUAUCUAACUCCUUGCCGAAUUAUCAGACGAGAGCUCUCUAAAUAUAUAUUUUUUUAUUAAUUUCCUUUUUAAAUCUGUCUUCCUCAACUAUAAUUGUCUAUUGUGGAGUGAUGAGUUCUUAUGACAUUCUAUCCUUUCGUUCUCUUAUGUUUAAGAAUGUUAGAUGUGUUUUGGCACGUCAGAUGUGUUUUAGUUUGUAUGAAUUGCGUACUUAAAUGGCAACUGUCACUUCACAAGGCUUAUUAUGUUUUCAUGAUUAGCAAAUAUGUACUUGGGAAGUGAGAAAAAAUUAAAUGUAAAAAAUCCAAAGCUUUAUCUUGUUUCUAUCUUAGCUCCCUUUAAUAAUUGUUAUAAGUUCUGUUAUUUGCAAUCGGCAUAGAGAAAGUAUAUAGAGCGAAGAUGAGAGACGAAACAACGUUUCUCACCCAAAGAGUGCUAGAAACUUACUUAUAUUGAUUUAAAUUCCAAAAAAGUGUAUAUACAUUCUCUCACACAGUCACAAAUUAUUUUUUUACAUUUAUUUUUAUCUACCCACAUGUUCUGUGUGGGUAGAGUAGGCACUUGCUCUCUCUUAGCACACAGCUGGCUACCUCCUGAGGUUGCUACAGUCACCUGUAGGCCAGCUCUUGGUGUACACCCUGCUUGUGGUGCGUGUACACCAGGUUGAGAACCUGUGCUGUAUUGGUCCUGUUUAGCCAAGACAAUUGACUUCUCUUACAGGGAAAGAAAGGGUGCAGCGUGGGUGCCUGGAGGACCCAGAUAAGUUGUCAUACUAUUCAAAAAUAUUUGAUGGAUAACUCUGGGUGGGAGCUAGGCCACACUUCUCUGUUGCAGUUAUGCUAAUGUUUCUUUAGGACACAUUUAAAAGAAAAUGGAGCAUCUCAUUAAAAACCAGUUUAACACAAGUUAUAGGUAACUUGUGUUAAUAUUUUUUUUAGAUGGUGUAAAUUCAAGAAAAGGGACCAUUUCCCUUGAAGGCUGCUUGAGUGCAUGCAUUAGGUUAAUCGUGUCACAAUCCUAUUGUCCCCCCAGCCUCCCAUUCCCAAUUACAUAUGUAAGAACUUAGGAUCAGUGGCGUUGGGUGGGGGGGUCCAUUCUAGGUGGCAGGCUACAUUGGCAGAGCACAGGGCAUCUCCCUCUUGCCAUAGCAGGCUUGUGCAGAGAAGCAAGGGAGCUGUGCAGUCGGAGCCCACACUGCUCUCCGUAGCAAACUACUGGACACAUAGGCAUAAAGGCCUAUAGAACUACUGUCUUUUUCCAUGGCUAAGUUUAUAUGAAGUGGAAUAACCGUAGUAGCGAUAGACAUGGUCCAUACUGUAGUUUUAUCCCUAAAUCUUGGGUGUCCUACAUAAAUACAUAUUAGCACAGUCAUCACAAUUACCCUCCCUAAUGACAUGUUUCCUGACAAAGUCUGAAUUGUACUGCAAACAACAAAAAAAUAGUUUUUGGGAGUUUGGAAUGUUCACAGAUGUGCUAUAUUGUUUCUUUUGAUAUAAAAACCUGUCUCUUUUGUAGGAACUGAAAAAUGUCGUGGGUUUGGAUAUGUUACAUUCUCCAUGCUGGAAGAUGCUCAGCGAGCGAUGAAGGAGAUUAAGAGCUAUGAUGGAGGCAAAAUAGAGGUCACAGUUGCCAAAAAGAAGCUGCGGGAGAAGGAUAAGAAAACAAAAAACAAAGGAGAGACCAAAGAAUGUAGUAAGUGAUUCAUAGUAAUGCAAAACAUGUUCUUAUGUAAGUGACAGGCGUGCAAGGUAAUAUGUUUAUUAAGUGUAACAUUUUAAGACGACAAUAAAUGGUUACAUAAACAAAAAUAAGCUAGCAUUGGUUUGUCAAUUAGCUUAGUCCGAAAAUGUGACACAUACUUAGAUGUUUUCUCCCUGAUUUAAAAAGAAAUUGCUGUUUUGAUCACAGAGCCAGAAGUUCUACAUGAUCUAUACAACAAAACUGCUUCAUUAAGCUAAAGUUGUUCUGGUACCUAUUGUCCCUUUAAGAACCUUUACUUCAGCAUAGUGAUUUUUAAAUUUAGCUUUGACUAGAUGAUCUCUGGAUCUACCUCUGGUGUAUGCUAUCAAUGGUGGCCAUCUGAAGUCUAAAAUGCCUAGGUAUGCCCAGUGUAAAAUGUCUCAAUAUUUUAUUAAAGUGUUACCUACGACAUUAGUGUGUCCCAAAACACUCACAAAAGACACAUUGUUAGUAGAGCUUUUAUUUAUUUUUUCUCCCUGGUCUUUGAUUAAAAAGGACAUGUAGCAGAUCACACCUGUUGAUAUUUUGCAAAGCACAUAAUCGCUUAGGAUAACCUCUCAGCAGAAAUUUGUUACACAUUUCAGGAAAUGGAUAUUCUGUAAGAAUGAGUUGAGUUCCUGGUGGAUAUCAUGGUAGCGAUACCAAUACCACACAUUGGCAUGGAAAACUGAUGUGGACAGAUAAAUCUUUCUUCAAAAUAAAUAUAAAUCUUAGCAUAUGUGAGUGCCACGUUCUAGCCCAUCCUCUCUGGUUUGGAAAUAAAACUUUCCAGCAAAAGAUAAGUAAUUCUUCUCAAACAGUACAUAAGGGCUCAACCAGAAAUUCUUUCUUAUCAAAGGCAUUCGACUGUUUGAAAUUCAGGUAUACAGGCUACAGAUGUCAAAACUGACAUGGAUGUCAUUGUCACAAAUAUCCAUACCAGCGACCUUGAUCAAAAAAUCCUAGUGUCUAAGACUUCAUCUUAAAGGGACACUAUAGGCAACCAGACCACUUCAGCUCAUUGAAAUAGUCUGGCACUGUCUCAGUCCCCUUAAACCUGCAAUAUUAAUUAUUGCAGUUAUGGAGAAACGGCAAUUACUAUCCAGGGUUAACUCCACCAGACAGUCACUAGAGGGAUUUCCAGGUCGUUGUGCGACUUUAUGUCACCUAACUGAUGCUGGACAUCAGCACGCUAUUCAUGAGGACAUCCAGCGUUACCUGAAACUAUUACCUAAGGUUUUCAUUUGGGGCUGUCCUAUUAACUCUUGCUGAGCAUGCGCAUUAAGUUUCGGAUAUCGACCAACUUUGUAUUCAUAGCGUAUAGUUUCCCUUUAAAUAAAUAUGGGCUGGCUGCUUUGUCCAAAAAAAAUGACGGGAGAAAGAACAGAAUCUACCCCUGUUAUGAUUUGUCUACCGAGUGGGUGAGUGUGUGAUUUAUGUAUUUUGGGCAAUGUAUACUUAGUUGGUAUGAUGGGAUUUUUAUUAACCAAAAAAGGUUUGAAUAUGACACAAUGUUAGCAAUAUGUUGCAACAUGUUAUUGGUGAAAUAAUGGGACACCAUAUAGUAUGUCACUGAAUCAUCAAGUUGUUUGAAUAUUUCAGACACAUAGUCUUUAGUAUUGAAAGUAACAAUAGCCCUACCUUUAUAAGUUGGUUUGAUAGUCUGUUUAAAGCCCCAUCUAGCCCUAAGUUUAGGUUAGAAACAUGUGACGGCAGAUAAGAACAAUUCGGCCCAUCUAGUCUGCCCAAUAUUUUGAAAUACUUAUCUUAAGUCUAGGAUAGCCUUAUGCCUAUCCCACGCAUGCUUUAAACUCCCUCUCUGUGUUAACCUCUACCACUUCAUCUGGAAGGCUAUUCCUGCAUCCACUACCCUCUUAGUAAAGUAAUACUUCCUGAUAAUAUUUUUAAACUUUUGCCUCUCUAAUUUAAGAUUGUCCUCGUAUUGUGGUAGUUUUUCUUCUUUUAAAUAUAGUUUCCUCCUUUACUGUGUUGAUUCUUUUUAUGUAUUUAAAUGUUUCCAUCAUAUCCCCCCCGUCUCGUCUUUCCUCCAAGCUAUACAUGUUAAGUUCCUUUUAACCUUUCCUGGUAAGUUUUAUCCUGCAAUCCAUGAACCAGUUUAGCCCUUCCCUGAACUCUUUCUAGAGUAUGAAUAUCCUUCUAAAGAUACGGUCUUCAGUAUUGCGUACAAUACUCCAAGUGAGGUCUCACCAGUGUUCUGUACAAUGGCAUGAUCACUUCACUCUUUCUACUGCUAAUACCUCUCUCUAUACAACCAAUCAUUCUGCUUGCAUUUCCACCUGCUCCAUUACAUUGUCUGCCUACCUUUUAAGUCAUCUGAAAUAAUCACCCCUAAAUCCCUUUCCAGAUGUUGAGGUUAGUAGGGUAUCAAAUAUCUUAUAGUCUGCCCUUGGGUUUUUACGUCCAAGGUGCAUUAUCUUGCACUUAUCCACAUUAAAUGUCAGUUGCCACCAUUUUUCUAGUUUACCUAAAUCAUUUGCCAUUUGGCUUAUCCCUUCUGGAACAUCAACCCUGUUACAUAUCUUAGUAUCCUCAGCAAAAAGACAUACCUUACCAUCAAAACCUUCUGCAAUAUCAAGAGCAUGGGUCUAAGUACAGAUCCCUGGGGUACCCCACUGGUAACUAGACCUUGCUUUGAAUAUACUCCGUUGACAACAACCCUCUGUUGCCUGUCAAUUAGCCACUGUUUAACCCAUUCAACAAUAUUGAAAUCCAAACUUAAAGAUUGCAGUUUAUUUAUGAACCUUCUAUGUGGAACAGUGUCAAAUGCCUUACUGAAAUCUAGGUAGGCAAUGUCUACUGUACCACCCUGAUCUAUUAUUUUAGUUACCCAAUCAAAAAAGCCCUAUAAGAUUAGUUUGGCAUGAUCUCCCCAAAGUAAACCUAUGUUGUCUCUGAUCUUGAAAUCCAUGUGAUUUUAGAUGUCUAACAAUCCUAUCCUUUAAAAUGGUUUCCAUUACUUUCCCCACUACUGAAGUAAGGCUUACUGGCCUAUAGUUGCCCGACUCCUCCCUACUACCUUUCUUGUGAAUGGGCACAACAUUCGCUAACUUCCAAUCUUCUGGGACUACUCCUUUUAACAAUGAUUGGUUAAAUAAAUCUGUUAAUAACUUUGGGUGUAUCACAUUACGUAAGCCCAACAAUGCAGGCUAGUUUAUGGUUGUGAGCGUCAGUCAAUGAUAACAAGACUUAACUGGCAUUUGUCUUAACAAGACUGGGUCCCUUGGUGAUCAGGCAGCCAGAGGGUGAAUUGGUCACUACUACUGGACUACCUCAGUGCUUAGGCAACCCUGUAAUACGUCAGUGAAAGCUAAUCCUUGCAUGAAGUGCUGCAGCCCAGAAUCUGGAUUCUAGUAGUAUCAUUGAGCAUGCCAGAGUUACUGCAUGUACGGUAAAAAUUAUUUUGUGUGUGUGUGUGUAUAUAUGUGUGUAUAUAUAUAUAUAUAUAUAUAUAUAUAUAUAUAUAUAUUAUUUAUUAUUAUUUUUUUUUUUUUUCUUAAAGCUAGAUCAGGUAUAUAUCUGAAGAGACAUUUUUGUGCAGAUCAACGGCUGCUGGUGAUAGGCUUGUGAUUACUGGAACUGGCUGACUCCGUAAUUGCAGACCUAAGGAAGGCUAUAAUGUGAUGCGUCACCUAUUGCUGCAAAGCUGGAUUUUAAAUCCCACAUUAGGAAAACUACAUAGAGUGCGCACUUAUAACAGACUUUUUUUUAAGGGGUUAAUAGAACUUAUCUGGGGAAAAAAUAAAUAUGCUUUUACCCUAGCAUCUAUGAGCUGUUAUCUUAUUUCCAUUUGAGGGUGAGCAUGAGACUCCCUUGAUUCCACCUUAUGUCAGUCAUUAACCCAUCGUGGUGUCAAUGCAGCUGACAAGCAGCUAAUUAGAAAUAUACACUGCAUCUUCAUUAUUGUGCAAGAAUAAACUUGAAAAUCAGUUAUGCCUACACAGGCUCAGUGGAAAUAGGAAACUGUUUUCAUUCAGGUCAUCAUCCAAGACACUCCCUAAGUGGUUACUUUAAAUAAAUAUACUUAUUUUUCGAUAAACUUUUGCUUGAAACUUGAUGGUAAAUGCCAGAUAAGAGAGAUUCCUGGAAAGAUUGUGUGGCAGCCCAUCCCUUCUCUCCAAGAUGCCAAACCAACUGUAUUGUAUAUUCUUUGUUCGACAUUGUCCAUACAAAUCGCAGUACUAACAUACAGCAUCUCAAACAAGCGUCAGUUUAUCAUAGGUAAAGCAACAAACAUAUGUUACAACAAUUGGUGAUAAACCAUGCCUAAUGGUGAAACUUAUUGACUUGAUAUAGAAUGUGUAACGGCACCCCCAGGCAUAAAAGGGUUAAACAGACGUUUAGUAGAUAUUCCCUUCCAGAGACACAGACACAGCUACUGUAGACACCAAUCCACCGAACCGGAGAAGCAUGUGAAUGCUCUCAAAUAUACGAAUGCUGUAAACAUACGAAUAGGUUUACACUCCUAGCAGUCGAACUGGAACAGCAUACAAUAAAUCCCCCCAAGAACGAGACAAGGCUCUCUUUUGAGUGUCAAGCAGGAACAGACAGAGCUGUAGGUUUAUUGUUCUUAUAUACACAUUCUUACACAUUAGUACCACCCACAGGGUUUUGGAAAACAACCAAUAAACACAUACAAUACAUUCAGACACUCCCACACAAAAUCCUCCCCUCUGCCUGUGAUACAAUUACCUUACACAAUGGGUAAUGUAAUUAUCACAGGUAGAGAAAUAGUUUUUCCACAUUAUUCAUAAUUUUAAAAGUAUGCAUCACAUUCACAUUUUCAGAAUCAGCUUACUCCAAAUACAAACAUGUCAGAAUCAUCCAAAUUGGUCCAUUGGUUCAAAAGAUAGAUCGUAGUCCUUUAUGACCAAAUGAAGCAUGGCUUUUCUGCCCAAAACCAGUUCCACGGAGUCUUCUAUCCUGGAGAUAAUUGGGAAGUAAUCCAAUUAUCUCCAAAGACAGAGGCAAAACUCCAUUGAACACAUGGCAGCAAAAGACCAUAAAAAUAUAUAACUCUGCAGCCAUUGCAUAAAACAGAUACAUUCAACAUAUUCCCAGAUAUCUCAGAUCUGAGCGCACAUUAUUACUGAAUGGUGCUCAGAUCACACACAUACAGUUCAAUUGCCAUAGAGCCAAAGUCUUUCCCAUAGUCUUUCAUUAUACGAAUGGGCUCCAUGGCAUAGCUAUCUGGGGUAUCACCGCUCAAACAGGGGAAACACCGAAUGACCUGGCUUUCAUGUCUUUGCAGGGGAAAAUCAAGCGUUUCAACAUGGGGCCAUAGUCUAAAGCAUGGGUCGUCAACCUGGUCCCUACCGCCCACUAGUGGGUAUUUUGGGAUUCCGGGUGGGCGGUAGGGACUUUGGAGGUUAAAACCUCCUUUUGAGUGGGCGCGCGCGAGCUCAUACAUCAAGAAACCAACGUGCGCGAGAAUGCGUGCGGUACGAUUUUCGGAAGUUAAAACCUCCUUUUGAGCGAGUGGGCGGUGCAGGCGGGCGCGAGUGCACACAUCAAUCAACCUCCUUUUGUGCGAGAAGGGGUCGGCUGGAGUGAGCGCACGCAAACACGUGGGAAGAGGAAGGGGAGGAGUGGAAACUGAUAGCAGGGACAGGCAGAAAUGGAGCAGAGCAGUUGCAAAAGAAAAGUUAUAGACAGGAGAAAGAGAAUUGUUGGCCAAUAAUAAUAAGUGGGCUAACUAGCUCAGCCUUACUUAUGUCGCUCAGGAAGGUAAAAGAAAGGAGAUAAAAAGGAAAAGAUAAAAAAAAAUUAAAAUAACAAAAAAAGGAAGAAAAAUAGAGAAAAGGGGAUAAAAUAAAGGAGGAGAGUAAGCAGUGUUUAGUCUGGCUCAUAAAUUAAGUUUUGUUAUCUUAUAAAAUAAAAGAAAAAAAUAAGUAAGGGAAGGAGAAAAAAAAGGAAAAAGAGAUCCUUAAUAUAGUGAUAUACUAUAAGGAAGGUAAAGAAGCAGGCAGGAAAAGGAAUUUCUUUUGAUGGUGACAUUAAUAAAAAUUGGCACCUAAUACAGCAUUGUUUUUGGUGUUAGUAGUAAAAGGGAAAAGAGGAGGGAAAAAAGCACUGUGUGGAGUGCAGAUCAAAACGUAAAAGUAGUUGUUAAAUUGUGAAACAAACUUAGAACCCAUGUCUGAAAAAAAGAAAUAUGCUCGUGGCUAUUUACCAGAGUAUCUGAAGAUGGGUUUCAUUGAAUCUGUUACAAAUAAACCGCUUCCAAUGUGUUUACUGUGCCACAAGACAUUAUCUAAUGAAGCAAUGAAGCCAAGUCGAUUGCGAGAACAUCUUGCUACAAAGCAUUCGCAAGAUAAAGAUAAGCCCAUUGAAUAUUUUCAAGAAAUCUAUAAAAGAUUUCAAAAUCGUUCAAUAGCUACAUCCUUUCAAAAACAACAUGCAAAGAAUGAGGAUGGAUUAACUGCAGCUUAUCGUAUAUCACACUUAAUUGCAAAAAGUGGUAAAAGCCGUAAUAUUGGAGAAACUUUGAUAAUACCCUCUAUCAAAGAAUUUAUCUCAACAGUAAUGCAUCAGGAUAUACCUGAAGUUUUAAAAACAUUGCCCCUUAGCGAUAACACAGUAAAGAGACGCAUUGAUGAAAUGGCGGCUAAUGUUGAAAAUAAACUUAUAGGUAUUCUCCAAAAUUCGUCAUUUUCUAUACAUUUGGAUGAGUCUGUCAUUGCAGAUAAUAAUGCUCUACUGAUGACAUAUGUACGGUACUUUGAUGAAAACAAUACAUUGCAAGAAGAAAUGCUAUUCACUGUCAAUCUGAUUACAGAUACAAAAGGAUUAUCAAUAUUUAAUGCUGUGAAAUCAUACUUUGCAAAAAACAAUAUACCCUUGAACAAUAUUGUUGCAUGUGCUACUGAUGGAGCACCAUCAAUGGUAGGCUGCUAUCGUUGGUUUGUUGCUUACGUGAAGGAAGAAGUGCCAAACGUUUUGUGUAUUCAUUGUGUUGUGAACAGACAACAUAUUGUAGGAAAACAUUUAAGUACAAGUCUCCAUUCAUCAUUAAGUAUUAUAAUUAAAGCUGUAAAUAAGAUAAAAUCUAAUGCCAAGUGUGAUAGAAUGUUUCGACAGCUGUGCCAGGACAAUAACGAGCAGUUUAUUAGGUUACUUUUACAUACAGAAGUUCGAUGGCUCUCAAAGGGUACAUGCUUGACUCGUUUUGUUGCAUAGUGUCGUACAGUUUUUUGAAAGUGAUAAUGAGGCUGGUCUCUAUGAACAGUUAAAAAACGUAAAGAAUGAUGCCUUUUAUUUGGCAGACAUUUUCAAGAGAUUUAAUGAAAUUAAUUUGCAGCUUCAAGGAGCCAAUAUAACUCUUAUAAGUUGCAAAAAUAUUGUCAUUAUUUAUCGAAAAGCUUGAUCUUCUCCGUCAUAAUAUUUUCAAGAGAGAAUUUCAUCAGUUUCCUGAAUUGUCCUCUAUAAACAAUGAUGUAACUCCGGGGGAUAUUGAAAGGUUCAGUAGCCACCUCAAGGAACUGAAAUUGGAUAUGGAAAAACGAUUUCAAGAUAUGUUGAACUUAACCCCUUAAGGACACAUGACAUGUGUGACAUGUCAUGAUUCCCUUUUAUUCCAGAAGUUUGGUCCUUAAGGGGUUAAAGGUGCAUGACUGGAUGAUAAAUCCUUUUACAGCAAAUGUUGUACUAUUAGAACUUAAAUAUGACGAAGAGAGUAAAUGUAAUUUUGGCAGUGGUGGAUACCAAAAACGCUGGCAAAAUAAAAAAAAUGCCUGCGUUAUAUCCAAAUAUGUGGAAAAUGAUGUUCAAUUUAUUGAUACCUUUCCCUACCAAAUAUCUUGUAGAAUCAGGCUUUAGUGCGGUUAAUCAUAUUAUGAGCAAACAGAGAAACCGUCUGAAUAUCACUGAAAGAGGAGACCUUCGUUUGUUCCUUACGAAAAUCGAACCAGAUUUCAAAUAUUUAGUCUUGCAGCAUCAGCCUUAAGGAUCUCACUAGUAAAGCUUUCAAUUUACUUUAUUGUUUUCUAAUUAAACUUUAUAAAGUUAAAAACAUUAUAAACAUGCAUUAAGUAGAAAUAAAAAGAUAAAUGUAAGUACAUUUAUUUUUUUUAAAACACCCUCCUUUCUAAAAAAUAUUCUGCGCUUGCGUGAAAACUGGUGGGCGGUAAGGAAAUUUUUCCAUCAAGAAAGAUGCAUUAGUGGGUGGUAGGUAGAAAAAGGUUGACUACCACUGGUCUAAAGGCAGCAGGCGGGCAACCAGGCUCCUCCAAUGCAGUGACUUGAUAUAGAAUGAUUGUGUGUGUGUGUGUGUGUGUGUGUGUAUAUAUAUAUAUAUAUAUAUAUAUAUAUAUAUAUAUAUAUAUAUAUAUAUAUAUAUAUUAUUUAUAUUUGUGUAUAUGAGUCCAUGUGCAUGUAUGUACAUGUGUUUAUGCGUUCACAUAUACAUAUUUCUGUGUGUGUGUGUAUAUAAAGUGUACCAUCCUGUGCACUGUCUGCUUGUUUGUUUUUCUUUUCCCUCUCUCUCCCCUACUCUGCUCUUCAACAAGAUAUUUAUGACCCUCUGCUAACAAACCUGUGUCUUAUCUACACUCAUGUCUCUUUAACCCCGUAUCACAACUCAACUUUGAAUUCAAUGUGUCGUUUUGCUCAGAAAUGCUUCAGACUUGAGAAAGGGAGGUUCUCCCGAAAGCUUGUCAUUAAAAAAUUCUGUUAGUCCAAUAAAAAAGGUAUUACAAGAUAAGAAUUUUAUCUGUUUUUUACACACAUAAAAAAGAUAGUAGUGCAAUAUGUCACUUUAAGUGCGUAUUCUAUAUAAAUAUAGAGGACUAACUCACACUUUUCUGAGCAAUUUAGAGCUCUGCUUUUUUUUCCGCUUGGAUGUUACAAUCCUUGUUUCAGGAUGUGUGACGAUCCUCCAGAUGGUGUAUGGUAGUGUUCCAAUAUAUAAAUAAUAAAACAGAAGUGGAAACUUUGAUGGUGUAGUAUAAAAAUCUCAGAAGUAAAAAGGUAAAAUGAAGUAUCCUACUUACAAUUUAUAGAGCAAAAACUUGCUCUGGUUUUGUACACUUGUGAGGAAGCUCUGCUGGGAGAAUUGCCUUAAGUGUGAGAUUGUUGCCCCCUAUUUUUUUUUUUUUUUUAUUGAUGAUUUUACUAUAUAUUUUUAACUUAAAGUAAUUUGUUAAAUAUAUUUUAAGUCGUGUGUUUGUGUAUGUAUAAUAUACACACACCUGUAUACCACACUAUAAAGGUAUUCUAUAUUACAUCACCAAGUUUUAGCAUUAGGCAUGGUUUAUCACCAAUUGUUGUAACAUAUAUUGUAUCUUUAAACAAGGUUUUUGGGAGUCCUUGUAGAUUUACUGCUGCCACCCAUUGUAUGCUAUAAUGAGCGCCUACGCAAUCUUUUCUUUAAAGCCACAAACAUGUCAAAAGUAAAAAUAGGUUUGUCACAUUUUGGUUUUAGGGAAAGACGUAGAUGCCCACGAAGAAUAAAUUGCAGAAAAAUAACCAGAUUUAGUAAGGUGAAGAAAGGAAAAGAUGUGCUAAUUAAAAAUCCACCCAGGACCAAUGACAUAUCAUGUUUUAGGAAAUUAAUAUAUCAUAGACCAUUAUAUUUUCCACAAUUUCCACACUUGAGUAUUAUGUACUGUUGGUUCAUCCAUCUGGUACAAGUCAUCAAUCUUAUGUAAUGCCAAAGGAAGGUAGUGAGUUAAGUCCUUUAUCCAUUGUCCCACUAGAGCACUCCUUACUGCCAAGGUGAUUUUCACAAACCAUUUUUAUUCAUUUUGAUAAAAUCCAGCUGACUUGAUAAUGCCGAAUCAUUAGAAUUUCGCCCUAACUGGACAGCAGUGAUAGGCAGAGAAUACUGGGGUGUGUUAACCAAAUGUAUUUCAGUAUUUGUAAGUGAAAAUGUGUUCAUGCUAUUCAGUAGGAUUUUUCAUGCUUUCAUUUUACUUAAAGGACAACUAAGGACCCCCAGACCACUUAUUCUCAAUUAAGUGGUCUUGGAGCAGUCCUGUAGUUUUGUAAAAAGUCACCUUGGAUGCUGAUAUUGACAGAGGCGGAGCUGGAGGCUGCAGCGGAGGGGUUCUGAUGCUAAAAACAAUUUCAGUUCAAUAAUUUAAUCUUCAAUUUUAAUGAGCAAAGGGGAGUGGACAGUGAUAAGAUCUAUAGAAGUGAACCUGUGGUCCUGACAUUAUUAUUGUUGGGACUAUAAAUUCCCCUUUAGUGUAAAUUUAGGCAGAUCUAUGUUUUGACUGUUUUUAUUUUAUUUUUUAUUUUCAAUCUCAGAGCCCAAUGAAGAAACGAAUAAUGUGAAGAAGCCUAAACAGAUGAAAACUCAACACAAAAAGGCCAGGCUGAUUAUCCGAAAUUUGAGUUUUAAGGUACCUCACAAGCUGACAAAGAUUAAAUUGAAUAAAUUAUUCAGAAAGCCACAACCACCAUUUAUAAUAUGCAGUUUGGUUUCUUAUUUAGCAUGUAUGAACAAGACUUGACGCUGUCUUUAAACAGGAUUGAAAUAUAUUAAUGGAUAUGCAACCAUUGCUAGAAAUCCCAAUUGAAAGAGAAACAGAUGUAAUCCGCCUGUCUACAUGUACAAUAUUUUACAGUCAAUUUAAUCUCAAGAAAAGGAAUUCUGGUUUGUAAUUAACUUGGCAACAUGUUGCAUCAGGCUAUAUAGAGCAGUAAAAACUAAUUGAUGCUUCUGAAUGGCUUGUUUGCCAACUUUCCUUAGCAGCAAAAUUCUGAAUUCAAACAAAUAAAGACUCACGGGGAUGUAAUUAAAGAAAAACACAGCUUUUUGUAACCCUAUUUUUGGCACAUAAAUAUACAUUUUGGAAGUUAUACAUUUUGAAUGAGCACUUCACUUGAUUGUGUCCAUUGUAUUUAUAAUUCAAAAGGAUAAGUUCUUGGCAAUGUACAUGCAUAAAUAAAUACAAAUUAAUAUAGAAAUCAGGGCAAGCAUUGGUUUAUAAAAACAUAAGUAAUUCCCCCCCCCUAAGAAAUAUACUUACGUUCUGAAUCUUUUGGUAACUAGAUCAUUUAUAUAUCCAUGCAAAUAAAAAUGAGCUUAUACAAAAACAAAACAUAUUUAAAGAUAUUCAGCUUUGCUUUUGUGUGUAAAUGGUGGGGAGGAGGAAUGAAGCGAAAAAUAGAGAAUUCCUUUUUAGUGCAAUUAUUAUUUUUAAAGGUACACUAUUGGCAUCCAGACCACUUAAUCUCAUUGAAAUGUUAUUGGUGCAGUGCCCCUGUCUCCUUUAAACCUGCAAUUGUAAUUAUUGCAGUUAUUAAGAAACUGCCUUGCAAGAUUAAUUCCAGGUAAAAUCUUUUCUAAAUAAAUAACUCCACAUAUAGUGGCUGUCUACCAGACCGCCACUAGAGACUCUUUUGGUCUGCUAACUGAUGCUGGAUGUCCUCACGUUCUGCAUGAGGACAUCUAGUGUCUGGUAGAACCCUAUAGGGAAGCAUUGAUUCAGAGGGUGCUACAGUGCUAGGAUAACAACUUUGUAUUUCAAGCACUAUAGUUUCCCUUUAAUAAUGCAUUUAAAGGGUACCUAUCAUGCCAAGUACAACUUAUGCUCUUUUUAAAGAAAUCCUUUCUAUUCCCAACAAUAUAGUGCCUUGUUAGCUGUUCUGGAAAGUUAAGUAAGAGUGUUGCUGGGCCCCCCAGGUAAGAAGGAGGGAGGGGGGACUAAAAAUAUAUAUAUAAAAAAAAUUACAUAUUUACAUUUUACACACAUUACAUACCUACACAAAAACUCACUGCCCAAAGAUACACACACACCCUGCAUUCAUUAUAUACACACACCUCACAAACACACUGCAUUCACUAAUCAAAUACCGUCACUGAAUCCACCACACACACACACAUUCUUGAAAACAUAAAUUCUGACUCGCAUGUAUAUUUUGUGCAUGUACCUUAAUAAAAAUAAAAAAAAUGCAAAAAAAAUAAACCCGUUCAGUUCACAGUAGAUUUGUGUAGAAAUAGUUUAUUUUAAAAAAAUGGUAAAUGUACAGAGUAUCGUUAAGUUAUCGGCCUGAAACUUCAGAGUAUCGGUAUCUGCUCUAAAAAAAACCAAUAUCGAUCGAUCCCUACUAGCGAGGUAUGUUUGUGUAUUUUUGUCCUUGUGUUUAUUAAAGGAUACUCUGAGCCAGGGCUCCACUCCCCCACUUGAGUAGGAAUUCAGUACUGGUGUCAUAGACCUUUCAGGCAUGCAGUGACAAAUAACUUUUUUGCCUGUCUAGUAGCAUAGGACUUGAAAUGAUGAACCCUGCUGUAAGCACCAAAAUUGAUUUAGCUUAAUGCAAUGGUUUUGGUGUGGGUGUCUCAACCAUGGGACUAGUGGCGAUUGACCUAGCUGAGUCAUAUCCCUGGAAUAAAUAGAGUUGCAUCUGGGAGACAGGAAUUACCUUGUCUGGUGGCAGUACUGCUGAGGAUAAGGGAAUAAUGGGAGGGUGUUUCAUUCAGGGAUGUUAAACUGUGAGGAAUUGGACAAGUAAGUGCCUUUUUAUAAUCUGUGGAACGAUGAGAGGUGGCAGAUUGGAUGUGGAAAGAGCUUGUUCUAGUGGUAUGCUGGAAAAUGAGCAGAAUAUUGAAGGAACGUAAAGGUGUAGGGAUUGGUUAGUUAAGGAGCCGAGAGACCGGAUCCUAAUGUAGUGGGAGAGGUAGAGAGGAGCAAGGUUAUGGAAGAAUUUAAAGAGAGACCACUGGCGAACCAGAAGCCAGUUGAACUUUUAAAGAAGGGUUCGGGCAUGUUGAGGAGUAUGCAGGCAACAGCAUUUUGGAUUUGUUAAAUCAAAAGCCUGGUGAAGAUGAAGUGGAUAAGGAGUUUUGCAGAAGAAAAUGUCUUGAGGAGUGGAUUUUCUGAAUGUUAAAUUGGUGAAAACAGACAGAAGUAACAGGUGUUUUUUGGGGAUUGGUGGGAAUGCUGCAGGGAAGAAAAUCGCUUUACAUUUUGCUCGGUUAAUUUGAAGAAAAUGUGAUGACAUCCAUUGGGCAAUGUUGGAGAAGAGAUGCAGGUGCAAAGAUCAGUGUUAGGAAAGGGAAAGAGAAGAAGUUCUGCAGAUUUUUUUUAUUUUUUAUUUAAAGCUGUUUCUCUCUUUCAUUUUCUUUAUAUUUAUCAUGUAUAAUAUAGAAAAGUUGUGUACAAUGCAUAAUGCAUGGUUAACUUUUCAGUGUGUAUUUUGUUAACAGUGCUCUGAAGAUGAUGUCAAGAAACAUUUCUCUACAUUUGGAACGGUGCUGGAAGUCAAUAUGCCUACCAAGCCAGGUAUGAUGAUCUAUUUCAGUGAUUUUGUCUCAAAUCACUGAAUUUAAAAUAAUACGUUUCAUAUACAAAGUCUGACAGGUCCCUGAACCAGGGGAAUAAAUGAUGUCUACCAUUUCUUUUCUACAGAUGGAAAGUUACGAGGGUUCGCAUUUGUACAGUUUAAGAAUAUGCUAGAAGCCAGUAAGGCUUUGAAAGGCACAAACAUGAAGAGCAUUAAAGGUAGGUGUAAUGCUUUGUGACAGCUAGUUGUAGCUUAAAUAUAAUAUUUUUUUAUUCGUUAGUUUACAUAUUCCAGUUCCUAUUGGAAUUGUGCAACUCUUAGCGAACAGGCACUUACAAUAUGACAGGAAAAAAUAUAGAUUAAUUCAAUUGGUUAUUGAGCCACCUCGUUGUAGUCAUUGGUCUCCUGCAUAUGUGAAAAGUUCUUGUCUGUAAUUGUGCAUGGUGGGCGAAUAACCAGAAUUUUAAACCAGCAAAGUCAUAUUAUAAAGGAUAUAUUAAAAUAGCCAGCACACCCUUACAUUUUAUAAAAGUUAUAGAAUUGAGAUACUAAAAAAAAAAAAAAAAUCGGGAUAACAAUACAAAGGAUGAGAAAAGAGACAAGUGAGGGGGUGAGAUUAUAAGCAUAAAUAAUACAGUAAUUAAGGUUCAUUAUUAUUAUUACAAUUCAACUAAUACAACAAACUGUCUAUCUGCAUUUAAAUUGCCUUGUGAGCGUGAAUGCAGUGUUAAUCACUUUUAAUGCUCUACUUUAACUAGGUCGGACAGUUGCAGUGGACUGGGCAGUUGCAAAGGAUAAGUACACUGCUACACAGGAAACAGCUACUCCAGGUACAUGAAUAUUUCCUCAUGUUUUGCAUAGUAUUGAUAAUGGACGCUGAGAUCAGACCAUGAAGUUUAACCUCCCAGGAAAUUCUUUCACUAUCACUGUUUAUCAUGUACAAUAGCAUAAUUAUCUUCUACCAUAUAUUUCUACCUGCAUAUCUCCUUGCAAAGUCCUUCAAGUGUGAAGCAAAGUAACUGGUUAUGGGAAUGUUUCUCAAACAUGCUUCCUCUGGAAUAUUUCUAGUGAACCUCUCCUGAUAUGAUAACGUCUUCUUAUACAGCCAUUGAUAGUUAUAUUUUUUUCUUAUGACAAGGGGAUGUUGUAUAUUUUCAGCGCAGCUAUAGAGUAUGUGAAUUGUAACCUCCAGCUAUCCUCCCACACAUGUGGACCUGAUUGGAGACUCUUCUCAAUCAGAAUGAUCCUCCCUUGUUACACUGACAUGCUUCAUUCAAUGCUGAUAGCAACAUUGCAGUGACAUCUGAACCAUAAAACCUUGCAAUGGCUUUAGACAAAUGAUCUGCAGCUUUGAAAGCUGUUUUAGAAAUAUCCACAAUUAUGAAAAAUGCAUCAUUAAAUAAAUACAUGUUCUCAUUGGGGCUAUUGUUUAUUUUAAAGUAACUUUUAACUCCACUUAUGUAUUUUAAAUUAGAAGGAAAAAAGGAAAGUGGCCAAAAGGAAGUGACUGCUCAGAGUGAAAGUGAGGUGGAAGAGGAGCAGAAAGACCAAGAGGACAAUUCAUCAGAUGGGAAACAAGAUGCUGAGGAUUCAGAGGUAGAACAGGCUGAGGAGGAUGAAGAUGACAGUGAAGAUGAGCCAGAAACUAAAGGCCAGAAAAAGUAAGUAUGAAAUGUAUAGUUUUUGUCAACAUCCAGAGAACGUCUUAGUAACUCUUCAUUGUGUGUGCUAAGUUUAUAGAAUAUUGGGAUAUAGUUUUUGUCAAGUAUUUUAUCUUUUAUAUAGGCUUUCUGUAUCAAACAUUAGAGGGACAAUAUAGUCACCAGAACAGCUACAGCUUAAUGCAGUUGUUCUGGUGAGUAUAGUCAGAGAAAAGGCAGUGUUUACAUUAAAGCCUAGGGACUCCUCCAAUGACCACUAGAGGUGCUACCUGCAUGGAGACACUGAACUUUUCUCAUACAGAUGCAUUGAUUCAAUACAUCUCUAUGAGGAGAUGCUGAUUGGCCAGACUGGCGUUUGGCCCCACCCAUGCACCCCCUCCUUGGUGAUCUCAGCCAAUCCAUUGUUUUUUAUAUGGGAAAACAUUGGAUUGGCUGAAAUUAUUUCUGAUGUUGGCCAAGGAGGGGGAUCACGGGCUAGCCAAACGCCUGCUUGGACAAAUAAGAUCUGUUUUCUUAACAUAUAACAGGGUCAAGCCACCUAAAUGGCAGUUUUAACACUAUAGAGUGAGGGAUACAUGUUAAAUCACUUUGUUUCUGUUUAUGCAGCCCUUGUCACACCUACCCUGACUCUGAUUUGACACAGCCUGCGUGAAAAAAAACUGGUUUCACUUUCAAUCAGAUGUAAUUUACCUUUAAACAAUUGGAUCUCUUGCUCUGUAAAUUGAACUUUAAUCACAUACAGUAGGCAGGGUCCAGCAAGCUAUGAACAUAGCAGGGGAUAAGAAAAUCUAAAUUAAACAGAACUAUGCAAUAAAGGAAGAAUAAACUUUAGAUGCCUCUUUACAGGUAGUGUUUAGGAAGGCCGUGUAAGUCACAUGCAUGGAGGUGUGAAAAAGGGCUAUAUAAACAAAGUGAUUUAUCUCCUAAAUGGCAGAGAAUUGCGCAGUGAGACUGCAGGGACAUGAUUUAUACAUCAAAACCACUACAUUAAGCUAAAGUUGUUUUGGUGACUAUAGUGUCCCUUUAAUUUCUUUGUAUGUUGGGAAGUCAGUCUAGUGCAAAUGGUUACUGAUAAAGUGUGUAUUUGUACAAAUGUGCUGCUUAGUUGACUGACUAAAUUCCAAACAGUGCAACAUACAAAUAAAGUGUCACUUUUACAAGUUAAUGAAAAUAUGAAUGUAAUUUACCUUACAAGAAUGUCACACACAUAUUUAGCAAACUCUCAUGGGGAAUUGAAUAUAAGAGAUAAAAUGUAUAUAGUGUAGUAUUUAAUACAUAAAAAGAGAUGGGGAUAAAAAAGGUACACAACUACAAAUUGUACAAAAAGUGCAGAUGCCCCAGGGUACUCCUCUACCGGUCUCCUAGGUUCCUUGGCUAGAAGUAAACUGAAGAUCUUUGUGUUCCAGGUGGCACUGCGGGAAAGGCUGCACAAGUCACUAUGUAGAGAGGUAUUAGAGACUGACUGACUGGAUACCGCACUUGCCAAAUAACCCAGGUGCUCCAAAGCCAGGGCUGGCCAGGCCUCUUUUCCAAGAUAUGUUUUUUUUUUUUUUUUCAAGAGCUGUUUACACAUUGGGAAAUGCUUUUAUUUAUUGCCAUUUAUAUAGUGCCAACAGAUUCGAUAGCGCUUUACAAUAAUACUUUUGAAAUCAUUAUAGCUGAGCAUUAUGGGAGAUGUAACUCAACUGGAGUGCCAAAGGUUGCCUACCCCGAUCUAAAUGAUGUAUUAAAAAAUAAUGGAAACAUAUUUAAAAAUUAAAAAUCAAUAUUAAAAAAAAAAAAUAAAAAAAAAUAUAUAUAUAUAGAUAAUCCAUAAAAUGAUUUGAACAGUAUGUUGAGGUAGAGGGACACAAGAAAGAGAUUGGCAGGGGCACAAGUAAGUAAGCUUUGUAAGUGGCUUGCCUUGAUGUGGCAGAUGGGCUUACACUUAAGGGCCAUUGGAGUGAAACAAGGUAACUUUUUUUUUUUUUUUAUGUAUUUGGGCUGAUGUGUACUAUGGUCAUUACUGCCAGCCAGGAGUAGUGGGAGUCUGAGCACUAGACCUAUUUUUGUGUAUUUUGCCUUUGUAUCACACAGCUAUGUUACAAUGCUGCCGCCCACCCCAUGUGUUCCCUAUUAAAGGUUAAUAUGUAUUUAGGGGUUUAGAAAAAUACCUCUAUCUUAUUCGACGAUUUUUGCCUGAAGGAAGCAAGGUGAAUUGUUGGUGAAGAACCCACCUAAGAGGUUUGUUUUGACGUGGCAGGGAUUUGGGCUAGUGUGCAGGUAAUUUUUUUUUAAAGUGUGUAUAUGUAUAUAUAUAUAUAUAUGUAUGUGUAUAUAUAUAUAUAUGUAUGUGUGUGUGUGUGUGUAUGUAUAUAUAUAUAUAUAUAUAUACACAUAGCAGAAAUGACCGCACUCCAAGGACUUUAUUGAGAUUUUCAAAUAAAAUUUAGCUUUUAUUCAAUCCAUUUAAAAAGUCAACGUUUCAGCUCCCACAUGGAGCUUUCAUCAGGACAAAACAUAAAAUACACACAUAUAUAUAUAUAUAUAUAUAUAUAUAUAUAUAUAUAUAUAUAUAUAUAUAUAUAUAUAUAUAUAUAUAUAUAUAUAUAUAUAUAUAUAAUUUUUAAGCUUUGUAAACUGCUGGGAGCUGUGGUAUUGUGCUUUUUAUUUAUAUACCGCCUGUUCACUGUUUAGGGAGUUGGACUGUUUUUUCAGACAUAGCCGCAGAGGGGGCAUGUGGAGUCCAUGGUUUUGCUAUCUCCGUGGAGGAGGAAGAGCUUUCUGUAGUGUGUGCGCGGUAUGAGUACUAUGAUGCACCAUAGGGACAAAAUUGAUGUAGGGCGACUUUAAACCAAGUGUUCUGGACUGACUGACAGCAUUGCUAGGCUGUUUUAUAGCUGCACCAAUUUUAACAUAUCACUUAUGCUAUAAUCAAUUCUCAGUAUUGAGUAUGCUUGACGUGCUGUACACUGUGCAUCUUGCAGUAAUGCAGAGUGUUUGUGCUUAGAUUGACCAUUUAAUAGGAGCAUGAACUUUAACAUCUGGUUGAGUGGUUGAAAGACUUGGCUAAAGAUCUGAUAAAGCACAAACGUGUAAUUAAAAUGUAGAAGCAAAGUGUUUUCUUUGUAAUGGGUGCAUUGCAGCAACAGUAUGCACAAUGAUGCCUGAAUGUUAAGGUUCCUUUUUAUUUAUUAUUUUAAAUAACUUAUUUUUAAUCAUUCAGAUCAGUCAAGAAGUCUCAGUAUCCCAAAGACUCUAGUAGUGAAGAGGAGGAGGAGGAAGAUGAUGAUGAUGAUGAGGAGGAGGAUGAGGAAAAAACAGCAAGUACAGACUCUGAGGAUGACAACGAGGAUGAUGAUUCAGAUGAUUCAGAAGACUCGGACAUCAAAAGCAAAAAGAAAGGUAUUCGACAUCUGACUAGUGGAAAGAAUAUGAUUUUAUAAUUUGUGUGAACUAUGUCCUAGACUAAACUGACUUAUUGUGUUUGGCAGGUAAAAAAGAAAAAACAAAAAAAAGAACUUUGCCAUCUGAUGUUGGUCAAGGGAAAACUCUGUUUAUCAGGUUAGUAUUUAGUCUUUUUUUUAUUAAUUACUUGGAAAUAUUUUGUGCUUUAAAUCUUCCUAUUGUGACAAUCUUUUCUCCCUGCUGUAGUGGUGUGAUAAUAUUACAUAUUAAUUAAGAAUGAUUGACCACUAUUGAGCAAAUCAAACUUUUAUAGAUAGUUAAGAUGGCACCGGUGCAGAGCACUGAACAUGUUAGUAAAACCACAAAACACAGCACCAGAAUGACUCAUGCAUACCAUCACGAGAAUAUUCUGAGAACAGAGCUAGCUUUUUAGAUAAGAGAUAAUUAACCGCACAGACCUGGCAUGGUAUUGUUGGUUUGCCUGGACAGCCUGGCCAGCUGCUGUCCAAUCCAACGCUUUUGCAAGGUCUUUGCCGGGCUCCACUGAUAGAAAAGUACAGACUAUGUAUCCCAUUGGUAAGUCUCUGUUACGAAAGAUAUAAAAGACGAGAAAACUUGGCACUUGCUUGGAGUACUACCCACCUGUAAUACAGACGCGUAUUGCUGAUUGCCAGUAAGAGAGGGUCCCCUUCAAGCUUAACUGCCAGAAGUUCUCUCAGUCAAGUGCAGCAAGAUUCUCUUAUGGUGAUGUAUACUUAAAGGAACGCUAUAGUCACCUAAAUUACUUUAGCUAAAUAAAGCAGUUUUAGUGUAUAGAUCAUUCCCCUGCAAUUUCACUGCUCAAUUCACUGUCAUUUAGGAGUUAAAUCACUCUGUUUCUGUUUAUGCAGCCCUAGCACACCUCCCCUGGCUAUGAUUGACAGAGCCUGCAUGGAAAAAAAACAAAACUGGUUUCACUUUCAAACAGAUGUAAUUUACCUUAAAUAAUUGUAUCUCAAUCUCUAAAUUAAACUUUAAUCACAUACAGGAGACUCUUGCAGGGUCUAGCAAGCUAUUAACAUAGCAGGGGAUAAGAAAAUCUUAAUUAAACAGAACUUGCAAUAAAGAAAGCCUAAAUAGGGCUCUCUUUACAGGAAGUGUUUAUGGAAGGCUGUGCAAGUCACAUGCAGGGAGGUGUGACUAGGGUUCAUAAACAAAGGGAUUUAACUCCUAAAUGGCAGAGGAUUGAGCAGUGAGGCUGCAGGGGCAUGUUCUAUAACCAAAACUGCUUCAUUAAGCUAAAGUUGUUCAGGUGACUAUAGUGUCCUUUAAGCUAAAUAUUUAGAUGAUUAAGCGGUUUCGUUAAGUUAAACGAUUACUUAUUAAGUCUCUGUUAAUCAAUAAAGUUUGUAUUGAUUAUUUACAGGUACUUGAUGUCAGUGUCUUCCUUUUCUCAAAUACUCAAUUCACUCAUCUCGAAUAGGGUUUUGGUGCCCACCAAUAUCUUUAAAAACCUUAGGGUAAUUGAUUAUUGCUUUUUGAUUAUGGUGCUUCAUGAAUUUAAUGAUUAGGCACAAAAAGUGUUUAUAGUGUUAGGAUUGCACUGGCGAAACCAUAUUCGUACAAUUUGACAGCUAAUCUGUGUCCUACCAUUAUCCGUGGCCACAGCCUUUGCUUUAAGUCUUUUUCUGCUUACAGAGCUAAGCAGGGCUAUGCUCAUUUGAGGAGCGCACUCUCACAGUGGGCUGCAGUGAUUAUGGCACUUGGCGUGUCAAUGUCUGAUAUCCUUGGUAUUGUAAAGAAAGUACAUUCAUUUGACUCCACUUAUAGGCCUUUUUUUUCUCUGAAGACCAAGUUUUGAAUACUUAAAGGGUCAAUUCAAAGUUGUGUAACUAAACAACUUUUGCUUGCUGAAAAGCUUUGUGUGAAGAGUGUGACUUUUUGUUUUUGUUUUUUGCACAGAGCACCUGACUUACAAAGACUUCUCAUUGAGCUGGAUUGGGAAGUCUGUGAUUGCACAGUCACAGAACGUCUUAACGGGGGUUACAAAUGUUUGCACUGGAGAGUCCCUGUAAGAGCAGACUUGUAUAGCUCUGCUUUAUUCGCAGGUUGGCUAUUUUUGCUCAGGCAGGUGUCUUCAUGCUCUGUUGGGUGUAGUGGAGGCAGAGAGUUUUGCCUGGCGAACUCCCGGUAGCAAGUCAAUCCAUUCUAAGGUGCACUGUAGUGGUUAUGGUGCAUGGAUUGUUCCUUUGUGCUACUUUGCCCUGUGCCCAUGUCUGAUGGAUGUAGUCCUUUGUGACUAUAUUGUAGAACCGCCAGCUGUAAGAUUCAAAUCUAUCCCGGUGUUUAGCAAGGAUCCAUUGGAGUUGACCAUGUUAACUUAGAAUUUUUAAGAACAAGACGGAUAUUCUGACACUUUACAUACACACAAUUCUGGUAUUUGCUAAUAAUAAAGACAUCAUAAUGAAGUCAAAAUCUUUUCUUAACUGCAUUUUUCUCUCUGACCAAGGAACUUGUCCUUUAAUUCUGAGGAAGAGGAUCUGGAGAGGUUGCUACUUUGCUUUGGAAAUCUUAAAUAUGUCCGAAUAGUGGUACACCCGGAGACUGAGCACUCUAAAGGUCUGUAAUAAAUGGAGGAUGAGCUUGUAUGAGUUUUGUUUUGUGGGCUUUCUCUCUCCUCCUCCUCCUUUCUGGUAGGGGUCUUAAUUUAUUCCAAAAUCUUCCAUAAAUGCCUUUGAAUAGAAAGUAUGUAUAGAUUUAUUUACAUUUAUAUAAGAAUAUAGUAUAUAAGUGUAGAAUGGUUGACCCACCAUGGUUUUUAAUAGAUGGUGUUUGUAAUACAAGUAAAAACUAAUCUCUAGUUCUGAGCUCUUCCUUUGAUCUCUACCAGCACAUCUUCCUUUGAUCACAAACCAGCUAGGGUAGAUAGACAUAUUUCCUUCGAAGCUGGCACCAUAGGAGGUAGAGAUAGAGAUAUUAAAUAUUAUUACAGACUGUGUGGCAAAUUUUUUAGAAAACACACUUUAUUUCCUCAUGUAAAAAAUAGGCAUGUCAAGUACGAUUCCUGAUUCUGCCGCAACAAGUUCUUCUGCUGAAGUCUCUCAGAUGAAAUACAUAAGGCGGGUGUAUUUGGUGGGGGGUGGCUUCAAGAGAAGAGCUUGUUCCUGCAGAACUGGGAUUCUGUAUGACCACUGCACUAGAUAUGUCUGUUUGAUUAAUAUUUUUUUCUUCACAAAUGAGUAAAAAGUGUUUUUCUAAAAUGUUAUGCUAUGCUGUCAGUAUUCUAUAUAUCAUCUUUCUCUUAUGGUGCCAACCUGGAAGGCAGAUUUGCCAAUUUAUGUUUGGAAUUCUGUGAAGUGCGUUUAUAUAUGAACAUUAUGUUAGUGUAUUUGGACAAUUUUCAGUCUUUUUUUUUUUUUAAGGGUGCUACUCUACAUUUAUUUUUUUAUUAUUAGAAGAUCUUUACCGUUUUCCGUGAUGGUUUUUAAGUCAAGCACAUAAUUACCCAGUGGACAGGAAAAUGGCUUGUAGCAAGUGAUUUCUGAAGACUUGAAUGUGUAAAUACUUGUUUUCUGUUCAUCUAUUUCAGGCUGUGCCUUUGUUCAGUUUGUGGAUAAAGCAGCAGUUGAGAAGUGCCUAGCAGUUGCUAAAGAUGAAUCGGAGGUACUAGCUUUCUUUACGAACCAUAUCCCAACAGAGUAGAUUAAGGGGAUAUGAAAGAAUCUGAUCUAAUAUUGAUUAUUCCUCCAAACUGCUAUGAUUGUCUGUCUGUAGUCAAUGUGUGAAUAGUUGACUUGAGAGAUAUUUUAUACUGUAUUUUGCAUAGAUGUGCACUGCCAUUUUAUUGUAUACUUUAAUCACAUACAUGUCACGGAUUCCCCGGUGUCUCCAGAUGGAGGUCAGAAGCAGAGAAGGAUAUGCUAUAGUAAUAGUACAUAUCCAUUAUUGCUAGCACUCGCAUUAAAUUGUUAACCAAUACAAAGUGUUUUUCAGUACACACAUGGGGAUAUUUGUAAAACUAUAGCCAUAUAUGGGCAAUAACCAAUUGAGCAUUAUUAUGAUCUUUAGCAAGCAACAAUAUACACCCACCCACCAACAUUUAUAGUUGUCCUGUGCAGAUUUUUAUACAAGGUACUUAUUCAAAGGCUUUUUACAUGAGACUCCGUUAUUGUGUCUUCUUUCAUGCAUGACCUCAUUCAGAAAGGUGGUCUUCAACUGGAUGGCAGAAAGUUAUUGGUGGAUCUUGCAGUGACUAAGGAAGAAGCUGUGAAAUUACGAGAAAAAAAGGUUAAAAAACCAACAGGAGUUAGAAACCUGUAUCUGGCCAGAGAAGGAAGUGAGUAUCUUUAAUGUGAAUAUUGUAGUUGCAUCUGUUGGAGGUAACCCAGAGUAAGUAGCCAUACUGUUUAAGAAAUGUUUAACAACUUACCUGAGUAGCAUACACACCCGUACCUGCAUUAUCCUGCAGCUAAGCACAGCCCAAUACAGGAGAGCGAUUUCUGGCUGACCUUACCCACUCACCAAUGGGACAUGCCUUGACAUGGGACAUGCUCAGAAAAACUAACUGUAUUCUCCUUGCUGGAGAAUCCAGAAGCAGGGCUGCAGUCAUGGGUGCCCAGGUAAGUUUUCAAAUCAUUCUUAAACAGUUUGACUACUUACUCAGGGAGGGUGGAAGGGUACUCAUAGUACCAUAUCCACCACAGUGGGUUGUAGACAUACCACACCCUUCUUAAUUGGUUUUACACAAACCUUUUCAAAUAUAUUUUCAUUUCUAACCAUUUGGGAUUUGAUGUUUGUCUUCAGUGAUCCGGGAAGGAACUAAAGCUGCAGAAGGAGUAAGUGCAGAGGAUUUGGCCAAAAGAGCUCGGGUAAGUGUUAAUUGUAGAGAGAGGCUGAUAUUUUGAUGUAAAGCUAGCUCACGCAUAUAACAUACUAUCCUCUAGGUACAACUGAUUUGUGUUCUUCUCAGCUCUAUAAAAUGCAAUUUUCGGCUGAAUUGUCCUAUUUUAUGAACAUUUCAGUGAUUUAUUUUAUUCAGUGUACCAUUUUCUUGCAUACACAAACAGCAGCUAAUAAUUUGUUACAUUUAAAUAUUUGUUUGUUAUGGUCCAUGUAGUGCUCUGGCAUGAGAACUUAACCUCUAGGACCGUGAUACAGGCUAUAAAGUAUCUUUUAAGUAACUUGUAAAAGCUGCUGUGGGUUUUUGUGCAUUUAUAACCUCUUUGUGACUUUCAUGACAUUCAUGGCCUAAUCAUGAGUUUGGAAUUUACUAAUGGGUAUUCUAUGUAAACUAUCUACGGUUUCAAGUUUUGAGCUCCAAUUUUAUUUUGUUCUGUUCUAUCAGUUUGAAGAAACCAAGCGCCAGAAACUGAAGUUACAGCAUAUCUUUGUCUCCAAGACCCGUCUGUGUGUUCACAAUAUUCCUAAAUCUGUGGAUGACAAAAAGUUACGGCAGUUGUUUCUAAAAGCAGCUGGAGGAGGACGAUCCGUUAAAAUAAAGGAGGUAAGCUAAUCUUGCAAUAAUUUAGAAAUCCCUGCAAUGAUACAUUUAAAACCAUUCUGUUGAAUUAUCCAUCACUAGCAUUUUGACUUCUCACCACUUGAAUUCUGAAAUGAAACAUAAAAAAGCAGAUGUAUUGUAGAAGUUUAAAAAAAUAAUGCCGAUGUGAACUUGUAGAAGUUAAAGUCAAUUUUCUGUAUAUAAAUGAAAAUAUAAUAUUUUUAUGAAAUACUGAUCAAGACUGCAGUGGAAUUUCACAGAAUUUGGAGGUCUUUGCUUUAAGAUAAAUCUGAGGUUUACAAAAGGCAGAGCACAAUUGGUGGUCGUGGAACUCAGACAUUGGUCUAUGGAGUCUCCCGUGGAAUUGCUGGAUAUCCCAUAAACCUCACUGCUGUAUUCUCCAGUGCAAUUAUUGCAAAUAUACAAAAAAGAUGGGUAUAAACCCAUCUAAUGAGGGCGCUAGACACUAAAAAAAACAGUGAAAUAAAAACCUAUACAUUUUAUUAUGCAAAACUUGCAAUAGUAGAUAUUAAAAAUAUAUAAAUGAAUAAAACACAACAGUACAAGCCAGUCCUAUUAUGAGGCCAGGGAACAAAAGCCCGACAACAACCACUAAGCUGACAAGUUUACAGAUGAAAAAGCACACAACCCUUGGUCGCGACCCCCAGGGCUGGAAUAUACUUGCAACACAAGCAAGAAUGGAACUCCAGUGGUGUCUUGAAGGUCUCUGGACUGCUAAGCUGCUGAUGUAGAGAGCUCAACGCGUUUCGUGCCGCGUUAUUCGUUGGAGUGUGCCUAAAGAGUGGCAGCUUUUCUAUAUAUAGAACCCUGAAUCUGGAUCUAAUCUUGUUUUGCAAUUAUUGCAAAGCAAGAGUAGAGAUAUUCUUUGUGUACUUUCUGUAAGCUGACUGCCAGGUGCAAACAACAAAGCUUAGAACAUUGACUGAAAGGAUGCUGAGAUGGAGGAACCCACCUCUGGGACAACGACGUGUGGGUAUGUAAAUGUAGUUGUAUUUUUCACACCUUACAAAUACAGAUUUGUUAAAUAUAGAGAUGAGUAAAUACAAUACUAAAAAACCUGGGAAAUGAAAGUUUCCCUUUACAGAAAGUUACUAAAUAAACUCAAGUUCGGUGUAUGUAAAAGCAAACAGACACAUCAACAUGACCUCUACCAAGUGUAAUAACCAUUCACCUUACCUGCUGUCUUUACCCAUACACAUGACCGUCUACAGUGAAGUUCUCUUUUUUUCACAUUCUUUGCAGUCUCGGGUAAUGAGGGAUCUGAAAGGUGUUGGAGGAAACCAUAAGGGUCAGUCUUUGGGUUAUGCGUUUGUGGAGUUUUCUGAGCAUGAACAUGCUCUGACAGCACUAAGAAACGUCAACAACAACCCAGAAUACUUUGGCUCAAAGAAGGUGAGAACUGGAAUGCUAAUGACAAUAUGAAAAAAAUGUUAGAGGAAGAAAGUUUUGGUGGGCUAGCCACAUGGAGUUUGCAGAAAUCUUUUUUAGAGACUGUUUUCCGGUAACAAAUGUUUUCAACUAUUUUCUUUUAAAGUCAAAUUGCCUAUUCUGUAAGCGUGGACUUAGAGCCCAGGGGCAUCAUUUACAAGUAAAAAAAUUUUAAUUGCUGAACUCUACUGGUGCCAUAUAUUCCAGAUGUUUAUUUUUACAUCUUUUGCUAGUAAUAUAACAGGAUGAAAAAGGGUAAAAUACUGUAUUCUACCCUAACUGGACUUUUUUGCCUUUAGUGGACAUUUCAGACAGGAUGAUUUUCUUCUAUUUUCUACUGAAUUCAACUAAACUUAACAUGUUGUAAAUUCAAGAUAUAGCAUAAAGUGUGAACAAACACAAUCUUUUAUGUAGCCAUUUUCCUUGCAUUUAGCAGUUUGUGUGCUAAGAAAACCCUCAAAAUACAGCAAAUAUGAGAGAGAGAAAAAAGAUGUAUAGUUGUGUAUAUAAAAUUGUAUUGAAUUCUAAUGUUUUUCUUCAGAGGCCAAUUGUUGAGUUCUCCUUGGAGGACAUGAAUAAGCUGAAGUUAAAGGAAAAAAGGACACAGAGAAGCCUGGUAAUAAGACCAAUAUGAGUUAUUUGUGUACCGAUUGUAGUGGUUAUGUACAAGUAAGGUUUAGGAUGUCUCCUGUUGUUGUUUGAGAACUUGUUUUUUUUUUUUUUUUUUUUUUCAUCCACACCUUCUGUUUUAUGGUAAUAGUGACAAAGUACUUAUGUAUAUUUCUUAAAAAGCAACAAAACUAUCUCUUGGAGAGGGAGAUAUCCACUAAGCAGCCACCUCUCUCUAGACAGAAAUAAAGCAGUGCUUCACACAGGGAUGUUUGUCUAGAUCCAGUGUAAUAUACCAAACACUGAAAGUAUUUUCUAAAAGGGGGGUACUGACCAGAAUUAAUCUAUAAAAUAUCCCUUAUAGUGUAGUAUUUAUUGAUGUUAUUUUUUGCACGUCUGUUUUCUUCUUAAAUAGCAAGCUGACUGUUUUUGCUUCUUGUGAUAUAUGUUCAGAAUGUUGAAACAAUUUCUCUCAUUGUAGGAGGUGCUCAGACAGAAGGAGGCUAAAGCUCAGGCCUUUGGUGGUGGUCAGCCAGUUCAAGCAAACGUCCAUAAAAAAACACCUGGAAAAGGAGUCACCCCUGCAGUCGCCCCUGCAACAAAAUCUGGUGCAACCACUGGGAAAAAAGGACCCAAUAAACCGGAAAAAGCUGUAACUGCAUCUGUUGCUCAGCCAGCAAAAGGCAAGACAACGGAGGCUACCCCUAAUAAGGUACAAUCUGCAGCGACACAUCCUCAGAAGCCAUCCAAGAGAGCAUUGCCUGAUAAUACAAAUAAAGUGUUAUCAAUGGAAAAGCAGGAGGAAAAGAGAGCCACUGGAUCUACAUCAUGGUCUGGCUUCAAAACUAGAGACGAAGUGGAAUAUGAGGAGCUUUCCGAUGGGAAGAAGAGGAGGAAAGUCCUACCAAUGCCUUCUCAUAAAGGUCCCAAAAUAAGGUGAGCGGUCGAAUACCAUCCACCUUAAUCCGAUACUUCCAACUUGUAAAUUGUGUGUGCAUGUAGUAAGCCUUUCUGGGAUGUAAAGCAGUUCCAUGUUUCGGGAUUAUUUUUUUUUUUUUCUUGUGCCUUUAAGCAUAAACUUAAUAUAAUCUCACUUAUGUAUGAUGUAUCCAGAUGAGUAAAUUAGAAAAAUAUACUUCCGUCUCUGCACCUCCAUCUUUCCUCCACCAUUACAUGCUGCCUGAGCCCCAGGCAAUUUCACCUGCAAGAAUGACUGUAAUAUCUGUUAAUUAGGAUCCUCAUGUGUAGAACCCAUUACACAUAAAUCUGAUAAACAAUUUCUCUAUCCUCAGGCACCGUGAUAAGGGCAAGGUUCAGCAGCUGCCCCCAAAGAAACCAAAAUCUCAAGGAGUAAGCCGGAAACAGCAACGUCAAGUUGCAAAACAGGUGAGUCUACACAGAGGAUAAGACACAUUGCACCUCAAUAGUAUUUUUUUAAAUUUAUUUUUCUAUCAAUCCAGACAUUUUAUUUAUUUUGAUACAGUGCAGUCAUUUAUGUGAAAUAUAAUAAUUUUCCAAGUGUUGACAGGUAGUCCUCAGAAUAGUAAAGAGUUCAAUAAAAGCUGCAUGACAAAGGCUAGACAAUCAUACAAUGGAAUGUACAACAACAGUCAGCUGCUUUAGGACUCCACCACUUCUAAUCCUAAAAGGAACAACAGAUCUUUUCUUGCUGUGCAAUAUUUCUUUCAUUGCGUAAUAUAAAGUCUGGUAUUGUGAAAAUGGUUUACCAUAUUACAAAAAACUUUAUUUUAUUAUAUUACUGCUUAUGCAGGGAUUACCACAAAACAGGAUUGCUAUCAGUUGCCAGAUUAAUGCCUUGACCAAGAAUUUUCUUUUUCACUGCUUUAGUUUUUAAUUAAAUUGUGACAUUGAAUAACUUCCUUUCAUUUUUAGGCACCUACCAAGAAGAAACCACCAAGUAAGAACCAGGCAGAGACACGUUUUAACCAACUUGUGGAACAAUAUAAGCGCAAAAUCCUUGGGAAGUCCAGUGCCCAAACUCCCAUAAAAAGGAGCAAGUGGUUUGAAGAUUGACCUUCUGCAUAUGUGAUGGACCUUACUAUCAGAAUUACUUUUGCCAAUCCUGAGCCUGUCAUACGGAAAUAACAUUUAUUACAUUUGUCUUUGUCUGAGCUGUAUUUGGUUCAGAACAAAGGCUGUGAUAUCUUUUUACCAUUCUGUGGUCAAUCAAGGACCUCUGACAGAUAUAACAUUGUGUGUAGUGUUUGUAAACCCUCUCAGGCCUCUCUUACUGGGUUAUUUUCUAUAGCUUUGGAGCUGUUAACUUUCGAGAUAUACAAUUACUUAUCAACAUAAGUUCAAGUUUUUAGAAGUCAGCACUGUUUCCUGCUCCCAUAAGAGCUGUAAAUGGAUUGCUGUCUGUCUGAAAGGUUUCCAAGGGGUGGAAUAUAUCUGUGCUAGAGCUUUGAGAAGCUGGGGGUUCGGAGUUAUCUGACUGCUGUCAAUAAGUGAUUGAAAUGGAUGGUUUUUUUUUUAAAUGCCUGAGGUUUGGACUGUAGUUCAGCAUUGGACACAAUAUAUUUUUUAAUUGAAAUAAACUGUGAGGAUAAAUGUAGAGUGUAAAAAAAAAAUAAAAAAAAAUGCAAUUUUUAUAUAUUUGACAGCAUAGAUGAUUAAGAGACGUUUGUUAAAAUCUUUCAGAUUCGUUUUAAUAGAGGCCAUAUAUGUUUGUUUAUCCUCUAAUUCUAUUUAAGCGUAUCUAGUAGUAUUAGCCAUCUCACUUGCAAUGUUGUGAAGUGAAAGAGCUUAUGCUAUGUUGUAAACAUAUAACUAUCUUUUCAUUGGCAUGCUCUAUCCAUUUCAUUACUGUAAUAUUCUACUGUAAUUGUGGUUUAAUCAACAUGAUUAAUAGCUAGAUAGGGAUGAAGGCAAAUCUGAUUAGGGUGCUGGCUUGUAGAUUUUGCUCUGCAUAUUCGUACAGUUUUUAUGCACGUAUUAUGUUAAUUUUGUAAUAGAAUGCUGUAUCACCUGAAACAAAUAGGUGAGACAACAAGCAUUGAAAGUUCCACUUCCAGCAAUAUCACACUGAUAACUGUAUCACGGCUGCAUCAUCUUUAGUCUGACACAUGUCUUUAUUGCACAUUGGCCAAAAGAUAACCUCUGACAACUCCAAUUAGGCUUGCCCAGCCUUUACAGUGGCAAAGCAUCAGGGUAACAAAAGUUCUGAACAGCUGGCUGCUACGUGUUGGCUGGCCAUCUCUUGCUGUUGAUUAGAAAUCUAAAUAGCAAGGUAUGAGAGGAAGGUAAACUAUUAAUGUCUGCCUAGUUAAAACAACUAUUUGUGAUUUUGUAAGUGUUCAUUAAUAACAAACAUGGUAUUUUAACAAGCCACUAAACCUUUAACACUUUGUACAGCCGCAAGCUGGUACAUUAAAAGGAACAUGUGUUUUGUCGAAUUUCUGUUGUUCUAUACCAUCUGUCUUGUGAAUAUUUUAUGAAUGAGGGUUUAAAAAAAUAAAAUGUUUUUAUUAAAAACUACAAUUUUCUUUUUGUAAUUAUGAAAAUGGUGAUUAAAAAUGGAGUUAAACAGUUGCCCCCAAACAAUCCUUAUAUUAAAGGCUUUGCUGGAAAUAUCCUGUCACAUUUUAGAUUAAAAUAGGCAGGUUUGCAAUGCCAGAAAUGUUAUGCUAGUGGUUUUAAUUGGUUAAAAUUAAGAUGUGAUGGGUUAAGUCAAUAUUACUGUAUCAGUUAAAUUUAAUAGCUCUGUACAAUGCAGCAAAUUCAUGCAAUGGUAUGUAAAACAUUAUGUGCAGCAACAGACUCUCACACUGAGAGUUGGGGUGGGAGGACUAAUUGUGCUUAAAAUUCUUGUUCAACAAAUAUUUUAGGAAUCAUUGCAUUUUCCUCAUGCACAAAAAGAAUCCUCUGUACUAGGUACACACACUCUCCAUAGAGAGUGUGUGUGUAUAUAUGUAAACUUGCGUACAUACGGAAAGAACCUCUAGCUUUCUUAUAAUGCUGCGUGACAAAAUAAUUUAGAUUUUGUAUUUUUAAUGGUUCAGUGCUAAAUUUUCUGUUCUCCUGGGCCAAAUAGAUGUGAGAAAACUGCCUUCAAGAGUUUAGGCAGGAUGUAGUGUACACAAUUCAAAUAAAAUGUGUUGGUCCCCAGUUUAAACACUGCAGUUUUAACGUAUAUAUAGUAAGCAUUACAUACCUACUUGUGAACGUGUUGCUUAUAUUUACUGCAAUUUACACCUGAUUCUGUUCUCAUUAAUUAACCCAGUGUGCAUAGCUAGUUUCAGCAGGCUUGUAGAGAUAAUAGGGGAGGUAAUCACUAUGCAGCAAACAGACUUGCGAGAGUGAUUUUAAGUCAGAUUACCACUGAUUUUAUUUGAUCCAAGAUCUUUCGAAAUAGCUGUGUACACAAGAAAUGGCAAAACGUCAGAUGGAAAUUUAUUAAACAAAAUCAAUGUAGAUGAAUGCAGAAAAAGAUUUAGAAAUGAAAAGAUUUUCAAUGUAAUUCUAAAAUACACCAUGUGAUGUCACUGUAGGAUCAUAGUUCAAAGUUUAAGUGUAGUGACAGAAAAGGAAAAUGUUAUUCUAGAUUUAGGUGAUUGUUCUGCUCAGUCUUUCUUUCUUUACUCCUGUAGCCGCGCAAAACCAAACCUGAAUAGACACGGUACAUUCAAACUUAAAGGGACUCUCCAGUGCCAGGAAAACAAAUCCGUUUUCCUGGCACUGCAGAAUCCUUAAAACCCCUUCAGUGACUUAUCUGAAUCAAACUCCGCCCACACUCCUGAUAUCAGUGGGGGAGACUCAAUGCGCAUGUGUGGGAAUGGCAGCGCGCGAAUUAGACCUCCCCAUAGGAAAGCAUUAUUCAAUGCUUUCCUAUGGGGAUUCCGGCAAUGCUGGAGGUCCUCAUGCAUAACGUUAAAGGACCACUAUAGUGCCAGGAAAACAUACACGUUUUCCUGGCACUAUAGUGCCCUGAGGGUGCCCCCACCCUCAGGGUCCCCCUCCCGCCCGGCUCUGGAAGGGGGAAAGGGGUUUAAACUUACCUUUUUCCAGCGCUGGGCGGAGAGCUCUCCUCCUCC